GCAUUCCCAGCCUUGCCUCGGGUGUAGGGAUUGCGUAGGAAAAAACAAAACUACACGGCUUUGUCUCGGUGUAGUUUUGUUUUUUGGGUUCUUUUGAGGCUCAACUGUUCUCCUUCUGAUUUUUUUGACAGUAUCAUUGGAUAAGGAGAUUGUUUUACCACAGCUGGGCCUAGUCCCAUCCAACCAGGCAUCCUUGUGGACACAAGGUGCCAAGCAACAUGUCGACAAAGGCGCCAACAUUCACACAGCCGCUGCAAAGCGUUGUGGCACUAGAGGGUAGUGCUGCAACGUUUCAGGCUCAAGUUAGUGGUUCCCCUGUUCCUGAGGUCAGCUGGUUUUGUGAUGGCCAGGUCCUUUCUGCUGCCUCUCUUCCCGGCAUUCAGAUCUCGUUCAGCGAUGGCCGCGCUGUUCUGAGGAUCCCUGCAGUGACCGCCACACACAGUGGAAGAUUUUCUCUGAGAGCCACCAAUGGUGCAGGACAAGCCACUAGCACUGCUGAGCUCCUAGUUACAGCUGAGACUUCGCCACCCAACUUUAUUCAGAGACUUCAGAGUUUGACAGUAAGACAAGGAAGCCAAGUGAGACUGGAUGUUCGUGUGACAGGAAUCCCUACACCAGUGGUGAAGUUCUCCAGGGAGGGAGCUGAGAUACAGAGCUCCCCCGAUUUUAAAAUUGUUCAAGAAGCAGACCUGUACAGUUUACUGAUUGCUAAAGCCCUCCCAGAGGACUCUGGGAUGUACUCUGUAAACGCCGCAAACAGCAGUGGAAGAGCUACCUCUACUGCUGAACUCCUGGUUCAAGGGGAGGAUGCUGUGCCCACUAAGAAAACCAAGAUGGUGGUGUCCUCUUCUCAGAUGGCCUCCUCCCAGACCAGAGUGGAAAGGAGAGUUGAGGCUGGUUUCCAGGCCGCCACUAUGAUGGAGAUGCAUGUAGAAGGAGGUGGCAUGACUCAACGGUUAGCACACAAGACCCCCCCAAGGGUUCCUCCCAAACCCACCUCCAAGUCCCCACCUUCGAUGGUCUCCAGGGUAACCGGAGGCCGCCACCAGUCACCUUCACCUGUCCGACACGUGAAGGCCCCUACACCUGCACCUGUCAGAUCUGUGUCUCCAUCCGGCAGACCCUCAGUAUCCCCCAUCAGACCAGUCAGAUCUCCUCUCAUGACCAGGAAACGGGUGUCCUCCUCACCGGAGGUCUUGCCCCCGUGGAAACAGGGAGGCUGGGCAACGGGGGUUGCCAGCUACACCAGUAUGACGAGCACCUCCACCCACAUGCAGGCAGGCUCUGCCCAGAUCCAGGCCGGCUCUACCCAGAUGCAAGAAGGCUCUGCCCAAAUGCAAGCAGGCUCUGCCCAUAUGCAGACCAGCUCUACCCAGAUGCAAGCAGGCUCUGCCCACAUGCAGGCCGGCUCCUCCCAGAUGCAGACCAGCUCCUCCCAAAUGCAGACCAGCUCCUCCCAGAUGCAGACCGGCUUAUCCCAGAUGCAGACCAGCUCCUCCCAGAUGCAGACCAGCUCCACCCAGAUGCAAACCGGCUCUGCCCACAUGCAGAUGGAGCAGCAGUGGCAGGGCUCGUAUGGCGUCCAGCAGGUUCAGCAGGUUGCUUCACUACAAGAGGGGGAGGGAGUUGGAAGAGCGGGGGCAGUGGCCACAGUGAUGGCUGCUGUUGACCUAGCUCGUGUUCGUCAGCCUUUGCAUGUGGAGCAAUCUGGAGCUGAAGAGGAGCAUGUUGUCUUACAGCUGCAGGCUGCAACUGAAGCUGCAGAGACGCAUGUUAGAAUGACAGCUGCCCAGUCAUCUGCUGUCAGUACAACAUCAGAGCAACAUACAUCUAACAUCUCCCAGAUUCACAGAACCACAGAACACAGCAGCCAGGGGGAAACAGCUUCAACACCAUCCCCUCUUCCAAAGUUUACCGUUUCUAAAGUUAAUGUUCCUAAACAUGACUCUAGCUAUGAGGUCUCGCGGGCAGGCUCUGCCAUCUCCUCUCUGCAGAAAGACUUAUCCGCCCACUCAACCACUAGAAUGAUCAUCAAAGCAGUCAAGUCUCCCAGUCCUUCUCGUAGGGUUGUGGAGACACGCGUGACCCCCAAGGCCUCUCCUCCACCCUUUAGAGACCCCCAAUACCACUCUGAGGUUCACUUACAGGCUGGGCUGACGGUGGCCCAGGAGGAAUUUGAGGACUGGGAGCCUCAGGAGGCUGCCCUGGUCCCAACUCAGGAUCCAGUCACUCCUCCUAGAGUUGUUGCUAUGUUAAAGAACCUGACUGUUACGGAGGGCGAGACUGUGGCUCUAGAGUGCCAGAUCACUGCUCAUCCCAGCCCGGUCAUCAUGUGGUUCAGAGAGGACUACAAGAUCGAGAGUUCCAUUGACUUCCAGAUCAGCUAUGAGAAUGGAUUAGCCCGUCUGGUGAUCCGUGAAGCCUUUGCUGAAGAUAGCGGCCGCUUCACCUGCACGGCAACCAGCGAGGCUGGAACAGUCAGCACGUCCUGCUAUCUGCUCGUCAAAGUGUCAGAAGAUAUUGAGAGCAGAGAAGAAACUACAUCCGUCGUUUCAGAACUUGGAAUCACACAAGAGAAAACUGUUGACGUUGAGACAGACAGAACAUCAGCUGCACCGUUCUUCAUCAAGAAGCCCAGUGUCCAGAGGCUGGUGGAGGGAGGGAGUGUGGUGUUUGAAUGCCAGGUCGGAGGAAGUCCCAAACCACAAAUUAUCUGGAAGAAGACUGGCAUGCCCCUCACUACCGGAUACAGAUAUAAAGUAGCCUACAAGAAGGAGUCAGGACAAUGCAGAUUGGAGAUCUCCAUGACCUUUGCUGAUGAUGCAGGAGAUUACUCAAUUUUUGCCAAGAACCAGCUUGGAGAAGCCUCAGCUUCAGCGACUCUGCUGGAGGAAGAGGAAUAUGAUGCCUACAUGAAGCAGUAUGAUGUGACUUACAAAUCGGAAGAGGUGCAGGGGCCCACAUUGGUCGUGAGCCAGUACGAGAUGGAACAGAGGAGAAUGACCACCCCUACGAGCUUCGUCUCAGAAACGGAAUUCCAUAUAUCUGCAUUUGAGGAGAGGAUCAUCCAGGAGAUUGAGCUCCGGAUCAUGACGAUUACCUAUCAACACAUUGUGACAGAGGAUGGAGAACUAAUAGUCACCGCAGUAGAACACGAAGCCUUGCAGCCAACAUUUGCCACACUAGUCAAAAACUACAGGAUCAUGGAGGGAAUGGGAGUCACGUUCCACUGUAAAAUGGAUGGAGUCCCACUUCCCAAGAUUGCAUGGUACAAGGAUGGCAACCGUCUUCAACAUGGCGGCCGUUAUCAGAUGGAGGUCCUUCAGGAUGGCAGAGCAAGCCUUCGUCUGCCUGUGGUGCUUCCAGAGGAUGAGGGCGUUUACACCGCCUUCGCCAGCAACAUGAAGGGUAAUGCUGUAAGCUCUGGGAAGCUGUAUGUGGAACCCUCUGGGGCAACAACACCUCAAAGAUACACCCCCCAGCCUGCGAUGCAGAGAUUUAGGUCUACAUCCCCUCGUUCUAUGAGUCGCUCCCCUGGCCGUUCUGCCAGCCGCUCUCCUGCUCGUUCUCCGGCUCGCAGGCUUGAUGAGACGGACGAAGCUCAGCUGGAGAGACUCUACAAACCUGUCUUUGUUCUGAAGCCUUCCUCAUGUAAAUGCGCUGAGGGGCAGACUGCCAGAUUUGACCUGAAGGUUGUCGGAAGGCCGAUGCCUGAAACAUACUGGUUCCACAAUGGUCAUCAAGUUGUCAAUGACUUCACCCACAAGAUUGUUGUUAAAGAAGAUGGAACACAGUCUCUGAUCAUUGUAACAGCCAUGCCUCACGAUUCUGGAGAAUGGACAGUUGUUGCUCAGAAUAGAGCUGGAAAGUCCUCAGUCUCCAUCACUUUGAGUGUCGAUGCUAAAGAAAGCCUGGCACGUCCCCAGUUCACUGAGAAACUGAAGAACAUCAGUGUGAAGCAGGGCACUCUUGUGGAGUUGGCUGUCAGGGCCAUCGGAAACCCCAUUCCUGAUAUUGUCUGGCUGAAAAACAGUGAUAUUAUUUCCCCACACAAAUACCCACACAUCAAGAUCGAGGGUACUAAAGGAGAGGCCAAAGUCCAGAUCACUUCAUCAGCUGGAUCUGACAGUGCCUGGUACACAGCUACAGCCAUCAACAAGGCUGGAAGAGAUACCACUCGCUGUAAAGUCAAUGUUGAGGUAGACUCUGCAAUGCGUGAACCAGAGAGGAAGCUGAUUAUAACCAAAGGAACCUACAAGGCUAAAGAUAUUGCUGCUCCUGAAUUGGAGCCCCUUCAUCAACGUUAUGGCCAAGACCAAUGGGAGGAGGGAGACCUUUAUGACAAAGAGAAGCAGCAGAAACCACAGUUCAAGAAGAAGCUGACUUCUGUCCGAAUGAAGCGUUUUGGGCCAGCUCAUUUUGAGUGCAGACUGACUCCUAUUGGUGACCCCACAAUGGUAGUUGAGUGGCUACACGAUGGCAAACCUCUUGAUGCUGCCAAUAGGCUGCGCAUGGUCAAUGAGUUUGGCUAUUGCAGUCUUGACUAUGAAGUUGCUUACGCAAGAGACAGCGGUGUUAUUACCUGCAGAGCUACAAACAAAUUUGGAGUUGAUCAAACUUCUGCCACCCUCAUUGUUAAGGAUGAGAAAGGCCUUGUUGAAGAUUCACAGCUUCCUGACGGAAGGAGGGGAACACACAGAAGUGAUGAGAUGGAGCGCAUGGCUCAUGAGGGAGGACCCACCGGUGUCAGUACUGAUGAGGAGAAAGAGAAGACAAAACCUGACAUUGUUUUGGUUCCAGAUCCAGCAAGAGUUCUUGAAGGAGAAACGGCGAGAUUCCGUUGCAGAGUGACUGGUUAUCCAACACCCAAGGUAAACUGGUACCUUAACGGACAACUUAUUCGCAAGAGUAAGAGAUACAGACUGCGUUAUGAUGGCAUUUACUACCUGGAGAUAGUGGAUGUCAAAGUUUAUGAUUCAGGACAGGUCAAGGUGGUUGCUGAUAGUCCUCUAGGCUCAACAGAACAUGUUGUGAAGAUAGAAAUCACGCAGAGAGAGGACUUCAGGUCCGUACUCCGACGUGCACCUGACACUAAAACCGCAGAGUCCAAAGAGUCUGCAGGACCCGGCUUUGACAUCAUGAAAGUUGACAGACCUAGUGAGAGCUCCCAGUUGAAAGAGGUCGUCAAACUGAAGAAGACCCAGAGAGUUGUCCACGAGAAAACCUCAGAGGAGUCGGAUGAACUGAAGAGCAAGUUCAAGCGCAGAACAGAGGAAGGAUUCUAUGAGUCAAUAUCUGCUGUGGAGUUCAAGUCUCGCAGGAAGGAUGAGUCUUAUGAGGACCUACUGAAGAAGACAAAAGAAGACCUGCUUCACCGCCUGCGGGAAAAAGAAGAGGCAGAGAGAAAGCUUCUAGAGGAACAGGGGAACGUGACCAUCCCCACCUUCAAACCAGAGAGGAUUCAGCUUUCUCCCAGCAUGGAAGCUCCCAAGAUCCUGGAGCGUAUUACUAGCAAGACCGUUGCGCCGAUGGACGAGGUUCAAUUCCGAGUCAGGGUUGUCGGACGACCAGAACCCGAAUGUCAGUGGUUCAAGAACGGCAUUCAGCUUGAGAAGUCAGAACGUAUAUACUGGUACUGGCCUGAGGACCACGUUUGUGAGCUGGUGAUAAGGGAUGUGACUGCAGAAGAUUCGGCCAGUAUCAUGGUCAAAGCCCUGAAUGUAGCAGGGGAAGCUUCAAGCCAUGCUUUUCUGCUUGUGCAAGGCACGGCAACAGUAAAUUUCACUCAAACUCUAGAAGAUGUAACUGCUAAUGAAAAGGACACAAUGGUAACCUUUGAGUGUGAAACCAACGAGCCUUUCAUCAAGGUUAAAUGGAUAAAAAACAACAUGGAUAUCUUCUCUGGAGACAAAUACCGGAUGCACUCUGACAGAAAGGUCCACUUCCUGUCCGUUCUGGUCAUCGAGAUGAAAGACGAUGCAGAGUACAGCUGUGUUGUAAUAGAUGACGAGUGCAUCAGGACCAGUUCAAGACUCCAUGUUGAAGGUGCUGCUCUGGAGCUCACCAAGAUGUUGGAGAACAUUGAAGUUCCUGAGACCUACGCUGGAGAGUUUGAGGUGGAGCUGUCCCGUGAAGAUGCUGAGGGAACGUGGUAUUUUGGAGACAACGAGAUCUCUAGUAGCAGCAAAUAUUCCAUGUCCUCCCGUCGUGGAAGACACUCUCUGUCAGUCAAGGAUGUAAAGAAAGAGGACCAGGGGAAAUACACCUUUGUCUGUGGAGAUCUGAGGACUUGUGCCUCCUUGAAGAUGAAAUUGCGCCCUGUGACGCUGAUGCAGCCCCUGAGUGACCUGACUGUCUGUGAAGGAGACAUUGCCCAGCUGGAGGUGAAGUUCUCCCAGGAGAACGUUGAAGGAACUUGGAUGAAGAACGGCCAGGUCUUUUCGGCCUCAGACAGUGUCCACAUGGUUAUUGACAAACUGGUGCACAAGCUGCUGCUGGAGAAUGUCACCAGAGACAAUGCUGCGGUCUAUUCCUUCCUGGUUCCUGCCCAAAACAUCUCCACCUCUGGAAAACUCAGUGUUCAGACCAUUGAUGUCCUGGUGCCACUGAAGGAUGUAUCAUCUACUGAGGGAACCAAGGCUGUUCUGGAGACCAAGAUCUCAGCUCAGGACAUCACCUCUGUCAAAUGGUACCACAAUGAUAUGCUGCUGACAGCCAGUGAGCGAGUUCAGAUGGUGUCCAAGGGGGCCAAGCAGCGUCUGGUCUUCAACAGGACCUAUGCCUCCGAUGAGGGACAUUACAAACUGGUUGUGGGCAAGGUUGACACCAGCUGUACACUGUCAGUCGAGGAGGUGAACAUCACAAGACAUCUGGAGGAAAAGGUAUGCUCUGAAUCCCAGAACGUCAUGUUUAGGGUGGAGGUGUCCCAUUCUGGGAUCGAUGCAGUUUGGAGCUUGAAGAACCAGCCCCUCAAAGCUGGGCCCAAGUACAAGAUGGAGUCAGAUGGAAAUAUGUACACGCUUACCAUCAUAAACACCAUGAAGGACAAUGAGGGCCAGUACACCUUCCAUGCUGGUGAAAAGACCUCCAAUGCCUCGCUCUCAGUCUCUGGGGGAGCCAUCACCAGACCCCUGCAGGACGUGACAGUGGCAGAGUCCCAGAUGGCCCAGCUGGAAUGUGAGGUGGCCAACGCCAAGGCUGAGGGCAGGUGGCUGAAGGAAGGCCAGCCUAUUGACUUCAGUGACAACGUUGUGAGUGAGGUGGAAGGAGCCGUCCGGCGCCUGCUGAUCAUUAUCACCAGACCCCAGGAUGUAGGAGAAUACACCUACCAGGUUGCCAGCUCCAAGACCACGGCCAACCUCAGAGUUGAGGCGGUGAAGAUAAAGAAGACCCUGAAGAACCAGACCGUGACGGAGACUCAGGAGGCGGUGUUCUCCCUGGAGCUGACCCACGCCGAGGUGAAGGGAGCCCAAUGGAUCAAGAACGGCGUGGAGCUGAUGACCAGUAACAAAUAUGAGGUCACCUGUGAGGGCAUGGUCCACACCUUGAAGGUGAAGAACUGCAACACCCAGGACGAGUCUGUUUAUUCCUUCAAACUGGGCAAGCUGUCUGCCAGCUCCAGGCUCAACGUGGAAACUAUCAAGAUUGUGAAGAAGAUAAAGGAUGUGACAUCACUGCUGGAUUCUACUGCUUCCUUUGAGAUGAGUCUGUCACAUGACGAUAUCCCUGUGAAGUGGAUGUUCAACAAUGUGGAGAUCCUGCCGAGCAACCAAUGUAAGAUCCUGAUGGAGAGGAAGGCCCACAAGCUCAUCAUCCAGAACUUGGACUCUAGUAACACUGGAGAGUACACCGCCGUAGUGGGACACCUGCGAUGUAACGCCAACCUCAAUGUAGAGGCUCUGUGCGUGACCAAGCCCUUGAAGAAUUUGGAGGUACCAGAGACCCAUGUGGCCACAUUGGAGUGUGAAGUUUCUCAUUUCAAUGUCCCCUCUACUUGGCUGAAGAAUGGUGUGGAGAUAGAGAUGAGUGAGAAGUUCAGGAUUGUGGUCAAAGGCAAACUCCACCAGCUCAAGAUCAUGAACACGAGCACUGAGGACUCUGCCGAGUACAGCUUUGUCUGUGGAAACGACAGAGUCUCUGCUACUGUUACUAUCAGCCCUAUUCUGAUCACAUCCAUGCUGAAAGACCUUAACGCCAAAGAGAGAGAUACCAUUACUUUUGAGGUAAAUGUCAACUACGAGGGCAUCACCUAUAAGUGGCUGAAAAACGGAGUGGAGAUCAAGUCGUCUGACAGAUGCCAGGUUCGCAGCAAACAGCUGACUCACACUCUCAGCAUCCGAAAUGUUCACUUUGGAGAUGGGGGAGAGUACAAGUUCACAGCUGGAUCAUCAGCCACGGCAGCAAAUCUCUUUGUUGAAGCUCGAUUGAUUGAAUUCACAAAGAAAAUAAAAGACCUAAAGAUAACAGAGAAGAAGAGGGCUACUUUUGAAUGUGAAGUUUCAGAGCCCGACAUCAAGCCAAUAUGGAUGAAAGAUGGACAAGAGUUGGAAUUAUCAGAAGAAAGAUACGUUGUUCAGGCUGAGAAGUUUGUCCAUCGCCUCAUGAUUCAGACGGUGCGUAUGUCCGACGCCGGGGAGUAUUCAGUGGUGGCCGGAUCCAGUGUGUCCAAGGCUCACCUCAUCGUGGAGGGAAGAGACGUCAGAAUCACCGAACCAGCUGACAAGACCAUCACAGUUUUGGAGAAACAAAGAGCCACCUUUGAGUUUGAGGUGAAUGAGGAGGAUCUGGAGGGUCGCUGGCUGAAGAAUGGAGUUGAGAUCCAGUUCUCAGUUGAGGAGAGGUUUAACUACGUGUCCAUCAGGAAGAUCCACCGUCUCACCAUCUCUGAGACAUACAGAAGUGAUGCUGGCGAAUAUACCUUCAUCGCUGGCAAAAACAAGAGCACCAUGAACCUCCAUGUCAACAUCCCAGAGCUCCCUCAGAUCGUCAAGCACAUGGAGCCCCAGUCAGUGGAGGCUGGAAAACCAGCUCGCUUCACUGUCACAGUGACUGGUGUUCCCCAGCCACAGGUCUCCUGGUACAAGAACUCCCAGGCUUUGUCUUCUGGCUUCAAGUGCAAGUUCCUUCAUGAAGGAAACGACCACACUCUGCUGCUUAUUGAGGUGUUCCCAGAGGAUGCAGCUGUGUACAACUGUGAAGCCAAGAAUGACUACGGAGCAGCCACAAGCACUGCCCCACUCAAUGUAGAAGUGUCUGAGGCGGUAUCUCCGGACUCGUCUGCGCUUGUCGCUCCUCCUGUGGUUCUGUUGCCCGUCGCUGACACCUCCACACCUGAGGGGAUGCCGGCACGCUUCCAAUGCCGAGUGCGUGGAGAAGAUGUGAAGAUCAGCUGGUACCUCGGUGACAAGGAGAUCAAACAGUCAGACUUCUUCAGAAUGUCCCAGUUUGACGACAACUGCCAACUGGAGAUCUCCAGGGUCUACUCUGAGGAUGAAGGACAGUACACCUGUGUGGUCAAGAACAGCGCAGGAACCAUGUCCUGCUCUGCAAGCCUCAAGCUAGACGGUGAUUCAUGAGAACCCUUACUGCUGAUUUUCCUCACUAAUAAUCCUGUUGGAUUUGUAUCUGGUCUGCCCCUGCAUGUCUCCACCUGCCUCACCAGUCCAAAGAAACAUUCAAUUGGGCAGAAGCCAACCUUUAUCCAGCCAAUAGCAAGCAGUACUGUGUCCCAUGGGGAAGUGGCCAGGUUCCAUGCUUGCGUGUCCGGCACCCCAAAGCCACAAAUUAGCUGGUUUCACAACCAGCUGCCCAUUCAACCCACAAAGGAUGUUGUCUUUCAUUUUGAUGAUGUGACAAACACUGCCACACUGAUUCUAGUUGAUGCUUUCCCUGAGCAUGCUGGGCAGUAUAGCUGCAGAGCAAGCAAUAGCACUGGGGAGGUGGUGUGCUCUGCUACUCUCACCAUAACUAAAGAAGAAGUGACUCAAGUUAAAGAGCAGAUAGAAACCAAGACUGAAUACAAAGUCAAAGAACAUUCUAGCAUCUCCAUGGAGACCAAGCGAGAAGAAACCCAUUCCACUUCUCUACAGCUCUCACAAAAAACGAGGACACUCCAACUCAAGCCAGAGCCCAAACAUUACUCUAGUUCUUUAGAGACGAAAAAAGAAAAGCCAGUUUUCCUUAGCCAGCUGUCUCCAACUGCUGUGACUGAAGGGGAAACGGCUAGGUUUACCGUCACAGUGGCGGGCUUUCCCAAGCCCUCGGUUCAAUGGUUCCACAAUGGAAAGGUGAUACAAAGCUCCACUGUUUAUAUACUGAUAGAGGGAAAAGAGGAAUACACAUUGGUAAUCACCAAGCUUACUUCUGACUAUGAAGGAGAGUAUUCCUGUACUGCCACAAAUAUAAUUGGCCAAACAACCUGCUCCACAUAUCUGGAAGUUAAAAAGAGUGUUGUUAGUAAGGCAGAGAAAUGGGUUGAACAAAUGUUCAUGGUUAAAGGUCAACCUCCCACAUUCACAGUAGAGUUUUGCUCUGAAAGAUCCCCUGAGGGAGGAGAAGUUUCCUUUAAAUAUGAAGCACGUGGACACCCAAUUCCAGAUGUCAAAUGGUUUAAAGGCGCUUUUCAGAUCGGACCAAAUAGGAACUGUAUUAUAGUCAACAACUCAAAUGGCUCUGGCCUCAUCCAAAUAAAGAGCAUCAAACAGGAGGACAGCGGCAUCUAUACUUGUAAGGCCCUUAACCAUUUUGGAGAGGCUUCAUGUAGUGCUGAACUGGUGGUUUUCAGGGAGGCUGUUCAGCAGGAACAGCACCCAGUCAUUCAUGAAAGAGGCUACAAAGUAACCAUGACUGAGCAAGCCACAGAGUCACGCUUGUACCAGGUCAGCCUUCCAGGACAGGAAAGAUCUAGUUCAGAUCAAAUGGUUUACACCAUUGGCACUGAGGACAGGCAGGUCAUUUCCAGUGAGCAAGUGGGCACCAUUAGAGAGCUGAAUAUUUCUGCCGCCACUCUCCAGAGAGAGCAGGUCACCCACCAGGCUGCCGUUCUGCAGUCCCAUGAAGUGGAGGAGAGGGUGUCAGUGGCUCCUGCCCAUCCAUCCCACAUUUCAGCAGUCCCUCUCAAACAGCUCCACAUGGCAGCAUUCACAUCCUCUGUCUUGGAGAGUCAAGACCUCACAGAGCAACACUGUGAUCGCAUUCUGAGUCCGGAGCUUUUCAAGCUGGAGGCUGCAGAGGAGAAAAAGUCUAAAAUGAUGUCAGCCUUAUCUGAAAAGGUCCUGGCUCUCUCUACUGUUAGUACAGAGCCUCUGGGUGACAGGGUGUCAGCUAAGAUCAUGCCCACCUCAGAACCAAAGCAUGUUGUUAGUGGUCCACAGGUGGAUGCACAGCUGCCCCUCCUGAGGGAGUCAUCCCAUGACAUCCCCCAGCCCCAGCAGGAGAAGAGCUAUCAGGUGAAGGAAGGUGUUAAGAUCUUAUACUCUGCCCAGUUAGCAGAGAAGCGUGUGCUGCUUGAGGGCCACAUCACCCAGCUAGCCUCAGCAGAAUCUGCAGUCAAAUCCUCAUCGAGCAAAGAACAGCCCAGACCCGUCUUGGCCACAGUCAGUGAGACCAAGCAGGCUUUAUCCAAAGAGACAGUGUUCUCAAUCCAGAGGCCUGAUCAGGAGAUGGCUAGUGUUUGUAGAGAUUUAGUGAGGAAGGAAGCCCUCAAAGCAGAGGAGGGGCAGGCUCUUCAAGCUGAACACUCCCAAAAGCUGCAGAGUCUGGAUAGUGCAGAGAUCAUUCAGUCCCAGGUUGAGCCAGAGCAAUUGUUGCACCUGCAGGUCAUCACAGACCAGGACCUCCUCCCUUUUGAGGAGAGGUUCAUAUGUGACAAGCCAGCUCCAGAACAGUUGAGCAGCAGGAAUAGUCCAACCAUUUUACACUGUGUCAGCCAUAUUGAUCAAAGGACAGUGGUGUGUGAACAUAAAGAAGAGUUUGAUUCUACCCCUAGUACCAUUACAAUCCAGCCCAUAAAAGAGGUUCACGCUUCUCUCCAUCUUCACUCCCACCAGCCUGUGCAGGAACUAGCUAAAGAGGGACUACUUGUCAUUGAGAAACCAAAGCAACAGCUGGCAGCACAGAAACAGGAGAAGGCCAGGAAUCAUUCAGCCAUCUCUGAGGAGAGAAGGGAGAUCACAGCAGAUUAUCACAAAGAUCUUGAUGUGUCUGUGACAGGAGUUAAAUCACAGCUUAGAUCUGAGCCUAGACCUCAGAACAUCCUCCAGGUCUCCUUUCACUCAAUGCAGCUCCCAAAGGAGACUAUUUUCAGUAGCGACAUGAAACAACAGCGUGCCUUAGUUCAGAAGGAGGAACGUUGGAAUUUGAUAAAUGUCACCACUGUAGAAGAUAGCCAGGCUUUGGAGGAGGGCCAUACCAAGAGUCUGCCUGCCGUGGAUAAAUUCACCUGCCAGACAGCUGUAGAGCCUAAGGUUCCCACAGAGCCAGUCCAGGUUGAGAAGAAGGAGAUCUCUACUGAGAUCAGCUUUUCUCUAGAGGCAGCAGAGCAGGACUUCGCGGUUCAAAUCCAGGAGGGCCAGUCAGUCAGACAGUCAAUCAUGAAGGACGAGAAGCGUGUGCUGAAAGGGGAGUUUUCUCAUAAGAUUAUAAAGUCAGAGUCCUCUAGUAUCAGUGUUACCACACAACCAAGACUUUCUUUAAUGGCACCACAGUCUGAAGAGAGCACAGCCCUGCCCAAAGAGCUGACCUUUGUGAUUCAGAUUCCCAAACCAUCCAGUGUGAAUAUUAGACGUCAGCUGAAAGAUGCUCUUCAGUCUGCUGUGGCCCAGGAACAACCACUGCUACUUGCCGAGGUGCUGGCGAAGUUAGAGGCAGCACAGAUCCAGGAAGUCAAGGUUCAGAAAGAACCAAAACGUUCAAUGUUUACAUACCUUGUCACGUCACCUGGUGCCCCCAUAGAAAUCUCUCUGGCUUUUGAUGGUGAGUACCCUCAGACAGCUGACCUGAGGUCUGAACUGCAGGCAGCCUUCCACUCUAUAGUUUACCAGGAGUCCCAGGCCCUGACUCUGGAACAGCCCAGUACUAUGCUUCUAGACAGGCCUCAGAGAAUGCAGGUUAUUUCUGCCCCCUCAAAGGAAAUGAUGUCAUCUGUGGUUGAGUCCAUCCACAUAGCAGAAAGUAUUGUGGAUAUUACUGCAACUCAGUCUCAGGCUGCUUCUAUUAAAACAGAAUCUGGCUUGGCACUAGAGUCUCUGAGCACAGAGGAGCAGGUAGUCAUUCAGGAAGCCAAGGUGCAGAAACAGAUUGUCCAGGUCUCCAAGGAGGCUCAUGUGGCUUCUGAGCAGUCAGUGCAGGUGAGCAGACAUGAGGUGAAGUCUGUGAAGAGCCAGCAAGAUGUAGCUGCUGUCGAUGUGGUCAGCAUCAGACCUAGUUCCAGCACUAAAGAGCGGUCAAUAGACAUUUCUGUUCAGAGGGAGAGCCAGGAAAUGACCUUUAAGGAGGAAUUUACAUUGUCCAACCCUGACAUAGUCACCUCUCUGCAGAAUUUAACUGUUUACGAGGACAGUAUAGUAAAGUUUAGCACCACAAUAGAGUAUGUCACCAAGGUAAACUGGCUUUUCAAUGGUAAAUUGGUCAAACCUGGCAAAGAGUUAAAGUGUUCUAAAGACAAUGACACAUACACACUGAUUAUCAACAAAGUUAUCAAGGAGAAGCAUCAAGGAGAAUAUGUCUGUGAGGCUGAGAAUGAAGCUGGCAAGACAACAACAUCUUCAAGACUCACUGUGGUCUCAAGAGUACCACCAAUCUUCAGGCAGAAGAUAAGCUCUAUGGAGAUCAACGUGGGCGGCUACGCAAAGAUGGAAUGUGAGAUUGAAGAUUCUCCGAACGUGACCUUCAAAUGGUACAAGUCGACUGUGGAGAUACGGCAGAGCGACAAAUACCGGAUCCUCAGCCAUCAAGGCGGCUCGGCCCUGGAGCUGCAGAGCCCCACCAAGGCUGACAGCGGGGAAUACAGCUGCAAGGCCUCUAACCAGCACGGCGCCGACAGCUGCUCCGCCACCCUGAACGUCACCGAAAUGUACCCACCAGUAUUUGUAUCAAAACCAGAACCAAUGACAUUAUAUGUUGGUAAACGCACCCUGUUCCAGUGCUCAGUCACUGGAACUUCACCGAUGGAAGUUGUCUGGCACAAGGACAACAUAGCAAUCUCUUCUGAGGGGAACUGUUUGAUGAAAAGUGAAAAGAACAAGUAUUCCCUUGAGAUUACAUGCCUUGAGCUAUCCCAUCAGGGGGUGUACCUCUGUAAAGCCUCCAACCCUGUUGGCACUGCUACCUUCACCACAGAGCUCAGGGUUGUCAGUAAGCCAAGCUUUGUGAAGAUGUUUGAGCCAGUGUCUUCAACUGUCAAUGAGGCACUUCACCUGGAGUGUCAGGUGGAUGAAGACACUGGUGUGUCUGUCACCUGGACCAGGGAUGGCAAAAAGGUCCACCAGACUAUGGAAUGUAAAAUGUGGUUUGAUGAAAAAGUGGCUGUUCUUGAGAUCCCCAAGUCUAAAUUGAAGGACUCUGGAAAAUAUGUCUGUACAGCCACAAACGAGGCAGGGAGUUCGACCUGCCAGGCUAUGGUCAGUGUUCAAGAGCCACCUGCCUUUGUCAAGAAGAUGGAGCCAAAGUUGACUUGGAAAAAGGGCAUAGCUGCCCGCUUACAGUGCACAGUUAAUGGAUCUCCAGAACUCAGUGUCCACUGGUUCUGCAGCGACAGAGAGCUCAGCCAUGGAGAUAAAUAUAAAAUCUCCUUCAAGAAUGGAGCAGCCACUCUGGAGAUGGUGAAUGUUCUUGUUACAGACAGUGGGACGUACAUCUGUGAGGUAUCAAAUGAUGCUGGCAGUGAUAGCUGUAACACCCUGAUAGCAGUUAAAGAACCACCCUCAUUUAAGAAGGAGCUAAAGACAAUGGAGGCUGUGAAAGGAAGUCCAGCUCACCUCGAGUGUGAGAUUACAGGAACAGGUCCUUUUGAAAUCAACUGGUUCAAAAAUAAGAAAGCUAUUGCCUCUGAUCAAAGAUACAAGGUGAUUUCUCAAGAGUCUCUGGCACGGCUUGAGAUUCAGACAUUUGAAAGUGCAGAUGUCGGAGACUACCAGUGUGUUGCUUCCAAUGAUGUGGGUAAAAUAAGCACUAAGGCACUAGCUAAACUAAAAGAACCACCAUCAUUCUCAAAAAGAGUUGAGAGUGUUGUGGCAGUGUUGGAUAACACAGUCAAACUUCAAGGCAGCAUAAAAGGAUCAGCUCCCCUCAUUGUUAAAUGGACGAAAGACUCUGAGAUUCUAAGAGAUGAUGAUCCCAAUAUCAGCAUGCGGUUUGAGAACAAUGUUGCCAGCCUUACAAUAUCCACUGUCACAAUCAGCCAUGGUGGAAAGUAUACAUGCCAAGCAGAGAACGAGGCAGGGCAACAGAAAUGUGAAGCUACUUUGACUGUUCAAGAACCCGCCAGACUCCUAGAACCUGCAGAGUCCAUAAGUGUGACUGCAGGAGAUUCAGCCACCUUGGAAUGUACAAUCGCUGGAAGCCCAGACCUCAAGGUGCAAUGGUUUAAAGAUGGAAAGGAGGUGACGAGUGGUCGUAAAUACAAAAUCACUCUGAAGGAGAAAACUGCCAUGUUAAAAGUUCUGGCAGCAGAAAAAGAUGACACUUCUGAAUUCAGGAUGGAGGUGUCCAACAAAGUGGGCAAGGACCAGUGCACGUGCUCUGUUACCGUCCUAGAUCGGACAAUGCCUCCAACUUUCACUAAGUCUCUGAAAAGGGUUGAUGGUUGCAUAUCUGCAGAUGUCUCCAUGGACUGUAAAGUGUCCGGUUCCCAACCAAUGACCAUCAUUUGGUUCAAGGAUGAAUCAGAGAUUGCGUCUGGGGGAAGGUUCCUGUCAGAGUUCAAAGAUAGCUCUGCCACCCUGAAAAUCAUGAAGCUACAGAAAGCUGACUCAGGAGUUUAUAAAUGCAGAGCUACAAAUUCUGCUGACUUUAAAGAAACAAGUGGCACUCUCUAUGUCAAAGAGCCCCCAGCUUUCACAGUGAAACCAGAAAACCUGGAGGUAAUACCAGGCUCCACUGUUUCUUUGAAAUCAGUCUUCACUGGAACAACUCCUCUGGCUGUGAAGUGGUUCAGAGAACAAAAGGAGAUUUCCACUGGAGGCUCAUAUUUCAUUAAGAAAGAUGCCUCAUCCAGCUCCUUGGAACUCCACUCAGUGAAACCCAGCGACUCUGCUAAGUUCACAUGCCAAGUAUCCAACGAUGCUGGGAAAGUGGACUGUACUGCUGUUCUCUUUGUAAAAGAACCCCCCUUGUUUGAGAAGAAGCUGGAAGCUAUUAAGAUGGCCACCAGUGGCAGCUCUGUGAAGAUAGAGUGCAGAGCCACAGGAACCCCUGUCAUCUCUUAUAAAUGGUUCAAGGAUGAGAUAGAAGUCAGCAGUAGUCCUAAAUACACUAUGGCUGUGAAUGACUCAGUGGCCUCUCUGGAAGUGGUAGACAGCAGUGUGGAGGAUUGUGGAGAUUAUGUAUGUGUGGCUUCCAGCGAGGCUGGAAGUGACCGCUGUUGCUGUACCAUGACAGUCGAAGAGCCCCCAGUGUUUGUGUGUUGUUUGGACUCCAAAGACAUAGUGAAAGGCUCUGAACUAGUUCUGGAGGGACAGCUGUCUGGCUCUGCUCCAUUCAGUGUCUCCUUUUAUAAAAAUGCCAAACUGCUCAGGAAUGACAAGAGACACAAAGUGACAGUGAAGGACCACCAGGUGGUGCUGAAGGUGCUGUCGGUAGAGGCAGCAGAUACAGGCUCUUACAAGUGUCAUGUGGAGAACAAGGUGGGAAACACCACGAGUGAAUGUCAAGUAACACUCAAAGAACCACCAUUAUUUGUUCAUAAGCUUGAGAACAUGAGCUGCCUUGUGUCCAAGGAGGUGUCUCUACAAUGUUCUCUGAAGGGUUCUGAACCCAUGACGUUGUCCUGGCUUAAAGAUGACCAUGAGCUCAAGGAAGCUGAACACAUUCAGAUUACAUAUGAGCAUAAGAUCGCCCGCCUCCACAUUACCUGUGUACAUGCCGACCACGCUGGCAAGUACACCUGCCUGUCUCACAACCAGGCAGGGAGCCAGAAAUGUUUUGCUGUUCUGACAGUAAAAGAACCGGCUAAGAUCACAGAGGAGGCAAAGUCAAUCAGUGUCACCCAGGGAGAUCCAGCCGCUCUUGAAUGUCGGUUCUCAGGCACCAAACCUCUCAAGGCCACUUGGCUGAAGGGUGGAAAGGAGCUGGCCUCUGGCCAGAGAUAUAAGAUUCAGAGCACUGACACAUGCUCCAUACUGAAGAUCCUGAAAACAGAGACAAAUGAUAGUGGUGAAUACAUCUUUGAGGUGUCAAAUGAUGUUGGACAAAAUUGUUGUGAAGCUUCACUAACUAUUCUAGAUCAAAUACUUCCACCGUCUUUCUCAAGAAAAUUUAAGCAGAUGGAGAGUAUCAAAGGCUCAUUUGCCCACCUAGAGUGUCUUGUGUCAGGCUCGCUGCCGAUCACUCUUCAGUGGUACAAAGAUGAGAAAGAGAUCCAGACUGAUGAAAAACACAAAUGCACAUUCUUUGAAAAUGUGGCUUUCUUGGAAAUCUCUCGUCUUGACAGUAAAGACGGUGGCAGCUAUACCUGCAUAGCUAGAAACAAAGCUGGAUCGGACCAGUGCUCUGGCAUCCUUUUAGUCAAAGAACCACCAUGUGUUCUGGAAAGGCCAGCAUCCACGUCUGUUUUACCUGGGUCAAAGGUCAAGUUUAAUAUCCUGAUCUCCGGCACUCCACCUAUGGCCAUUAAAUGGUUCAAAGACAAAAAGGAGAUUUUAUCAAGCUCUGGCUGCUAUGUGAUCAAAGACAACGCCUCCACCUUGCUGGAGAUCUUCUUUGCAAAGACCUCAGACUCUGGAGACUAUAGCUGUGAGAUCAAGAAUGAUGUCGGCUCCACUUCAUGCCAGGCAGCACUCUAUGUCAAAGAGCCCCCAAAAUUCAUUCGAAGCCCUGAACGCCUGUCUGUUGUUCGUCCUGGUCAAAAUAAAGUAUUUGAAUGUCAGGUGACCGGAACUCCAGAGAUAGACAUUAACUGGUUCAGAGGCAGCUCAGAGAUCGUUCCCAGCGAUAGAUACAAGACGUCCUUUAUAAACUCUGUCGCCACCCUGGAGCUCAGUGGGGCUGAGGUCAGAGACAGCGGGCAAUUCUACUGCGAGGCCCGGAAUGAGGCCGGCAGCGAGAGCUGCAGUAUGGAACUCCACGUCAAAGAACCUCCAACGUUUGUGCGAGAACUUUCUCCGGCUGACGUAGUGAAGGGAUCCAUCGCCUGCUUUGAGUGUGGGGUUGCAGGAACAGCUCCAUUUGAGAUAACUUGGUUCAAAAACACAAAGGAGAUAAAGAGCAGUGGGAAAUACACAAUAUCCCAGGUCACCGGUACUCUGACCCUGGAGGUGCAGAAGUGUGACACUAUAGAUGUAGGGGAGUACCAGUGCACUGUCUCUAACGAGGUCGGAAGCUCGACCUGUAAAACUACACUUAGCAUCAACGAGCCACCAAGCUUUAGCCAGAAGUUUGAGAACGUCAUCACCGUCUUGGGCACAAUGGCAGAGUUUCAAUGUGCCGUUAAGGGCUCCCCAACCCUUUCUGUACAAUGGCAAAAAGAUGAGAGUUGGAUCUUGGAAGAUCCUAAGAUAGAGAGGACAUUUGAGAAAAAUGUUGCCAUGCUCAGGAUAGCUGCCUGUGAGGCUAGUCACAGUGGAAAAUACACCUGCCAGGUGGCCAAUGAGGCUGGGCAGGACAGGUGCUUCUCCAUCCUAACAGUACAAGAACCCCCACAGAUCCCAGAGAAGCCUGAGGUGAUUAAGGUGACAGUUGGAGACCCAGUCAGUCUGGACUGUAAAGUAACUGGUUCCCCUCAGCUCAAAGUCAAAUGGAUGAAAAAUGGCAAAGAGCUGCAGUCAAUUAGACAACAUAAACUGAGCUUCGAAAACAAUGUCAGUAGACUCUUGAUACAGUCAGCCCAGAGUGCAGAUGGGGGAGAAUAUAUCUUUGAAGUGGCCAACCACAUCAGUAGCUGCAGCUGUAACGUUAAAUUGAUCGUUUUAGAGCAAGUAAUCCCACCAAGCUUCCUCAAACCACUGUCAGAAUUCCAGGAGAUUUUGGGCUCCUUUGUGCAAAUCUCAUGCAAAGUGUCUGGAUCUCUUCCCAUCUCUGUGGAGUGGCAGAAAGAUGGAAGCAAAAUCUCCAGUGGAGUCAAACACAAGAUAAUCCAGCAGGACCACUCUGUUUCAAUAGAGAUUGAACAGCUAGAGAAGUCUGAUGCAGGCUCCUACUCUUGCAAACUGACCAACAAAGCUGGAAGCUGUGUCAGCAAUGGCACCCUCAGAGUGAAAGAACCCCCCAGCUUUGUUCUGCUGCCUGAGUCUAAGGCUGCCUUGCCCAAUGGCAAUGUGCGCUUCAAAGGCACAUUCACAGGCAGUGCUCCCUUCACCGUGAAAUGGUUGAAGGAGGACACGGAGCUCAUGACUGGGCCCACAUGUUUUACAGGACUGGAAGGACAGUCCUGCUUCUUAGAUCUUUACUCUGUAUCCCUGGCCCACAGUGGAGUCUACUCUUGUCAAGUCAGCAAUGAUGCUGGUUCUACCCGCUGCAAUGCAGACUUAACAGUCAAAGAACCACCCGAGAUUGUGCUGAAACUCCCUGGCACAAAGUUUGUGAAAAAGGGUGAGCCACUCCAUCUGGAGUGCAAGAUCAGUGGCACGGCUCCUCUGAAAAUGACCUGGUACAAAAAUGACAGUCAGGUCACAGAUGGGAGCAACAUAAGGAGGUCCUUUGUUGACUCAGUAGCAGUCCUAGAACUGCUCACCACCAGCUUCCAUGACGAUGGAGUUUACACCUGCGAAGCUCAGAAUGAUGCUGGCAGUGUGAGCUGCAGCACCUCCGUUACUGUUAAAGACCCACCCUCUUUCAUCAAAGUACUUCAGCCAUUCGAGGGGCUGAAGGCCAAAGAUGUGAGUCUGUACUGUGAGAUCAGCGGUACAGCGCCCUUUCAGAUCACCUGGCUCAAAGACAGUAAGCCUCUCAUGGAGAGCAGGAAGUGUAAGAUGCUGAGCGAGGGCAGUUCAGCCACUCUGCAUAUCAUUGGACUUGAGCCUUCCGAUGCUGGCGAAUACGAUUGCAAAGUGUCGAACAGUGUAGGAAGUGAAACCUGCCAGACGUCAGUUAAACUCAGAGAGCCGCCGUCGUUUGUGAAGAGACUGUCAAACAUGACAGCUAUAUUUGGAGAGGAGGUGACCCUUGUUGCCACAGUUAAAGGCUCUGAACCCAUUACUGUGUCCUGGGUUCAGGACAAGGAUCACAUUCUCAGGGAUGGUGACAACAGGAAAAUCACCUUUGAAAACAACCAGGUCACACUUAGAGUCUUUAAGGCUGAUGCCACCACUGCAGGAAAAUACACCUGCCAACUGACAAAUGAUGCUGGCAAUGUGGAAUGUUUUGCUAACUUGACUAUUCUAGAGCCCGCUAAGAUAGUGGAUAAGCCUGAUGCACUGAGUGUUACUGCAGGUGAAAUUGCCGCCUUAGAGGUCAAAGUGUGUGGAACGCCACAGCUCGUUCCUAAGUGGUUCAAGGAUGGUGUAGAGUUGGCCUCUGGAAGGAAAUACAAAAUCUCCUUCUCCAAGAUGAUCUCCAGCCUCAAAGUCCUUUCCGCUGAGAGGCAUGACACUGGAGAAUAUACAUUUGAGGUCGAGAAUGAGGUUGGCAAAGACCUGAGCAAAAUAAACCUCACUGUUCUAGAUAAGAUAAUUCCUCCCUCAUUCUUGAGGACAUUAAAGGAUUGUAAUGCAGUUGUUGGGAAUUCAGGAGACAUUGAAUGCAAAGUGUCAGGCUCCCCGCCGUUCGUAAUCUCCUGGUACCACGACGGAGAGGAGAUACAGAAAGGUCCUAACUAUGAGAUUGCAUUCAUUGACAACAACUGCACACUGAAGGUUCCCACUCUUAAGUUGUCUGAUUCUGGAGUGUAUAAAUGCGCAGCUGUCAACAAGGCUGGAUCAGCUAAAACCACCGCGUCUUUCACUGUGAAAGAGCCACCAACCUUUGUGGUGCAGCCACAACCUGCAGAGGCUAUGCCAGGCACUAGUGUGACCUUCUCAGCCAUUGUGAAGGGCAGUGCCCCACUGAAACUGAAGUGGUUCAGAGGAACCAAGGAGAUGAUGACUGGAGGAGACUGUGAGAUGUCCCUAAAGGAUAACCAGGCCCGCUUGGAGCUUUACAAUGUCAAUAAGUCUUAUGCUGGUGAAUAUACGUGCCAGAUCGUAAACGAUGCAGGAAAGGAGAGUUGCCCUGUUAAUCUGACUGUCAAAGAACCAGCCUACUUUUCAAAGAAGCUGAAGGACAUGACGGUAGAGAAGGGAAAAGCUCUGAUGCUAGAGUGCACGUACACCGGGAGCCCCAUGAUCACAGUGAACUGGUAUAAAGAUGGCCAGCAGAUAUUUGCCUCUUAUAAAUACAACAUCACCACCACAGAGAGCUCCUGUAUCCUGGAGUGUUUGAGCACUGAGGAGAAAGAGGCUGCUGGGAAGUUCUCAUGUCAAGUUUCCAAUGAUGCUGGAACGGACACCUGCGAGGCAUCAGUGACUAUUCUAGAACCCCCCUAUUUCGUUGAGGCCUUGGAGCAUAUGGAGGUGACUACAGGAGAUGCAGUGUGUUUGAAGUGCCAGCUGGCAGGAACCCCUGAAAUCAAAGUGUCCUGGUUCAAGGCUGAUGGCAAAGUGAGGUCCAGCCCAACCUGUAAAUUGGAGUACUCUAAAGGUGUGGCCUGCCUGAAGCUUAGCAAAGCUGGAAAAUCUGAUGUCGGGGAAUACACCUGCAAGGCAGAGAACUGUAUAGGCUCCACCUCCUCUACAUGCAGACUAAGUGUCCAAGAGGCUAAGACACCACCAUCCUUUCCUAAGAAGAUCACCAGUCUGCAGCAGACUGAGGGCAAGGUAGUCAGGUUUGAGUGUCGUGUUGCUGGCUCCUCGCCCGUCGAGGUUUCCUGGCUGAGGGACGGAGAGCCUCUGGAGGGAGACGAGGUCUCCAUGUCGUACGACGACAAUACAGCUGUGUUGGAGAUAAGACCUGGGGAGAUGAGGCACUCUGGAGAGUACAGUUGCGUCGCCACCAACAGCGUUGGUAGCGCUUCCUGUAGAGCCAAGCUCACCCUGCAAGAACCAAGAUACGCACCCAUCUUUGAAACAAAGCUGUCACCACAGGAAGUGACUGUUGGUGAAAGUGUAGAGCUGGAGUGUCACAUGACAGGCUCCGCCCCCAUCAAGGUCACAUGGUCGAAGGACCACAAAGACAUCCGAUCUGGCGGCAACUAUAGGAUGACCUGCGUGGAGAACAUCUCUCAUCUGACCAUUCUAAAGGCAGAUAAAGGGGACACUGGGAAAUACUUCUGCCAUGCCACUAAUGACAUGGGGAAGGACUCUUGCAGCACAGAUAUCACGGUGAAAGAGCGCAAAAACCCUCCGACAUUCACUAAAAAGCCCUCUGAAAGCAUUGAGGACACGGAGGGCAAGCUGGUGAAGAUCGAGGGCCGUGUGGCCGGUUCUCAGCCAAUGGCUGUGAGCUGGUACAAGGGGGACAUGGAGAUCCAUAGCUCUGACAAAUAUGAUAUCAGUUUUAAGAGCAACGCAGCCGUGCUAUGCAUCAAGAACAGCCAGGUGUCCGACAGCGGGAAGUACUCCUGCCAGGCGUCCAACGAGGCGGGCAAGGCCAGCUGUGGCGUCUCACUCGAUGUAGCUGAGGCCAAGAAGCCACCUGUAUUCGACGUCCCUCUUAAAGCGGUGACGGUGGUCGAGGGCGACAAGAUGAGCCUUACCUGCCACAUCCGUGGGUCCACUCCGCUGACUAUCCAGUGGAUGAAGGACAGGAAGGAGCUCAUCUCCUCUGUUGAGGCUAAAGUCAGUUUUGCGAACGGGACCGCCAGCCUGGAGAUCAGCAAGGUGUCCAAGGCCCACGCUGGGGACUACCUCUGCAAGGCCAGCAACGAUGCUGGCAGUGAAUUCUGCAAGGCUAAAGUUACUUUGAAAGAUGGAACAGGUGCAAAGCCUGCUCCCACAGAGGUGCCUACUGCAUCUCAAGCUAAGAAACUGGACAGCUUGUUCUUCAUCGAGGAGCCAAAAUCCAUCAAUGUCUCUGAGAAGGGCACUGCUACCUUUAUCGCCAAGGUUGGAGGUGAUCCCAUUCCCAAUGUGAAAUGGAUGAAGGGGAAGUGGAGGCAGAUCACCCCUGGUGGUCGUAUCUCUGUGGAACACAAAGGGCAGGAGGCCAAGCUGGAGAUAAGAGAAGUGACCAAGUCUGACUCUGGCCAGUACAGAUGUGUGGCAUCCAGCAAACACGGAGAGAUUGAAUGCAGUACAGACAUGCACGUGGAGGAGAAGAAGGAGACCACAGGAUUAGAAGGAGACCUAAGAGCCAAACUGAAGAAGACUCCCUCAAAGCAGAAGAGCCCACAGGAGGAGAAGGACAUCGAUAUUGUUGAGCUGUUGAGGAAUGUAGACCCUAAAGAGUAUGAGAAGUACGCACGUAUGUAUGGCAUCACCGACUACAGGGGACUGCUCCAAGCCAUUGAGCAGCUCAAGAAGGAGAAGGCUGAGGAAAGUGGAAGACCGGAAAUUGAGCGAGGGGACAGAGACUCUGACGAGGACAUGGCUAAGCUGGUGGCUGACCUGCAGAAGAGGAUGGAACGCACCGAGCCUGUGACGGUGGUGAAAGACAUUUGUGACCAGUCUACCUUCAUCAACAAGGAGGCUCUGUUUGAGUGCCAGGUCACCAUCAACUACCCUGAGAUCACCCUGUCUUGGUACAAGGGCACCCAGAAACUGGACAACAGUGAAAAGUAUGGCAUCAGCAUCAGAGGUAACCGCCACCUUUUGAAGAUCAAGGACUGCCAGGCCAGAGACCAAGGCAACUACCGGGUGGUGUGUGGUCCACAUAUCUCCAGCGCCAAGCUCACUGUUAUGGAGGUGGAGAUUGAGAAGCACCUGCAGGACGUAUCAGGUAAGGAAGGCCAGUCCUGUACUUUGACAUGUCAGUUGUCUGUCCCUAACGGGAAAACUGAGUGGUUAAAGAAUGGAAAGCAGAUAGAUGUGAAGGGCAGGUUCACCUCUGAGGUGAAGCACAAGAUUCAGAAGCUUGUGAUUGAAGAGCUGAAGCCAGAAGACCAGGGACGAUACUCCUGUAGAUACCAAAACCUUGAGUCAACAGCUGAACUGUGGGUGGAAGCUGAACAAAUUCAUUUCACCAAACGUAUCCACAACAUUGAGGUCAACGAACGGCAGGCGGCCACCUUUGAGUGUGAAGUCUCAUUUGAUAAUGCGAUCGUGUCGUGGUACAAAGACACCUGGGAACUCAAGGAAAGUCCCAAGUACAACUUCACAAGCGAAGGCAGAAGACAUUUCAUGGUUAUCAGGAAUGUUGCCAUCGAAGACCAAGGAGUUUACUCAGUGAUUGUGAGGUUGGAGCCCCGAGGAGAGGCUAAAAGCACAGCUGAGCUUUAUUUAUCGGGCAAAGAAAUUGAAUUAGCAAGAGUUCCCAUCGAUAUGCCCGACUCCUCAGUACAGAGGCCUGAACAACCGACAUCAGUUGCUAUUCAAGAAUCUUCUGAGUUCUAUCAUUAUGAAGAGAAGAUGGAACAGAGAGUCUCUGCAGAGCUUUCCUAUCACUAUGAAGAGGAGGCAGAGAUGGAGCAGAGAGUUUCCAGGCUUGCGGUUCAGGAAACGGUGGACACCAAGCAAGUAGGAAUGAGAGAGAAGGUUCCGGAAAAAGUUGCGAAGAAGCCAGAGGAGGAACCAGCUGCAGCUGCGAAGGAGCCUUCCCCAUCCAAAGUACUUGUAGCCAAAAAGCCAGUAGAGGAGAACAUUUUGGCAGUUUCACUUCCAGAAAAGAAACAGAGUCCUUCUCCCAAAGAAGCACCAGAUUUGAAGAAGGCUGUGCCUGCUCCCCCCCCCCCUGCAGGGAAGCCAAAUGAGGUGCCAAAGAAAGAUGAACCCAGGCUUCAGUUUCCAGCAGAACCUCAAGCCAAGCCUCAAGCUAGAACAGAAACUGAGGCCAAACCUACUUCGAAAGAACCUCAAGCCAAGCCUAUAAUUCAACCCGAACCUGAGGAAAAGCUUCAACCUAAAGAGGAAACUAGGCCUGAGGCAAAGCUUAAACCUAAAGAAGAAUCCAAACAUGAACCUAAGGCCAAGCUUAAACCUAAAGAAGAAACUAAAGCUGAGCCUGAGGCGAGGCUUAAACCUAUGGCAGAACCUGAAAUGAAGCCAAAAGAGAAACCUCUAGCUAAACUUGCUCAAAAGACAGAACCUGAGCCAGAAUUCACGGCUCCUAUGAGGAAGCAAGUGACUCAACCAUCAGUCCCCGAAGAAAUCCAGAAAGCUAAGGCUGCAAAACCAGAGCCGAAAGAGGUGAAGCCAGCAGUUAUCAGGCCAGAAAUCAAGGAUCAAAGACCCGAUCCAGCAGCUAAACCGCAAACAGGGUUUUCUAAGCCAGAAGAAGUUCAGGAGCCAGUGAGGAAACCAGUACCCAAGCCCAAACCAGCCAUUAAACAGACUCAUACUGACAAAACAGCCAAACCGGAGCAUUCAAAACCAGAGCCCACAAAUGAAGUGGCUCCAAAGGAGACCCUGAAGACAGAAGCACCAACAAAGAAGAAGGUUGUUAGUCCUGAACCACCAACUACCAUCCCUCAAACGGUGGACAGAAAUGUACUUCAGAAGAAACCUGUGGCUGAUAAAGUGGAGAAGCCUGAACCAAAACAUAUAGAGGUGGCUGACAGAGCACCUGAACCCCAGAAGGUGUCGCGGGAAGCUCUGGUUAUUGUAGAUGAGAAGAUACAGGAUUCCCCAGAGAGGCGGCCGAAGAUAGCAGUUGAAAAAACACCUGCAAAAACUACAGAAAAAACACUGGAAAAGAAUGUUACAGAGUGGAGACCAGAGGAACCUGAGAAGGUAGUGAUUUCUGAAGUGGGGCCACCUGAGAAGGUCGGUGAAACUCAGAAGGCAGAGAAGCAGAAGGUUCCUGGAAGGGACAAAGAGUCAUACAGGACUGCAGAAAAACCAACUGCCACUCCUCAUAAGAUCCUGGUUAAAGAGGCUGAGGAGAUUCCUCAGUCAAAGCCUCAAAGAGAAGUAAAGGGGGCCACUCCAAAAGAACCAGAAGAUAAGAAGACUGUAAAGAUUUUGCCUUUGCUCGAGAAUAAGCAAAAAGCCCCUCUACAUAAGAAAGAAACCAGCAGUCUUUUGAAGAUAGAAACUCAGACAGAAGCUCAGAAGAUCCAGGGGACACAGGAAACCUCUUUGUCAGUGGAUCUGCGAGAACACGAGGAGCGGGUGGAAGAACAUGCCCAUGUUUCUUAUGAGAAGCAGCAGCACAUUACUGACAUUACUUUAACACAGAUUAACAUUUUAGAUAGACUCCAAAAGCUGAGUGAACCUGGUCAAAUGGCUAUCUCCAGAGAUGAGACUUCCUCUGAUUUAUCAAAGAUUAGAGACACAAAGUUAAUUAAACCUCAAAUAAACACCAAAUCAGAAGCUGUCAUGGAUAAAUGUGAAGGAAAGAAACAAGCUGUCACUGUGAGAGAUAAACAAAUUUCAGACAAAUAUCUGCUUGAUGAAGGUGUUUUUGUCAGGCAGGUUGAAUUGAUCACUAAAGCCAUCAUAGAUGAGAGGAAAGACAUCACAUUAAUGGGACAUUUAGAGCAGGUUCCUAAACCUUUUCCUACUGAACGAGAUGUACACCAGGAAACACAAAAGGAAUGCUUUCGUAUCCCAACAGAGACCAAAAUUAGACCCAAUCCUCCUCAGAGGGUAGACAUUAGAGUAGAUACUGCAGAAGAACAUGGUAGAAUAAGGCAGGAACUAAUUAACAUUGAGGAUGAAAAUAUUCAGUUGGAAAAGGUUACAGCUCAACAAAAAUCUGUUGGCAAGACAGUAGUGGAGCAGAUCGUAGUCAGAGAUGCAGUUGCUAGAGUAUCUGGAACGCAAGGGAGGACUGUGGUGGAACGAGGUCCAUCAGAGGAAUAUAUAAAGAAGGGCGAGUUAUUGGAUGCAUUAAUAAGUACGAGGACAAGGUCAGCAGAGGUUAAUGUUGAGGCACAUCUUGUAGACACAUCCGCAAUGACAUCCUCAAUGAAGACUAGAACUACUGGAGGAACUGUGAAGAAGACCCUAAUAACACAAGAGUUGGUGGCAGAUACCCAGCCCAAGGCCACCGGAACAGAGCUUGGAGAUGUCAAGGCACAAAUGGUUCGAGAAGAUGAGGCAGCAUUCACCACAAAAGGGAAAUCAAAAAUGGAAGAAGAUUUUGUGGAGUCCACUGGAUUUGAAGGCCAGGGUGAUGAAGUCUCUCUUCAGAUCUUACUGCAGGCAGAGGCUCAAAUGUUCAAAGGAACAGUUGGAACUAAACCAUUGACUUCAAACGCAGAAGAAAGGAAGAAAAUAUUUGCAACAGAAGCGUCUUCCAGAGGUACAAAGAAUAUCCCAUGCCGUUCUUAUCUGCAUCCCCAUACCCACCAUUUCCCUUUUUCAGUAUUCAGGUACCAUCUGCUCUGUUCCAAUUUGAACUCCUUUAUUUUGGGAUUAUUAUUUAAAGCAGAAGCCGAGAAUAUCCCAGUGAAAGCUGUUCAGGAGCUUGUGCAGAAACCAAGAGAAGAAGCUGGAAGAGUGCCCACGAAGGAAGAAUCAUUUCCACAAGAUAAAGAACCUCUGCCAAAGGCAGUUAGUUCCAAACAAGCGCAAGAUGUAAGCCAAGCUGUUGAAAAGACAAAGCUUCUUCUCCCAGUGAAAGAGGAGACUGGAGAGAGGAAAGAGAAACGACCAGUUGAAGUGACAAAGCCUGAGUCAAAGGCCAUGGAAGUAGCCAAGAAGCAGAGAGAUGAAGAUAAACCUGUGAUGCCGAGGAAGACACCUUCUCCUGGGACAGAUGAAACCAAGGGGCCUGUACAAGCGCCAGGAGGAGUGAAAAAAGGUAAAGUUCAAAAGGAGGACGAUGGAACAUUUGAUAUUCCCACCUUGAGGAAAACAUCAAAGGUUAUGAAAGAGACAGAGGAAGAACAGGUGUUGAUCAAACUCAAGAAGAUUCCAUCCGUUCCAACUAAAGCAGAAGAAAUCAAGCUGUUGAAAGCCACCAAAACAACAGUUGUCCGAGUUGAGGAGAUGGUGCACAGGAGGACAUCUGUAGACAUGCCAGCUUCCAUCCUGAAAGCAUCGCUGGAGAGAGAUCCUAGAGAGAAGACCCCCACAAAGAAAGAGACGGAACUUCCAAAACCUAAAGAAUUAAGAGAAACAGAAUCAGAUAAAUGCUCACCAUGGAGUAAUCAGAAAGACUCUCCUAAAGAUAAGGAACCAGAAGAUACAAUCUCCAUAGAGAAAACUCCCAAAUCAGCCAAAGCUGGAGAACCAGUUACAGCAAGUGUGGGCUUAAAGAAAGUAAGGAAGUUGCCUGUAGAUGAAGCAGAACAAGAAGCCCUCAAAUUGAAACCAUUUGACCAGCCUACCAAACCCACAGAAGAGCCAACGACAGACAAGAUGGAGAGACCAGAGAGGGAAGCUGUACCUUUUGAAAAAGAGAGAAUCAGACCAGAGGAUAAAACACAGACACCGACUAAGAAAGAUGAAAUCAUUGCGGAGACAGAGAAACCACAAGCCAAGGUACAAAAACUAGCAGAUAGAGAGAAAACUUCCAAAGAAGAGAAGGAUGCUGCCAUGGAACCACACAAGGGAAAGAGAAUCUCACCGGAACAGGAUACAGAGAGCGUGAAACUGAAGCCUUUCUCCAGACCAACUAAGGACGCUAAGGAAGCAGCUGCAGAUGAGAAGCCCAGCGGUGAGAAACCAUCCCGUACAAGUAGAGACAAAUUACCAAGGGAAGCAGAGACAAGCAAGACAACAGAGACACCGAAACGUCCUGAGAAGGUUGUAGAGGCUGCUCCCUUUACCGUGGAGAACAUAGUAUUUCCGAAACCAACUGUUGACAAGACAGUAUCUCCGAAACCAACUGUUGACAAGACAGUAUCUCCGAAACCAACUGCUGAUAAGACAGUAUCUCCUAAACCAACUAGUGAUAAGACAAUAUCUCCUAAACCAACUGCUGAUAAGACAGUAUCUCCUAAACAAACUACAGAUAAGACAGUAUCUCCUAAACCAACUGCUGAUGAGACAGUAUCUCCUAAACCAACUGCUGAUAAGACACCUAGGAAGACUAUAGAUGAAACCAGGCCUCUGCAGUUGAAGAAAGGAGUUACUCCAAAAGAAAAUGAAGAACAUGCAGAAACCGUUUUGAGGCCAAUUGACCAGCUCAAGAAGGUUGAACUGAAAAAGACAGCCUCCCCCAAAGUUGAUAAAGCAAAGCCAAAAGAGCUGGAAUCAUUUCCAAUUGAAAAGAAACCAAGUGGCGAAAAGCUAAAGAGGAUCACAAAAACAGUUUCCCCAAAAGAAUCAGUUGAGGCUGUGGCUCCCAAAACAGUUCCCAGGAAACCCACCCCAGAAGAGGAGAAGGCUGGAGAAGCAGUGAAAACCAGCAAAGGGAAGGUCCCCAUGUCCAAGGAGGUUUCUCCUGGAUCCGUGCAGCUUAGGAAGGUCCCUACUCAGCUGGAGGAGGUGGUGUUUGAAGAGGAGUACGAGGGCCAGCCAGAAGAGGGGGAGGAAGAAGAGGAGGAGGUCUGGGGCUGGGAGCUGGUUCCCAGUGAAAGCUCAACCUCAGAAGACAGGCUAGCUGAAGGGGAAGAUGCUGUAGAAGCUCCAGGUGUUACCAGGAGAGACGGACAACCUGCUGAGGAAGCAGGAAGAGGAAGAGGGAGGGGCCUGAAACCCAAGCAGACCCCAUCUCCUGGUGAUGGAGGCCGAGGUAGGGGCCUGAAGCCGGGGGGAAAGGGCCCGUCCCCACCAGAUGAGCCCUUCGCAGGAUUCAAACUCAAAGCUGUUCCUCUGAAGUUCAUCAAAAAGCUUCAAAACAUUGUGUUGACAGAGGCAGAGUCUAUUGGCUCUGCUGCUGUAUUUGAGUGUGAAGUUUCCCCCUCUACUGCCAUUACUACUUGGAUGAAGGAUGGAAGCAACCUCCGUGAGAGCCCCAAACACAAAUUCACCUCAGAUGGCAAAGACCGCAAGCUGAACAUUAUUGAUGUCCAGCUGUCUGAUACUGGUGAAUAUACGUGCGUGGCCAAGAAUGCCGGAAAGGAAAUAUCAUGCACAGCCAAGCUCAUUGUUGAAGAGCUGCCAGUGAAAUGGAUCAAGGAGCUGGAUGAGGAGACCUCACCCCUUAAAGGUCAGCCCCUGUACAUGACCUGUGAGCUGAACAAAGAGAGGGACGUGGUCUGGAAAAGGAGUGGAAAAAUCCUCAAGUUGAAGACUGGCAAAAUCUCCAUCAAUGUCAUUGGUCUGGGGCACGCUGUGACCGUUCAGAACACCACUGAAGAGGAUGCCGGCCUUUACACUUGUGAGGUGGCCAAUCAACCAGAUGUCAUGACUUCAACCAACGUUAAAGUGAUUGAAAUCAUCAAGGACUGGCUGGUGAAGCCUCUGAGAGACCAGCAUGUGAAGCCCAAGGCAGCUGCCACAUUUAAAUGUGAGCUGUUUAAGGAGACUCCUAACUGGAAGUGGCUUAAAGGAGAGACUGAGAUAACGCCUUCUGAUAAGAUCGAGAUUAAGAAGGAUGGAAAGGCACUGACGCUGACUAUUAAGAACUGCCAGCCCGAAGAUGUAUCCGAUUACACUAUGGAGGUGGAGGGACGGGUCUACAGCGCCAAACUCACAUUAGGAGAACGUGAAGCUGAGAUCCUGAAGCCUCUGUCAAGCAUGGAGGUGGUGGAGAAGGACAACGUGACUUUUGAGACUGAGAUCUCAGAGGAAGAUGUUCCAGGGGAAUGGAAGCUGAAGGGAGUGGUCCUGACCAGAUCACCGACGUGUGACAUCCAAAUGGACGGUGCCAAGCGCAGACUGAUCCUGAAGAACGUCCAGAUGGACCAUUCCGGCGAGGUGACCUACACAGCGCUGAACGCCGUCACCAACGCCAUGCUAACAGUCACCGAAAUCGAAAUGGCCUUUGUCGUCCCGCUGGAAGAUGUUUCUGUGCAUGAAAAGAAACAGGCUAAGUUUGAAUGCGUCAUCACAAAGGACGUGUCAAAGGUUAUGUGGUACAAAGGGUCCGACAUCAUCACCCCAGACCAAAAGUAUGACAUAAUUGAUGAUGGGAAGAAACACAUGCUGAUCAUAAACAGCUGUGAGUUUGAUGAUGAGGACGAAUACACGAUAGAAGUGUUGGGGAUAACCUCGACGGCGAAGCUAACAGUGGAGGGUAUAAGACUAACAUGCAUCACGCCAAUCAAGGACCAAACGGUGAAGGAGGGCCAGACUGCUCGCUUUGAGCUGGAGCUCUCUCAUGAGAACGUCCCAGUCACAUGGUUCAGGAACGAUAUGAAGAUCCACCCCAGCAGAACGGUGCUCACGCACGUGGACAGAAAGAAACACGUUCUAGAAAUGAAGGAAGUGACGCUAGAUGACACGUGCCAGAUUAAAGCAGAAGCCAAGGGAAUUCCCUCAAUGGCCAAUCUAACAGUCAUAGAGGGAGACGCAUACUUCACGGUUAAGCUUCAGGAUUACACGGCGUUGGAGAAAGACUCUGUGGUACUGCAGUGUGAACUGAGUAAGGAGGUGGAGGUCAUGUGGUACCACAAUGAGAAGGAGCUCAAGGGCUCUAAGAAGGUGUCCAUCAGAGCCGAGGGCAAGCGGAGAAGCCUGAGCAUCAAGAGGGUGGAAGACCAAGACAAAGGGCAGUACAUGUGUGACUGUGGAACUGACAAGACGCUUGCUUCACUAAACAUUGAAGCUCGCCACAUCAAGGUGGUGCGACCUCUGUAUGGGGUGGAGUUGUUUGAUGGGGAGACGGCUCGUUUUGAGGUGGAGAUCUCGGAGGAUGACGUCCACGGCCAGUGGAAACUAAACGGAGAAAUCCUCAGUCCCUCUUCUGAUGUUGAGAUAGUGGAAGAUGGAGCCAAGCACACUCUGAUCUUGUACAACUGUAAGGUGCCCCUGACAGGAGAGUUGUUGUACAGCGCUGCUGAUGCUAAGUGCUCUGCUAACCUGAAAGUGAAGGAAAUCCCAGUGUCGUUCAUGACGCCACUGAGCGAUGUUCAUGUGUAUGAAAAAGAAGAAGCCAGAUUUGAGCUGGAAGUGUCCAGGGAGCCAAAAAGCUUCCGCUGGAUGAAAGGGCCACAGGAGUUGUCAAGUGAUGAGCGAUAUGAGCUGGGGGUGGAGGGGACGAGACACACACUGCUGGUGAAAUCAGCCAAAUACGAAGACGAAGGAAAAUACAUAUUUGAGGCUGAAGACAAGAGAACUUCUGGCAAGCUGAUAAUCCAAGGAAUCCGUCUGGAGUUUGUUAAGCCCAUCAAAGACGUUACUGUGAAGGAACGAGAGACUGCAGAAUUCAGCGUGGAGCUUUCUCAUGACGACAUCUCUGUUAUAUGGUACAAGAACGAUGUCCGUCUGCACCCCAGCAAGUUGGUCCACAUGUUGGACCAGGGCAAGACCCACAUCCUGGCAUUCAAGGAAGUGACCAUCGAUGACACCUCCCUGAUCAGGGUGGAGGCCAUGGGCAAGUGCUCCGAGGCUAUGCUCACCGUCAUUGAGGGAGACUUGUACUUCACCACCAAGCUGCAGAACUACACAGCUGUGGAGAAGGAUGAAGUUUCUCUGGUCUGUGAACUCAGCAAGUCUUUAGCCCAGGUCCAAUGGUUCAAGGAUGGUAAAGAAAUCAUUCCCUCAAAGAAUAUUGUUACCCAAACUGAUGGCAAGAAGCGUUUGCUGACCAUAAAGAAGGCAUCAAAAGCUGACAUUGGAGAAUACUCCUGUCACUGUGGUACGGACAAGACGACCGCCAGUCUGAACAUCGAAGAGCGGGACAUCAAGGUGGUUCGUCCGCUGUACAGCGUGGAGGUCACAGAGCUGGAGACGGCUAAGUUUGAGACGGAGAUCUCUGAGGGGGAUCUUCACGGGAACUGGAAGCUGAAGGGAGAAGCUCUUCUCCAGUCUUCAGACGUGGAGAUCAAGGAGGAAGGCACCAGACACACGCUGGUCCUCUUCAACGUCCGCUUGGAUAUGGCCGGAGGAGUGGAUUUCUCUGCAGCUAACGCUAAAUCUACGGCCAUGCUCAGAGUCAAAGCCCGGGUGAUCAGCCUGAGCAAGGUCCUGGAGGACGCCGUGGUGACGGCCGGGGAGACGGCCACCUUCCAGUGUGAGCUAUCUUUCGAAGGCAUUGCUGUCGAGUGGUUCCUGGGGGGUACCAAGCUGGAAUCAAGCAAUAGAGUGGUCACAAGAGCUGAAGGCAAAGUGCACUCACUUACACUAAGAAAUGUAAAACUGGCUGAGGCAGGUGAGGUGAGACUGGCAGCCAAGGACUUCCAGACAAAAGCCAACCUGAUUGUGAAAGAGCAACCCGUAGAGUUCAGCAAACCUCUGGAGGACCAGACGGUUGAAGAAGAGGCCACUGCCACCCUUGAGUGUGAAGUUUCCAGGGAGAACGCUGAGGUCCAUUGGUUCAGAGAUGGACAGGACAUCCGCAAGACCAAGAAAUACGAAAUAAUUGUUGAUGGCUGUAAGAGAGCCCUCAUCAUUCAUGACUGCACUAUGGACGAUUGCAGAACUUACACUUGUGACGCAAAGGACUUCAAAACCUCCUGCUUCCUCACUGUGGAGCCCCCUCAUGUCCAGUUCUCUAAGCCUCUCCAUGAUGUGGAGGUCCGUGAGAAGGAGUCUGCCAGGUUUGAAUGUGAAGUUUCCAGGGAGAAUUUGAAGGUUCGCUGGUUUAAAGAUGGAAGUGAGAUCAGGAAAGGGAAGAAGUAUGAAAUUAUUGCUCAAGGUGUCCAGCAUGUCCUGGUGAUCCACAAGUCUGUGUUCGAUGACGAGGCAGAAUACGAAUGUGAUGCUAAGACCAUCAAGUCCUCUGGCAUGCUGACAGUCGUUGAGGAGGAAGCUAGGUUCAGCAAGAAUCUGUCCAACGUGGAUGGAAUGGAGACAGACAGUGUCAAACUGAUCUGUGAAGUGUCCAAGCCCAGUGCAGAGGUCACUUGGUACAAAGGGGAGCAGGAGCUGCCUGAGGGAGGUCGCUAUGAGCAGAUCAUGGAUGGAAAGAGAAGGAUACUCAUCAUCCAGGACCUGAAGAUGAGGGAUGUUGGGGAGUACACAUGUAGACUGAGUCCAUCCAUCAAGACCUCUGGAAACCUCAUGGAUCAUGAACUGGCUGCUGAGUUCACCUCAAGGCCUCAGAGCCAGGAGGUGGUGGAGGGAGAGAAGGCAGAGUUUGUCUGCUCUGUCUCCAAGGAAACCUAUGAGGUGAAGUGGUUCAGAGGUGACAAGGAGCUGGAGGCCGGAGACAAGUACAAGAUGAUCAGCGACGGCAAGAAGAGAACACUGCUAAUCCAGAGCUCUGAGUGCAAAGACGAGGGAGGAUACAUCGUGGUGAUCGGAGGCAACCGGGCCAGUGCUUGACCUAACCGUGCUCAGAAACUCAGAAUCAUGACCCCACUGAAGGACACGGAGGCGCAGGAAGGAAAGGAGAUUGUCCUGAACUGUGAGGUGAACUCUGAGGGAGCCAAGGCUAAGUGGCUGAAGAACGACGAGACCAUAUUUGAGAGCAGCAAGUUCAUCAUGGUCCAGAGAGACAAUGUUUUCUCUCUGAGGAUCAAAGAUGCCCAGAAGGCUGACGUGGCCAACUACUCCAUUAUCCUGACCAACCAAAGAGGAGAGCAGGCCAAAAGUGCAUGCAACCUCACUGUCAAAGAGAGAGCCUGAGGGUUUGUGGUUCCUCUGGAGGAUAUUGACACCCAGGAGAGGAACACAGUGAGCUUCUCCUGUAAAGUGAACCGAACAGGGGCCAAACUGCUCUGGAUGAAGGGUAGCCAGAGCUUCUCCUUCAGCAAGCGCAUCGUGUACCGGGCUGACAAGGACCAACACACCCUGACAAUUAAAGACGGUACCCUGGCUGACGAAGGAGACUACACAGUCGCUGAGGAGAACAACAAGUCCACAGCAGACCUGAUCAUCAGCGAGGCUCCAGACUUCACAGCCCAGCUCAAAGACCAGACCAUCACAGAGUGAGAUGCGGAGUUCAUCUGCAAGUUGUCCAAGGAUAAGACUGAAGUGAAAUGGUACAGAGAUGGACGUGAAAUCCGAGAGGGACCAAGAUACACUUUCGGAAAAGAUGGAAAGACUUGCAAACUGAUAAUCAAGGAGUGCAGACCAGAUGAUGAGUGUGAAUACGCUUGUGGUGUGGAGGAAAAGAGAUCCAGAGCCAGGCUCUUUGUUGAAGAAACGGCAGUGGAGAUCAUCAGACCUCCCCAGGAUGUGUUCGAGCCUCCAGGCUCCGACAUUGUGUUUGAGGUGGAGCUCAACAAGGACCGAGUGGAAGUCAAGUGGUUGAGGAACAACAUGACUGUGGUGCAAGGAGAUAAGUACCAGAUGAUGAGCGAGGGGAAGAUUCACCGCCUGCAGGUGUGUGAGAUCCGCCCUCGCGACCAAGGAGAGUACAGAGUCAUCGCAAAGGACAAGGAUGCCAAGGCCAAGCUGGAGCUGGCAGCUAUGCCCAAGAUUAAGACUACCGACCAGAGCUACGUGACUGAUGCUGGCAAGCCCAUCGUCAUGGCGGUUCCCUACAGCGCUUACCCAAGCCUGAAGCGCAGUGGCUGUUUUGGGAGCAGCCCCCUGCCAAGGAUUGACAUUCAUACAUCAGCUGACAGGACAGAGUACCAACUCAAAGACCCCAAGAAGACAGACGAGGGACACUACAAAGUCGUCAUCAAAAACAAACACAACGGCGAUGGAGAGGCCUUCAUCCACCUGGCCUGUUACGUGCCCGGACCGGUGAAGGGCCUCCAGGUGACUGACACCGCUGACGGUGAGGUGAGUCUUGCCUGGGAGGAGCCAGAGAGCGACGGCGGAAGCAAGAUUGUUUCUUACGUGGUGGAGAGACGGGAUGUGAAGCGUAAGACCUGGACCCUGGCAACAGACCAUGCAGAGACCCCUGAGUUCACAGUGACCGGCCUCCAGAAGGAACCCAUGUACCUAUUCAGAGUCUGCGCUCGCAACAGAGUAGGCUGCGGGCCAAACAUUGAGACAGACAAACCUGUGCAAGCCAAGAAUAAAUUUGAUGUGCCUGAGGCACCUCUCAACGUGCUCGUGAGCAAAGUCAGUAAGUUUGCUGCUACAGUGUCUUGGGAGCCUCCAGAGUCCAACGGAGGGUCGCCCCUCACAGGCUACGUCAUCGAGCUUCGUGACCGCACCUCCGUCAAAUGGUCCGCCGUCCCAGGUGACCAAGGACAGACGAACUCAAGCGCUAUCAUCAAUGACGUCAUUGAGAACAAGAGUAUAUCUUCAGGGUGAAGGCUGAGAACAAAGGCUGGUGAAGGCAAACCUAGCGCUGCUUCACGACCGGUCAAUAUCAUGGACCCCAUUGAACGCCCAAGUCCCCCUCUGAACCCAGUUUGGCAGGACCAGAACAAAAGCCUCAGUGCAGCUCUCCUGGGACACCCUCCAACCAGUAAUGGAGGUAGCAUCAUCACCGGCUACAUCAUUGAGCGAUCCGAGGAAGGAUCAAACAAGUGGUUGCGCUGUAACGCCAGACUUUGCCAGGACCUGUUCCUACAAGUUACUGGUCUGAAAUACGGCACCAAAUACAACUACCGUGUGUUUGCUGAGAACGCUGCUGGCCUCUCUGACCCAUCAAACACCAUGGGACCUCUGCUGGCGGACGACGUUCAUGUGGCUCCGACCAUCGACCUGAGUGCUUUCAGGAAUGGACUCGAAGUAAUUGUUCCUCAUCCACUCACCAUCCGUGUACCAAUAACCGGAUACCCCACACCGACUGCAAAGUGGACCUUUGGAGACAAGGAGCUGACUUCUGAUGAUGAACGAUUUCGGGAACCCAUGGUGACCAAGUCGACAUUCGUAGAGCUGGUGGUGACCCCUAGGUUGCGUCCGGAUUCAGGGCACCUACUCCCGACGCUUGAGAACGAUGUCACCUCCGUCUCCGGAGAGAGUGAAGUGACUGUCAUCGCUUCCCCCAGCGGCCCCAAAGACUUCAAGGUGCAGGAGGUGACCAGACAGCAUGUCCACCUCAUGUGGGAUAGCCCCCGAACAUGAUGGAGGAAGCCAUUGACCGGAUACCAGGUGGAAAAACGAGAUAUGUCACGCAAGACCUGGGUCAAGGUUGUAUCAGGACUCCAGGACCAGGAGUACACUGUGACGGAUGUGAUGGAAGGCAAAGAAGUACCUCUUCAGGAGUAAACAGCCUGCAAUAAGUGUGGUCCAGGAGAACCAGCCUACAUUGAUGAGUACGUAUGUCUCAGGUCUGUGUCUCAUCCAUUUACUGUGUCCCCUCAGCGGUGCCUGACCCUCCCAGAGAACCUGAGGUGGAAGAGACAAUGUCUGUCAAGUCGGCAUUUCCUCACCUGGGAACCCCCAAAGUACGACGGAGGCACUGGCAUCAAGGGCUACAACGUGGAACGCUGCCAGAGAGGAACCGAUAAGUGGGAGCCUUGAGACAUGGUGCCUGAGCUCAAGUGCCAGGUGACUGGUCUGCAGGAGGGACAGUGGUACUCCUACAGAGUCAGAGCGCUCAACCGUCUAGGAGCAAGCAGACCCUGCAAGGCCACAGACGAGAUCCUGGCCGUGGAUCCCAAAGAACCUCCAGGGAUUCAGCUGGAUGCCAAGCUUCUGGCCGGUCUGACUGCCAAGGCUGGUAGCCGGAUCGAGCUUCCUGCUGAGGUUACCGGUAAGCCUGAACAAGUGAAGUGGACCAAGGCUGACCUGAUACUCAUCAAAGACGAUAGAGUCUCAAUCGACACCAAGCCAGGCCAUUCGACGGUCACCAUUGCUAAGACUACAAGAGAAGACACCUCAACUUACAUAAUCGAAGCCACCAACAGCAGUGGACGCGCUACAGCCACUGUCCAUGUCAACAUUCUAGAUAAGCCUGGUCCUCCGGCUGCCUUCGACAUCUCUGAAAUCACCAACGAGUCCUGCUUCCUGUCCUGGAAUCCCCCCAGAGACGAUGGAGGCUCCAAGAUCACCAACUACAUCGUAGAGCGUCGCGCUGCAGAAAGUGAAAUCUGGCACAAGCUUUCCUCCACUAUCAAACUGACGACCUACAAGGCUGUGGGUCUGGUCAGUUUCAAAGUAUACAUUUUCAGAGUGUUUGCUGAAAACCAGUUUGGCGUUGGUACAUCAGCAGAACAUCCAUCCAUCAUUGCCAGAUAUCCCUUCAACACUCCUGGAGCUCCUUACAAGCUGGAGCCCUCAGACAUCGCCAAAGACUCCCUAAACCUGUCGUGGUACGAGCCCGACGAGGAUGGAGGCAGUCCUAUCACUGGCUACUGGAUGGAGCGCUACGAACCGGACCAUGACAAGUGGAUCCGAUGCAACAAACUGCCCAUUAAAGACACCAACUACCGGGUCAAAGGUCUUCCCACCAGGAAGAAGUACAAGUUCAGAGUACUUGCUGAGAACUUAGCUGGAACAGGGAAACCCAGCAAGGAGACUGAUCAAAUCCUGGUCAAAGAUCCUAUCGAUCCUCCAUGGGCCCCUGGUAAACCAACAGUGAGGGACGUGGCCAAGACCUCAUGUUUCCUCAUGUGGACCAAACCAGAGCACGAUGGUGGAGCCAAGAUCGAUGGCUACAUCAUCGAGAUGCUGAAGAGUGGAACCGCAGACUGGAUCAGAGUUGCCGACGACAUCAACCUCCUGGAGCACUCCCUCAGGGGUCUGAUGGAGAAACAGGAGUACUCAUUCCGAGUCAAGGCCGUCAACAAGGCUGGAGAGAGUGAGCCCAGCGAGCCCAGCGACCCUGUGCUCAUCAAGGAGAGACUCUCGCCCCCCAUGGCUCCACGCUGGCUGCUGGUGGUAAGCAUCAGCAGGAACAGUGCUGAGAUGAAGUGGACGGCCCCUGAGAGGGACGGAGGCUCCCCCAUCACCAACUACGUGGUGGAGAAGAGGGAUGUGAGGAGGAAGGGCUGGCAGGCGGUGGACACCACGGUGAAGGAGCUCAAGUACUGUGUGACGCCCCUCAACGAGGGCUCCCUGUAUGUGUUCAGAGUGGCCGCUGAGAACGCUGUUGGAGUCGGAGCCUUCUGUGAACUGGAGGACUCGGUUCUGGCCAAGGACACUUUCACAACUCCUGGACCCCCUUAUGGCCUGGCGGUGCUCAGUGUCAGUAAGAGACACGUGGACCUGCAGUGGGAGGCACCUAAGAACGACGGAGGCAGACCUAUCCUCAGGUAUUCCCUUGAGAAGAAGGAGAAGCUUGGGACCCGCUGGGUGAAGUGUGGUAAGACCUCAGGGCCAGACUGUAAGUACAGAGUGACCGACGUCAUCGAGGGAACCGAGGUCCAAUUCUUGGUGCGAGCUGAGAACGAGGCUGGGGUCGGACAUCCCAGCGAACCUACAGAGAUCAUUACCAUUGAAGACCCCACAGGUGUUCCAUCACCACCCAUUGCACUCCAGAUCACUGGAGCCAGCCGGGACUUCCUGUCCAUUGGCUGGAAGCCCCCAGAGAGGACUGGCGGAAGCCCCAUCAGUGGCUACCAUGUUGAGAUGUGUGAGGCCGGGACGGAGAAGUGGAUGAGAGUCAACUCCAGGCCUGUUAAGGAACUCAAGUUCUGCAUCGACGAGGGAGUGGUAGCCGAGAAGGAGUACGUCCUGAGAGUCCGUGCCAUCAAUGCUGUAGGCGUGAGCGAGCCCUCAGACAUGUCUGACAACGUGUUUGCAAAGGAGAGUGACUGUUUCCCCACCCUGGAGUUCCAGACCCUGGACCUGGUGGUGGUAGAGACGGAGAAGAUGCACAUCCCAGUGCCCUUCAGGGCCGUCCCCUCACCAAAGAUCAUCUGGCACAAAGAUGGCAAGGAGCUGAGGGCAGAUGAGCGUCUGGGCUUCAGGAAGGAGUACACCUCCUGUCACCUGGAGGUGGACAGCAGUAUCCAUGGUGACGCCGGACAGUACAAAGUUACACUGGAGAACAAGCUUGGAGCCACCAGUGCUGCCAUCAACGUCAAAGUCAUCGGUCUGCCUGGUCCUUGUAAGGCAAUCCUGGCCUCAGAGAUCACUAAGAGCACCUGCAAGGUGACCUGGGACCCUCCAGACUACGACGGAGGAAGCCCUGUUCUUCACUAUGUUCUGCAGCGCCGCGAGGCAGGCAGGAGGACAUAUGUCAACAUGAUGUCAGGGGAGAACAAGGUGAGCUGGCCUGUGAAGGACCUGAUCCCCAACGGAGAGUACUACUUCCGUGUCCAAGCUGUGAACAAGAUCGGAGGAGGAGAAUACAUCGAGCUGCGCAACCCAGUCAUCGCACAGGACCAGAAACACGUUCCUGACCCACCAGUGGACGUAGAGACUCACAACGCCACAUCCAAGACUGUCACACUGACCUGGAAACCCCCCAUGUACGACGGUGGAGCCAAGAUCAUGGGCUACGUCCUGGAGAAGUUCCAGAAGGGCCUGGACAAGUGGGAGAGGUGCAACGACUUCCUGGUUCCUGUGCUCUCCUACACCGUGAGGGGCCUGACUGAAGGGAGGAACUACCAGUUCAGGGUCAAGGCUGAGAACGCUGCUGGGGUCAGCGAACCCUCUCGCAGCUCAUUGUUUGUCAAGGCCUCCGACGCUAGAGAUCCUCCCAAGGUGUUCCUCAGCGGCAAUGUGCAGUCGGGUCUGAACAUCAAGAGAGGCUGUGAGAUCUGUCUAGAUGCCAACAUUUCCGGAUAUCCAUACCCUCAGAUCACCUGGUACUGGAAUGACCAGGUCAUCAGACCAGAGGCCCUCAGGGUGAGGCCCGACAGACCCAUCAAGAAGAAGGUUGUGAAGAGCCAAGUGGAGGAGAAGAAAGAGGAAGGAGAGAAGAAAGAAGAGAAGAAGGAAGGAGAGACCAAGGUGGAAGAGAAGAAAGAAGAGGAGAAGAAGGAAGAGGAACAGCCAGCAGAGGCAGAGCCAGAGGAGUCUGACUAUCCCACCAUCAACGAGCGUCUGAGCCUCGAAGACUGCAAGAGGGGGGAGUCCCGGAUCGUUGUCAAGGACACCAUCCGUGGAGACCAUGGAGUCUACACCAUCACGGUGAAGAACGACCAGGGAAAAGCUUCUGCUUCUUGUGAUGUCAACGUGCUUGAUACUCCUGGACCUGCGGUCAACUUCCGCUUCGAGGAGGUGAGGAAGAACUAUGUAGUCUGCAAGUGGGACACACCCCUGGACGACGGUGGAAGCGAGAUUCUCAAUUACACCUUGGAGAAGAAAGACAACUCCAAGAUUGAGAUUGGCUGGAGCUCAGUCACCGCCACCUUGCGCGGCUGUCGCUACCUGGUGCCCAAACUCAUCGAGAAGAAGGAGUACAUCUUCAGAGUGGUGGCCGAGAACAAGUUUGGUGCUGGUCCGGCCUGCGUGUCCAAACCCCUCAUUGCCAAGGAUCCCUUCGAUCCUCCAGAGAUUCCAGAUAAGCCAGACAUCGAUGACAUCACUGCCCACAGCAUGGUGGUGUUGUGGAGCGAGCCCGCGGACAACGGCAGCCCCAUCCUGGGCUACUGGGUAGAGCGCCGUGAGAUUAACAGCUCCAAAUGGGCCCGCGUCAACAGGUGGACUUGGUUGCAGACAACAGAGGUGACCGUGGAAGGCCUCAUAGAGGGUCUGACCUACAUCUUCAGAGUCGCAGCAGAAAACCAGGCUGGGCCUAGCAAGUUCAGCAUCCCCUCUGACCCUAAGACUGCCCAUGCCCCCAUCCUCCUUCCUGGUCCUCCUGUUGCCAGGGUGAUGGAAACUACAGACCACUCUAUCGAUGUGGAGUGGGAUGCUCCCCUGGACAACGGUGGAGGAGAUAUCCUGGGGUACCAUGUUGACAAGGUCAGUCUCACCCGAGCUUCUCACAGGCCUCUGAGGACAUUUUUCUACUAUAAAAUAGCAGGCCUGUCGCACCAGCCUGGGUUGGAACCAAGGACUUGGUCCAGGUCUUACAGAGCGACCCUGGAAGACCGGGCCUUCACGGUCUAUGGGCGUCCGAGAGGGUCCAAGUACAUGGUCAGAGUUAUCGCCUGCAAUGCUGCUGGAGAAGGAGCACCAGGCGUUCACUGAGUCCGUGUUCGUCAGGAACCUGCUGAAGAAGCCAGUCAUCGAAUGGACCUGUCUGUGAAGAACGGUGUGGUCAUCAGAGCAGGAGAGACACUUAACCUCCCAGCCACUGUCACAGGAAACCCUAAACCUCAUCACCUGGGUGGUCAAUGACAGCAAACCCAGACAAGGAGCGUGUGGAGAUCCUGGCAGGAUGGCGACCAGAGCAUCGUCCACAUCAAGAAGGUCCAGAGGAAGGACUGUGGGAAAUACCUGAUAUCUGCCUGCAACCCAAGUGGAACCAAGUCUGCCUGGGCUCGGGUGGAUGUCAUGGAUGUCCCUGGCCCAGUCACAGACCUGAAGCCUGUGGUCGUCACUCGCAAGAUGAUCUUCCUGAACUGGGACGACCCAGACGACAACGGUGGAAGUGACAUCACUGGCUUCAUCGUGGAGCGGAGGGAUGCUAAGAUGCACACGUGGAGGCAGCCCGUGGAGACGGCCUCCUCCAAGUGCGAGUGUGUAGGUAUCAUGGAGGGCCAGGACUACAUGUUCCGGGUUAUCGCCAAGAACAAGUAUGGCAUGGGACCCCCCCUGGAACUGGGACCCAUCAAGGCUGUGGACCCACAAGGACCCCCCAGCUACCCUGAGAAGUUCCACUACACAGAGAGGACCAAGAACUCCAUCACCCUGUCCUGGAAACCACCUCGUAAUGAUGGCGGCAGCCUCAUCGGCUACUUUUGUAGAGAAGAAGAACAUGACCAGCAGGUCUUUGAGCCCUGCAACAAAGACAUCUGCCCCAACCAGACCAUGACCUUGAGGGUCUGGAGGAGUCCUGGAUGUACGAGUUGGAGGAUUAAAUGUGCCAACCUGAUUGGAGAGAGCGAGCCCUAUCCUUUGACGGUUGUGAUUCAGGAUGAUGAAGUGUCUCCUGAUAUCCACAUGCUGAAGGUCUUCAAGGGAGACUCCAUCACGGUGAGGAAGGGCGACCUCAUCGAGAUCCCGGCCGACGAUGGUCUUCCCAUCCCCAAGGUGGAGUGGUUCAAGGACGACGUUCUGAUAGUGGAGGCUUCAGAGAGCCUGCUGAUGGAGACAGUGGAGACCGGCAGGAUGAACUGUAACACCUGCGUCCUCCAUGCCUUCGGCCAACCGGCGGGACAAGGGCAGCACUACACCGUCACUGCCUCCAACAAUGGCACCUGCAGACACACCGUCUUCGUCAUGGUGCUGGACCGCCCACUGCCCCCCAGGAAGGAUGGUGUCCACAUCAAGGGAGAGUCUUGCUCCCUGCAGUGGGACAAACCGCUCGACAACGGUGGCAGCGAGCUCACCAACUACAUUGUGGGAGGAAGGAGGUGUUGAGCUGAGGAGCCAGAGCUGUGGAGGAGGGCGAGGAGCCCGCCUGCUGCACCCCAGUGGACCGAAGUCACCAACAGCAUCAUUGAGAGGAGAUUUGGGGUGUGGAACCUGGAGACCAAUAAAACCUACCUGUUCCGGGUCCGAGCUGAGAACCGCUACGGUAGGUCCGACCCCUGUGCCACAGAAGAAGUUCUCAUCACGGAUCCAUUCGGCCUUCCUGGGCCACCAGAGAAGCCAACCAUCGCUGAGUACUCCAAGACCUCCAUGACCUUAACCUGGGAGCCCCCCAGGGAAAAUGGCGGCUCUCUGGUCACCGGCUACUGGCUGGAGAAGAGGGAGAAAGGCUCCUCCUACUGGGCCAAGGUCAACAAGGUUCCCGUCACAAAGCGUGGCCUUAAGGGCUGGGAAUACCAGGUUACCCGUCUGAAUGAGGGGACGGAGUACGAGUUCCGAGUAGCAGCGUCCAACUCUGCAGGAAUCGGACCUUUCAGUGGCGCUUCAGACUCUGCCUUUGCUAUCGACCCUCUCACUCCCCCCGGCAUGCCGGCUGCCCCGACGAUUGCGGACAAGACCAAGCACAGCGUCACCUUGGCUUGGAGUGCCCCAGAGUGGGACGGUGGAAGUCCUAUCAAAGGCUACAUCAUCGAGAUACAAGAUGAAGGCUCCUCAGAGUGGGCGAGGAUCAACGACGCAGAAUCUCUGCACCCCAGUACCGAGUUCACUGUCCCCAGCCUCCGAGAGCUCAAACUGUACCGCUUCAGGAUCAUCGCGGUCAAUGACAUCGGGGAGUCCGACCCCAGUCCUCGCACCGCAGAGGUUCUGGUAGAGGAGGUUCAGGUUGAACCCAAGCUGUUGCUGGACAUGCUGGCAGACGACCUGCUCUGCAUCAGGGCUGGUGACCCAAUCAGGAUCCCGGUCAUUGUCAAGGGCCGCCCCGUUCCCAAGGUUACCUGGGACUUUGAUGGCAAAGCCAAGUCGCACAAGAAGAACAAAGUGCACACAUUGCCAGUAGACUCUGAGAUUGAAUCUACAGACAUGACCUCUACCGUGACCAUCCCUGUCAGCCUGAGGAGUCAUUCAGGACGCUUCACCAUCACCGGAAAGAACAAGUCUGGACAGAAACACAUCAACGUCAGAGUUAAUGUCCUUGAUGUUCCUGGGGCUCCAAAGGAUCUGAGGGUGACUGACAUUGCCAAGUCAACGAUGAGGCUAAUCUGGAAGCUUCCAGACAACGAUGGAGGAGAGAGAAUCAAGAGCUACUUCAUAGAGAAGAGAUGUGUCACCGACAAGGCCUGGACCACGGUGAACGCCACGUGCGCAAGCCAGGCGUAUGUGGUCCCAGGUCUUCUGGAGGGACAGGAGUACCUGUUUAGGGUCCGCGCUGAGAACCGCAUCGGAUUCAGCCCUUACACUGUAACCAGUGAGCCUUCAAGGGCCCGGGACCCCAUCUACCCUCCUGACCCCCCCACGAAGGUCAGGGUGAAUCUGGUCACCAAGACCACGGUGACCCUGACCUGGGAGGCCCCUAAGAACAACGGCGGCUCUCGGGUCACACACUACCUCAUUGAGCGUCUGAGCUGGGACACCAGUGGCAAGGAGAAGGAGACUUGGAAGCAGUGCAACAAGAGAGAAGUGGAGGAGCUCACCUUCGUGGUGGAGGACCUGAAGGAGGGAAUAGAAUACGAGUUCAGGGCGAAGGCUGUGAAUGCAGCCGGCCCCAGCAGACCCUCGGCAACGGCCGGACCCCUGGUGAUCAAGGAUCAGACAUGCGCACCCACCAUCGAAAUGCGUGAGGCGGUGGAGGGAGAGGAGGGCUGUGAUGUCAGUCUGCUGGCUAAGAUCAGCGGCUGCCCCUUCCCCACCCUCACCUGGCUGAAGGCCAGCCUGGCCAAACCUGAGGACAAGACAGGGGUGCAGUACGACCAGCACACCAACAAGCUGGUCACCCAGGAGAAGUGUACCCUGCUCAUCCAGCAGUCCAAGAGGGAGGACUCUGCCCUCUACACCCUGACCGCCAGCAACAGCCUGGGCAAGGCAUCCAAGGACAUCACCCUGACUGUCCUCGGUCGCCCCGGCCCCCCGGUGGGACCCAUCAAACUGACGGAGGUGUUUGCUGAGCGCAUCGGUCUGGCAUGGAACCCUCCCAAAGACAACGGAGGAUCAAAAAUCACCAACUACGUGGUGGAGAAGCGUGAGGACAACAGAAAGUCCUGGGUGCACGUGUCCAACGACCCCAAGGAUUGUGCUUAUGUGGUGACCCGACUCACGGAGAACCACGAGUACGAGUUCCGGGUCAUGGCUCAGAACAAGUUUGGAGUGGGACCACCCAUAAGCAGUGAACCAGAGAAGGCCAGGAACCUCUUCACGGUUCCUGGUCAGUGUGAGAAGCCCACGGUCACCGAGGUGUGUCUGGAGUCCAUGACAGUGAACUGGGAAGAGCCUGAGUACGACGGAGGCUCCUCAAUUACCGGCUACUUCAUUGAGAAGAAGGAGACCACCUCCAAGCGCUGGGCCAGGGUCAGCCGCGAGCCAAUCAGAGCGCUGCCUCUGGGGAACAACUGGGACGUCACCGGGCUGAUAGAGGGCUCCAUGUACCAAUUCAGGGUCAUCGCCAUAAACGCGGCCGGCUGCGGCCUCCCCAGUGUUCCCUCGGACCCUGUGCUCUGCAGGGACCCCAUCACACCCCCUGGCCCCCCGUCCCCCAAAGUGACAGACUGGACCAAGUCCACCGUGGAGCUGGAAUGGAUUCCCCCUCAGACGGACGGAGGCUCCAAGGUGACCGGCUACUUCGUGGAGUACAAGGAGGUGGACAAGGCGGAGGAGGAGAAGAAGGCUCAGAGAAUGGCCCUGAUGCUGAGCGAGCCAGAAGAGGAGGAGAAGGAGGGAGAGCCUGAGGAGUGGGAGAAGGCUAAAGAUAAGGAAAUCAGAGGAACCAAGUUUGUGGUUCCCGACCUAAAGGAGGGCAGUCAGUACCGCUUCAGGGUGAGAGCCGUCAACGCUGCUGGGGUUGGAGAGCCAGGACACGUCUCAGAGCUAAUUGAGCUCAAAGACAGAACCAUUGCUCCAUGAGAUGGACCUGGAUGCAUCUGUAAGGAGAAGAUCGUAGUACAUGCUGGUGCCACCAUCCGUAUCAUUGCCUACGUCUCUGGUAAACCAGCUCCACUUAUCAGCUGGUGUCGCGAUGAUGCAGACGUUCCCAAGGAGGCGGUUGUGGAGACCACUGGCAUCUCUAACUCUCUGGUCAUCAAGAACUGCAGGCGCCAACACCAAGGAAUCUACACCCUUUCCGCCAAGAACGAGGGUGGCGAGAGGAGAAAGGCUGUGGUCGUAGAAGUUCUUGAUGUGCCUGGCCCAGUGGGUCUUCCCUUUGCUGGAGAGAAUCUGACCAACGACUCGUGUAAACUGACGUGGUCUUCUCCUGAGGACAACGGUGGCUCGGCCAUCACCAACUAUAUCAUAGAGAAGAGAGAGUCUGAUCGCAUGGGCUGGACCUCGGUGUCCUACACGGUGACCAGGAACAACGCGGUUGUCCAGGGUCUCAUUGACGGGAAGGGAUACUUCUUCAGGAUCGCAGCAGAGAACAUCAUUGGCAUGGGACCCUUCAUCGAGACCGACAAGAUGGUUCUCAUCAAGGACCCCAUCUCUGUUCCUGAGCGUCCAGAAGAGCUGGAAGUCACCGCCAUCACCAAGGAAUCCAUUUCUGUUUCCUGGAGACCACCCAAGUACGAUGGUGGUGCUGAGAUCACCCAGUAUAUCUUGGAGUCUCGUCUGAUCGGAAAAGACAACUUCACGCCUAUCGGUGGAGAAGAGAAGCUGAUGGACAAGAAGUUUACCCAUGCUGACCUGAAGGAGGGUUCCAGCUACGAGUUCAGAGUUUCUGCCGUCAACCAGGUCGGCAAGGGCAAAGCCUCCUUCUGCACCAAACCCAUCCAGGUCAAGGAGGAGCUUGAACCUCCCGCCCUGGACCUGGACUUCAGAGACAAGAUGAUGGUGAAGGUAGGAGACAUGUGCAACCUGCAGGGUCGCUACAGUGGCAAGCCAGCGCCCACCAUCACCUGGAGCAAGAACGACGAGGAGCUGAAGGCUGAUGAGGAGAUCAGCUCCCACAGCACUAGCAGACACCUCAACCUCACCAUCUCCAAGGCCAAGAGGGAGCACAGUGGCUGCUACACGGUCACUCUGGAGAAUGCAGUGGGAACACGCAAGGGACUGUGCUCCAUAACCGUGGUCGACCGACCACAGCCUCCAGAGGGUCCUGUAGUAUUCGACGAGGUCUACAGGAACUACAUGGUGAUCUCCUGGAGCCCUCCUCUGGACGACGGUGGCUGUGCCAUCUCUAACUACAUCGUCGAGAAAAGAGACACCAACAGAGAGCUGUGGAUGCCCGUCACCGCCUCCUGCACCCGGACCAGCUGCAAGGUUCCAAAGCUGAUCGAGGGCAGAGACUACAUUGUCAGGAUCAUGGCUCAAAACAUCUACGGCAUCAGCGAACCUCUACUGUCUACCGAGACCAAGGCUAAAGAUGUCUUCAAGGUCCCAGAUGCCCCCAAGCAGCCUGUGGUAAAGGAGGUGUACCACAACACCGCCCUCAUCAGCUGGGAGCCUCCUGCUGACGGAGGGAAACCCAUCACUGGGUACAACGUGGAGAGGAAGGAGACCAUGGCUAAAGGAUGGAUCCGCUGUAACAAGGAGAAGAUCCAUGCCAGGGUUGAGUACUGGGUCCCAGAUCUGCUGCAGGGCUGCGAGUACGAGUUCAGAGUCAGUGCCGAGAACGUUGUGGGAGUGGGAGACCCCAGCCCCGCCACCAAACCAGUGUUUGCUAAAGACCCCAUUGUUCGUCCUAGUCCUCCCGUGAACCCAGAGGCCUUAGACUGGACCAAGGAGUCUGUGUCCCUGUCCUGGCAGCCUCCAAAGGACACCGGCAGGGGCAAGAUCCUGGGAUACCUGGUGGAGUUCCAGAAGGCCGGGGACGAGGAGUGGCUCAAGGUGAACCAGACCCCAGACUCCUGCCAGGACACCAAGUUCAAGGUGAUCAACCUGGAGGACGGGGGUCUGUACCGCUUCCGUGUCAUUGCCGUCAAUGCUGCUGGAGAAUCUGAGGCUGCUAAUGUGAAGGAGCCCGUCCGAGCUCAGGACAGAUUCGAGCCCCCAGAGCUGAUCCUGGAUGCAGCGAUGACGCGUGAGGUGAAGGCCAUGGCUGGAACUCACAUCGUCCUGAUGGCUGAGAUCACUGGUAAACCCUUCCCUAGUGUCAUCUGGAAGAAGAAUGAGGCCGAGGUGCCCACCAGAGCUGACAUCGAGGUCAACCAGAGUGCGACCAAGCUGGAGAUGAGGUUCUGUAACCGUGACGACUGUGGAGAUUACACCCUGACUGUGGAGAACCCGGCUGGAUCCAAGACCGUGACCUGCACUGUCUUGGUCCUGAAUAAGCCCGGUCCCAUUCAACACCUGCGUGUGACCGAUGUGAGGAAUGACUCCGCCUACCUGUCCUGGAAAGACCCAGAGGACAAUGGCGGUGCCCGCAUCACUAACUUUGUGGUGGAAAAGAAGGAUGCAGCCUCGGCCCAGUGGGUGCCCGUCUGCUCCUCUUCUAAGAAGCGCAGCAUUACGGCCAAACACCUGAUGGAAGGAACAUCCUACCUGUUCCGCGUGGCUGCUGAGAACCAGUAUGGCAGGAGUGAAUAUGUGGAGACACCAAGGUCCAUCAAGGCCAUGAACCCCCUGUUCCCACCUGGCCCACCUAAGGACCUGCAUCACGUCGAUGCUGACAAGACUGAGGUAUGGCUGAUCUGGAACUGGCCCGACCGCAAUGGAGGAAGUAACAUCACUGGCUUCUUGGUUGAGUACCAGGAGGAGGGAGAGAGGGAAUGGGAUGAGUGGAAGACAGUCAGUAUCCCUGAAAGUCAUGUGACUGGCCUGGAGGAGGGAAAGACGUAUCGUUUCCGCGUGAGAGCUGAGAACGCCAUUGGCCUCAGCAGACCCGACACCACCCUUCCUGUCCUAUGCCAGGAGAAACUGGUGGCUCCCAUCGUUGAAGUGGACGUUAAGCUGAUAGAGGGCAUCACGGUCAAGGCUGGCACCACCAUCAGGCUUCCAGCCAUCAUGAGAGGAAUCCCAGUUCCCACUGCUAAGUGGUGCAUCGAGGGAGAGGAGAUCACCACAGAGGGGAAUGUAAAGAUAGACACUGACAACUUCUCUACUGUGCUCAGCAUCAACGACUGUACCAGAAAUCACACUGGGAGCUAUCUGCUGACAGUGUCCAACCCAGCCGGAAGCAAAACCGUGGGGCUCAGUGUGACCGUUCUGGAUGUUCCCGCUGCUCCCAUUGGACCCCUGAAUAUCCUGGAGGUGACACCAGACUCCAUGGAGAUCGAAUGGCGUCCUCCAAAAGAUGAUGGAGGUAGCCCAGUUAUCAAUUACAUCGUUGAGAAGAGAGAAUCCAACAAGGAGUCCUGGGGAGGAGUAAGCUCUGGUAGCACCGCCAACAUACUCAAGAUCUCCCGUCUGCAGAAGGGAGUUGAGUAUGUGGUCCGAAUCCGUGCUGAGAAUAAAAUGGGUAUUGGUGCUGCGCUGGAGAGCAUGCCCACCGUCGCCCAGCACUCAUUUGAGGCCCCAAGCCACCCUGGUAAACCACAUACGUCAGAUAUCGCAGAGGACGCAGUCACGGUUGGCUGGACCAUGCCUUUGGCUGAUGGUGGCAGCCAGAUCACUGGCUACCUAAUUGAACGCCGACACAUCGGAGGCAAGUGGAUCCGUGUGAACAAGACGCCCUGCAAGGACCUCAGGUACAGAGUUCUGGGCCUGUUUGAGGGCAACAACUAUGAGUUCAGAGUUUUUGCUGAAAAUAUUGCUGGAUACAGUGGUCCCUCUCCCAUCUCGGACCCCUGCAAGCCUUGCAGGCCCAUCACUGUGCCAAGCCACCCUAUCAACCCCAAGGUCAAGGACUACAGCAAAUCGACAGCUGACCUGGUGUGGUCAAAACCUAACAAAGAUGGAGGUAGCCCCAUCUUGGGCUACACAGUGGAGAUGAAGAAGGCUGAUAGUGAGGAGUGGAAGAAGGUUAACCUGGAUGACUUCAUCAAACAGUGUGCCUACAGAGUCAAGGCCCUGGAGGAAGGGCAAGAAUAUAGGUUCAGAGUCUUUGCUUCCAAUAUGAUUGGAGAUGGAGAAUCCCGGGAGAUCGCAGAGUCCACCAUUGCUCAGGACAUCCUCAUUCCUCCUGAAAUAGAGAUUGAGGCUUCCUGCCGUGAGCAUCUCACUGUGCGCGCUGGACACAACAUCAACAUCACAGGGUACAUCAAGGCUCGUCCAGACCCUGAGAUCCUGUGGUCCAAGGGAGAGACUGUUUUGGAAAAUACCAAACGUAUCACCAUCACCCAGAACCUCCCAGUGGUCCACAUGAAAAUCAAGGAGGCCACCAGAGCCGACCAUGGCCAAUUCAUCUUAAAGGCAUCCAACGAGGGUGGUGAGGCCUCCUGCAUCAUCACAGUCAACGUCCUGGACCGACCUCUCCACUGUCAGAACCUCCACCUCACAUAUGCCACCAAGGGCUCCUGUAUGAUUAACUGGGAAGCUCCAAUAGACAACGGUGGCUCUGAAAUCACCAACUACAUUGUGGAGUGCCGUGAGCCUAGCGUCAGCAUGUGGUCUAUGAUCUCAUCUACCUGCACCAACCGCAUGAUCAAGGCCAAGCUUAUGGAAGGGCAUGAAUACCUAUUUCGUGUCUGUGCUGAGAACAAGAUGGGCCCAGGGCCAACUGUUGAGACCAAGACACCCCUGCUGGCCAUCGACCCCAUUGAGAAACCUGGAGAGCCUGAGAAUUUCAGGGCCACUGAUAUCGGCAAAAACCACGUGUACCUCAGAUGGAGGAAGCCUGAUUAUGAUGGCGGCAGCCACAGCAUCUCCUACAACCUGGAGUAUAAGGUAAAGGAUGGCGAGGAGUGGGAGGAACUCAACGCUGGCCCUCUCAACAACACAUUCCUCAUGGCCGACAAGUGCACUGAGAACCAGAUCUAUACAUUCAGGGUGCAGACAGUCAAUGAGGGUGGAGAGAGUGACUGGGUGAAGCUCUGUGAUAUAUUGGUGAGGGAAGAGAUCCAGAAGCCAGUGAUCGACCUGAAGCAGGUAGGAUCAGUGACUGUGAAGGCUGGAGAGUCUGUCAGGAUGGAGGCUGGCCUGAGAGGAAAGCCCCAACCAGAGGUCAAGUGGGUCAAGGACAAAGCAACAGGAGACAACCCCAGAAUGAGCUACGAGACAGGGGCCGACUACUCCAAGUUCCUCUUGACAAAGUCGAAACGUACAGACACCGGCAAGUAUGUGGUCAGUGCCACCAACUCAGCUGGCACCUUCACAGCAUAUGCUAACAUCAACGUGUUGGACAUCCCCGGGCCUGUAAGGAACCUCAGGGUUACUGGGAUUGGAGCUGACAAGUGCAGGGUGAUCUGGGACAAUCCUGAGGACGACGGUGGAUGUGAGGUGGACAGCUUCAUUCUGGAGAAGUGUGAGACCAGAAGAAUGGUCUGGUCUACAUACUCUGCCUCUGUGGUAACUCCUUACUGCAACGUUACCCGCCUGGUGGAGGGCAAUGAGUACAUCUUCAGAGUGAGAGCUGAGAACAAGAUGGGUACAGGACCAGCCAUAGAGAGCAAGCCUGUCACGGUCAAGACCCAGUUCAACAAACCUGGACCUCCCGAGGCCCCUGAGGUCUCAAAGGUUGGCAAAGAGGAGAUGACUGUUGUCUGGGCUCCCCCAGAGAACGAUGGAGGAAAGUCGAUCACCGGGUACAUCCUGGAGAGGAAGGAGAAGAGAGCUGUGCGCUGGGUUCCCUGCACCAAGAGUACAAUCACAGAGAGACGCAUGAAGGUGACCAACCUCAUCCCCAACCAUGAGUAUCAGUUCAGGGUCAGGGCUGAGAACGAGGUGGGCCUGGGAGAGCCCAGCAAGCCCUGCAGACCCGUGGCUGCCAAAGAUCCAAUCGAGCCCCCGGGCCCCCCUGCAUUCCUGAAGGUGGCCGACAGCACCAAGACCUCCAUCACUCUGAGCUGGUCCAGACCUGUGUACGAUGGUGGUGCUCCCAUCAUCAACUACAGCCUGGACCUGAGGUUGAAGACCGAUGCCGACCCAGAGAAUCCCUCUGUGGGCUGGAAGAGGAUCGACACCCACGGCCCACUGGUCCUCACAGAGUUCACCAUCGGACAGCUGGACGAGAAGCUGGAGUAUGACUUUAAGGUGUCUGCGCAGAACCAGAUGGGCUGGGGACGCCAUGCUUACCUGAGGGAAGCUGUCCCCAAAGAGAUCCUGGAGGCCCCAGAGAUCGACCUGGACGCCAGUCUAAGGAAGGGCUUGUCUGUCAGGGCCGGCUGUCCCAUCAGGCUGUUUGCUGUCACCAGAGGCCGACCUGCACCAAAGGUGACCUGGAAGCGCAUGGGUGUGGACAACGUGGCCCGCAGGGGUCACGUUGAUCAGGUGGACUCCAUGUCCUUCCUGGUCAUUCCUGAGAGCACCAGAGAGGAUUCUGGAAGAUACUCUCUGUCCCUCUCCAAUUCUUCUGGAGAGAAGGCUGUGUUCGUCCGUGUCAAAGUCCUUGAUACUCCUGGACCUGUUGGCGGUCUGGACGCUACUAAUGUCACCAAGACGACAGCUCAGCUAUCCUGGCUUCCUCCGGAGAAUGAUGGCGGCAGUCAGAUCCUCAAUUACAUUGUGGAGAAGCGUGAGGUGGACAGGAAGACCUGGAACAAGUGCAGCGAGGAUCUGAAGAAGACCAGCUUCAAGGUCACCAAUAUGAGCCCUGGCAUGGAUUACUACUUCAGAGUCAUGGCCUGCAACAAGUACGGCAUCGGACUCCCUCAGGAUUCCCCUAGGUCGUACCUGGCUGUGGACCCCAUCAGUGAACCCGACCCACCUAAGAAGAUGGAAGUGUUGGAAAUCACCAAGAACAGUGCCACGCUGGGCUGGCUGAAGCCCCUCCGAGACGGAGGAGCCAAGAUUAACGGCUAUGUGGUGGACUACCAGGAAGAUGGCUCUGCCGAGGGCAAGUGGACCCCAUACUCUGUGGUCAAAGACAUGACCAUUGUUGUGGUUGGGCUGAAGGAGGGAACCAAGUACAAGUUCAGGGUCGCUGCCAGGAACUCAGUGGGCGUCAGCCUGGCCCGAGAGGCGGAGGGCGUGUUUGAAGUCAAGGAGCAGCUCAUGGCCCCUAAGAUCAUCAUGCAGGACAUUGUGACAGUGAGGGCUGGAUCUAAGAUGGUGGUUGAAGCCAUCGUGGCUGGGAAACCGGCUCCAUUCUGCAAAUGGAAACAAGGGAGCGAGGACAUCCUGACCUCCGACCGCCUGUCAGUGGUGAAGACUCUGACCACCUGCACUUUGUCCAUCAAGAAUGUAACCAGGGCUGACAGUGGCUACUACAGCCUGUCUGCUGUAAACAGCACAUCCAGCAUCAACCAGAUCAUCAAAGUGGUGGUCAUGGACAUCCCUGGUCCGCCCGAAGGACCCCUGGAGGUCACAGAGCUGGACAUGGAUGCCUGCACCCUGCUCUGGAACCCUCCACAGGAGGACGGAGGCAGCAACAUUACCAACUACAUCAUUGAAAAGUGUGAUGUGAGCCAGGGAGACUGGCUCACCGCCUCCAUCGCCUGCACCAAAUGCAGUUUCCGUGUAGUCAAACUCACCCCUGGGAAAGAGUAUGCCUUCCGUGUUCGCGCUGAGAACCGCCUCGGCAUCUCCCAGCCCAUCUAUUCAGAGAAGACCAUCGCCAGAUAUCCUUUCGAUCCUCCAAGUGAGCCCAGAAGCUUCCAGGUCAAUAAGAUCAACAAGGAUUUUGUCAUUGUGUCCUGGGAGAAGCCCAGCAGCGACGGGGGCAGCCCCAUCACCGGCUACUGCAUCGAGAGGAAGGAGAGGAACAGCCUGCUCUGGGCCAAGGCCAAUGAAUCGGUGGUGAAAUCCACCCAGUAUACCUGCUUUGGCCUUAUCGAGGGCCUGGAGUACACCUUCAGAGUGUCUGCCAUCAACCAGGCUGGACAGGGCUUGCCCUGCAAACCAUCCGACUUCGUUACAGCCAGGACAGCCGUCGACCCACCAGGUAAACCAGAGCCCAUGGACGUCACCAAGACCACCGUCUCGUUGGUCUGGAGCCGUUCAAGAAACGACGGAGGCAGCAAGCUGAUUGGCUACUACGUGGAGUACUGCAAGAUGCCUGAGGAUAAGUGGACGCGCUGCAAUGCUAACUGCAUGAACAUCCAGACAGAGGACUACGUAGUGACUGGCCUGCAGGAGGGACAGCAGUACCUGUUCCGCAUCAUCGCCAAGACAGCCAUCAACAUCAGCCAACCCUCGGAGCUGUCCGACCCCAUCCCUGUGUUUGCAGAGAAUGUUACCCCCCGUGUAGAGCUAGGUGUCAACAUGAAAAACCUGAUCGUGGUGAAGGCUGGAGAUAACGUCUUCCUGGACGCUGAGGUAUUCGGUAAGCCUCUUCCCAAGGUGAGCUGGAAGAGAGAUGGGGCACCUCUUGUCCUGGCUGAAGGCAUGAAAACGAGUCAGAAGAAACAUGUCCAUCUGCUGGAGCUCUACUCCGUCGCCAGGAAGGAGUCUGGGGACUACACCAUCACUGCUGAGAAUAUCAAUGGCUCCAAGUAUGCCACAAUCAAGGUCAAGGUGUUAGACAAACCAGGUCCUCCCGCCUCGGUGAGGAUCGGGAAGGUGUUUUCUGACCACGUGCGGCUCCGCUGGGAGCCGCCCCUAGCCGACGGUGGUUCUGAGAUCACCAACUACAUCAUCGACAAGAGGGAGACCAGCAGGGCCAACUGGGCGCUGGUCAGCUCAAACAUCCACGGCCACUCCACCGACAGCAACGUGGAGAAACUUAUCGAGGGCCACGAGUAUGAGUUCCGAGUCAGUGCUGAGAACCAGUAUGGUGUGGGAGACACCGUCAUGGCCGGCCCCGUCAUGGUCAAGAACCCAUACGAUGUACCAGGUCCAUGUGAGCCCCCAAUCAUCACUAACAUCACCAAGGACUCCAUGACGGUCAGCUGGAAGGUCCCUGCCAUCGACGGCAAGGCCACCAUCCUGGGAUACAUGUUAGAGAAACGUGAGGCCACGGAGCUGACCUGGGCCAAGGUUAACCGCAGACCUGUAAUCGACCGGACCAUCAAGGCUGUCCAGCUGACCGAAGGGUCAGAGUACGAGUUCAGAGUCAUUGCCAUGAACAAAGCCGGCCUUGGAAAACCCAGUGAUGCCUCUAAUGCCGCCCUGGCUGUUGACCCUGUCUAUCCUCCUGGCCCCCCUGCCUUCCCCAAGGUGUUUGAUUCCACCAAGAGUUCCAUCAGUUUGACUUGGACCAAACCAGCUUACGAUGGGGGUUGUGAGAUCAUUGGAUACCUGGUAGAGUGCAAGCGUGCUGAGGCUGAGGACUGGACCAAGUGCAAUGUUCCCAAAAAGCUCCAGGCCACUAAGUUCCUGAUGACUGGCCUGUUGGACAGCACUGAGUACCAGUUCAGAGUGACAGCUGUUAACAAGAUUGGAUACAGCGAGCCCAGCGAGGUCCCAGGGAACCACAUGCCAAAGGACAUCCUCAUCGCUCCAGAGGCUGAACUGGACGCUGACCUGCGUAAAGCCUUGGUCCUGAGAGCGGGCGUCACCAUGAGGCUCUAUGUUCCCCUGAGAGGACGACCCGCCCCAAAGGUCACCUGGACCAAGGUUGGUGCCAAUCUGAAGGACAGGCAGGGGGUUCUCAUCAAGACCUCUGAGUGGGACACGCUGCUGAUGAUUGAAGACGUCACCAGAUAUGACGCCGGGAAGUACGUCUUGUCCCUGGAAAACAGCAGCGGCUCAAAGAGCUACACUAUCAUCGUCAAGGUCCUCGCAACUCCUGGACCUCCAGCCAACCUGGUUGUCAAGGAGACAUCUAAAAGCCAUGCCUUCAUCACCUGGGAACCCCCUCUGAUCGAUGGUGGAAGCCCAGUGAAGAGCUACAUUGUGGAAAAGCGUUUGGCAGAGAGAAAGGCGUGGACCUGUGUUGCUACAGAAUGUCCAAAGACCUCGUUCAGGAUCACUAACCUGGAAGGGGGGCAGGCCUACUGCUUCAGGGUUCUAGCGGAGAAUGUCUACGGCAUCGGAGAGGGCUGUGAGACGGCCGGCUCUGUCAGAGCCUCAGAACAACCUGGCCCGGUAUCAGAAUUCAAGCCUCAGAAGCUUACCAAAGACUGUGUGACCCUGGGCUGGAAGAGGCCCAUCAGCGAUGGAGGUAGCCACAUAACCUCCUACAUCUUGGAGCAGAGUGAGGGGGAGGAGAAGUGGAAACUGCUGGAGCAGGGGAAGAACAUGAGCCACACCCUGGGCGAGCUGACGGAGGGUAAGGAGUACUCCUUUAGAGUCAAGGCUCUCAAUGAAUCUGGAGAAGGACCCCCCAUUGAGCUGACCAUUGUGGCCAAAGACCAGAUUGUUCCACCCAGCUUCGACUUGAGUGGUCUGCAUGAUCUGACCUACGUGGCCAAGGAGGGCAGCACAGUGCGCAUCAACAUCCCUCUGAUGGGCAUCCCGUAUCCUGCGGCAACCUGGAAAAAGGGAGAUGUUGGCCUGGGAGACACCGGCCGGAUGUGUGUGGAGGCGUCUCAGGGCCUCACUACCCUGCUCAUCAGAGACUGCCAGAGGGCCGAUGCCGACACCAUCAAAAUCACAGCCAGGAACUCAGCCGGCUCCAAGGACUGCCAGUUCAGCCUGAAGGUGGUGGGCCGGCCGGGGAUCUGCACGGGACCCAUCAAGUUUGACGAAAUCACGGCAGACGGAAUCAACCUGGAGUGGGGUCCGCCCACGGACGACGGGGGUGCAGAAGUGUCCAACUACAUCGUAGAGAAGAGGAGGACCACGGACAGCAAGUGGGCCACGGUGGCCUCUGCAACUCAGAAGAACACCAUUAGGGUGAUCAGGCUCCAUGAUGGGAUAGAGUACAUCUUCAGAGUGUUUGCAGAGAACAAAUAUGGAGUUGGGGAGUAUCUGAGAUCAGAUCCAGUCAUUGCCAUGCAUCCAUUCAAUGUUCCCGAAGCUCCUGCGCCUCCAGAGAUCGUCAGCAUCCGUCACGAGUCUGCCACCCUGAACUGGAAUGAUCCAAAAGACUCUGGGGGCUCCCCAAUAACUGGAUACCAUGUUGAGUUUAAAGAGAGGAACAGUUUGAUGUGGAAGAGGGCCAGCAAGACUCCUCUGAGGGUGAAGGAGUGCAGGGUCACCAGCCUCAUCGAGGGGCUGGAGUACGAGUUCCGGGUCAUGGCCAUGAACAUGGCUGGGCUGGGUAAAGCCAGCAGGGCCACUGAAGCUGUGGUUGCCCUGGAUCCUAUCGAUCCUCCGGGCAAGCCUGAUGUGAUCAACGUCACAAGGUGCUCUGUGACUCUGAUGUGGACAGCGCCCAAGUACGACGGCGGACACAAGUUGACGGGGUACAUGGUAGAGAAAUUAGAGGCCGGAACCAAGGCCUGGGCCAAGGCCAACCACGUCAACAUCCAGAGCUGUGCCUUCACUGUUACAGACCUAACAGAGGGAGCUCAGUACGAGUUCAGGAUCAGGGCUAGGAAUGCUGCUGGAGCCAUCAGCAAUGCCUCCGAACCCACAGAACUGCUCACCUGCAAGGAUGAAUAUGAACCUCCAUCAAUCACCAUCGACCCAGAGAUGAAAGAUAUUUCUGUGAGGGCUGGCGACACAAUUGUCAUCACUGCCUCGAAGAUCCUUGGUAAACCACCACCCACCGCUGUGUGGUCCAAGGCUGGUCGCGAGUUCAAGAACUCUGACAUUGUCAGCAUCACCAGCACCCCGACCUCCUCUACCAUGUCCAUCAAGUACGCAAGUAGGAAGAACACUGGAGAAUACACCAUCACCGCCAGCAACCCCUUCGGCAUCAAGGAAGACCACAUCAAGGUCAAAGUUCUUGACAUCCCCGGACCUCCAGGCCCAAUUAAGGCCAGCAACAUUUCAGCUGAGAAGUGUACCCUGACUUGGCUUCCCCCUGAUGAGGAUGGAGGAUCCUCCAUUAAAUGCUAUGUCCUCGAGAAGCGAGAGACUAGCCGCCUGCUGUGGACCAAGCUAGCCGAAGAUGUCAUGGAUUGCAGAUUUGUAGCAACCAAGCUGAUCAAGGGCAACGAGUACAUCUUCAGAGUGUCUGCUGUAAACCAGUAUGGAACUGGAGACUCUGUGCAGUCUGGCCCCAUCAAAAUGACUGACAGUUACCGUGCACCCGGUCCACCAUCGACGCCAGAGGUUGAUAACAUCACCCGAAACUCAGUCACCAUUUCUUGGAAGAGACCAAUCGUGGAUGGAGGAAGUGACAUCAGAGGUUAUUCUGUUGAAAGGAAGGAGAGGAAAGGAAUGCGCUGGGUGAGAGCAUCUAAGAGGACGGUCCCUGACUUGCGUUUCAAGGUGCAAGGUUUGAGUGAGGGAGUCGAGUACGAGUUCAGAGUGACUGCAGAGAACAAGGCUGGCUUCGGGGAACCCAGUGAGCCUUCUCACCCAGCUAUGACCAAGGAUAUCGUAUAUCCACCUGGUCCUCCAUCCAACCCAAGAAUCACAGACACAACCAGAACUACGGCCACAUUCAGCUGGGGUCGCCCUCAUUAUGACGGAGGUCUGAAUGUGGAUGGAUACAUAGUUGAGUACAAAAAGGAGGGACACGAUGACUGGGAAAAAGCAACACAGACGCUUCUUCGAAUCACAGGAUAUGUUAUCGGCAACCUUGAAAAGGGAGGAAAGUACCACUUCAGAGUCAGAGCUGAGAACACGGAGGGUGUCGGAGAACCUGCAGAAAUUGAGAAGGUGAUAGAUCUUAUCGAUCAGGAAUCCCUACCAGACUUUGAGCUUGAUGCUGAGCUGAGAAGAACCCUGGUGGUCAGGUGUCGGGCCUCCAUACGCCUGUUUGUUCCAAUCAAGGGACGUCCCAUACCGGAUGUGACCUGGAGUAAAGAUGACACCAACCUGAAGAUGCGAGCUCACAUUGACACAACAGAGUCCUUUACACUGCUUGUCAUUCCUGACUGCACCAGAUAUGAUGCUGGCAAAUAUAACCUCUGCCUGGAAAAUGUUGCUGGAAAGAAGACUGGCUUUAUAAACGUCAAGGUUCUGGACACACCUGGACCACCAAUCAACCUCCAACCCAGAGAGAUCACCAAGGGCAGCAUCACCUUACAAUGGGAAUUCCCAAUCAUCGAUGGUGGAUCUAAGAUUCACAACUACAUCAUUGAGAAGAGAGAGGCUACCAAGAAAGCCUACACAGUUCUAAGCACUAAAUGGCAGAAAUGUUCCUUCAAGAUCCCUGAUUUGGAAGAGGGUGCUUACUACUACUUCCGUGUGUCUGCUGAAAACGACCUUGGAGUGGGAGAGCCUGCUGAAACCCCCGAGCCCAUCCGGGUGUCUGAGGCCCCCUCGGCUCCUGAGGAUCUAUAUGUCACUGAUGUUUCUUCAGACAGUGCUAGCCUGUCCUGGGCCAAACCCCUGCAUGACGGUGGGACCUUGAUCACAGGAUACGUAAUUGAAGCCCAGAAGAAGGACACAGACCAAUGGGUCCAUGUGGCUGCCAUCAAGGCCCUGGACUACGUCGUCACAGAUCUGACUGAGGGCGCAGAAUAUAUCUUCCGCAUUAUGGCGGUUAAUGCAUCAGGCAGAAGCGAUCCUCGUGAAAGCAGGCCAGCCAUUAUUAAAGAACAGACAAGUGCACCAUCAUUUGACAUGCGUGGCGUCUACCAGAAGAUUGUGAUUGCUAAGGCUGGGGACAGAGUCAAGGUGGAGAUCCCAGUGCUUGGCAAACCUAGACCUGUGGUAUCCUGGAAGAAGGAAGACACAUCCUUGAAGGAGACACAGAGGAUCAACACAGAAACCACAACUACCUCCACAAUACUCAAUAUUAGUGAAAUCAAGAGGACAGAUGGAGGCCAGUAUUCCAUCACAGGAAAGAACCUAUUGGGCACCGUCACUGAAACCAUCACAGUCCUUGUUCAUGACAUUCCUGGGCCUCCCACUGGACCCAUCAAGAUAGAAGAGGUAUCAUGUGAUUAUGUUCUGCUGUCCUGGGAGGGACCAGAGAACGAUGGAGGGGUUCCCAUCAACAACUACAUUGUUGAGAUGAGGGAGACUAUCGGCACUUCCUGGAUGGAGCUGGCUGCUACAGUUAUUCGGACCACAUUCAAAGCAGCCCGCCUGACAACAGGAGUACAGUAUCAGUUCCGUGUCAAGGCCCAGAACAGAUAUGGUAUUGGACCUUCCAUUGUUUCUGAGUCGGUUGUUGCGGCGUAUCCAUUCAAUGUUCCGGGCCAACCUGGUACACCGUCUGUAACAUCUUUCAACAAGGACUCUAUGACUCUGAGCUGGAAUGAGCCUUCCUCAGAUGGAGGCAGCCCGAUCCUUGGCUACAACGUAGAGCGUAAGGAGAAGAACAGCAUUCUGUGGCAGAAGAUCAGCAAGGCAUUGGUUGUUGGAAAUAUCUUCAAAUCUACAGGUCUUGUCGAUGGUAUUGCAUAUGAAUACCGUGUCAUUGCUGAAAACAUGGCUGGCUUGAGCAUAGCUAGCAAGCCCUCGGAGACAAUGUAUGCCCUGGAUCCAGUAGACCCCCCAGGCAGACCUGUGGCUCUGAACAUCACCAGGCAUGAAGUGACUGUUUCAUGGACAAAACCGGAGGGAGACGGAGGAUUCUCCAUCACAGGAUACCAAGUAGAAAGAAGAGAGCUCCCCAAUGGACGCUGGCUUAAAGCUAAUUUCAACAACAUCCUGGAGACUACAUACACGGUCAGUGGUCUGACUGAAGAGACCACUUAUGAGUUCCGUGUGUGUGCCAGAAACUCUGCAGGAGCUGUGAGCACCCCAUCUCAGCCGUCAGACGAGAUCACAUGCAGAGAUGACAUUGAGGAACCAAAGCUUGAUGUUGACUCUUCCUACAGCAGCACAGUUGUGGUAAUGGCAGGAGAGUUGUUCAAAUUGGAGGCCAACGUGAGCGGUAGACCGAUCCCCUUAUUGGUAUGGUCCAAAGAUGGUAAAGAGCUUGAGGACACAGCUAAACUGGAAAUCAAGUCCUCUGACUUCCACACAACUCUGGUAGGCAAGGACUCCUUGAGAAGGGAUGGUGGAGUUUUUACUCUGACAGCAAGCAACCCAGGUGGCUUUGCCAAGUUUACAUUCAAUGUUAAGGUGCUUGACCGACCCGGACCGCCAGACUGUCUCACAGUGUCUGACAUCGCUGCUGAAAAGUGUGUUCUCAACUGGCUUCAUCCCCCUCAUGAUGGAGGUGCUAAGAUCGAGUACUUUAUCAUUCAGAAGCGCGAGACUAGUAGGCUUGCCUGGACCAAUGUGGCUACAGACCUUGAAGCCAAUAGAUUCAAGAUUACAAAGCUUCUGAAGGGCAAUGAGUAUGUAUUUAGGGUCAUGGCCGUAAACAAGUAUGGCGUUGGUGAGCCUGCAGAAACACAAGCUGUUAUUUGUGUCAACCCCUACGUUGCUGCUGACCAACCCCAACAGCCCGAAGUGACUACCAUCACCAAGGACUCAAUGGUGGUCUGCUGGGAGCGCCCCGAACAUGAUGGAGGUAGCAGCAUCAACACCUACAUUGUGGAGAGGAGAGAUAAGACUGGCUUACGCUGGGUGAAAUGCAACAAGAGGACAGUAUCAGACCUCAGAUUCAAGGUUUCCGGCCUUACACCCGGGCAUGAAUAUGAAUUCAGAAUUCUAGCUGAAAACAAUGCUGGUUUGAGCCAACCUAGUCAAUCAAGUCCAUUUUACAAAGCCAUCGACACCAUUUUCCAGCCAGGACCCCCUGGCAACCCCAGAGUGUUGGACACCACCAAGUCCUCUGUCACUGUUGCCUGGAACAAGCCUGUGUAUGAUGGUGGUUCAGAAAUCACUGGCUACAUUGUGGAGACUUGCCUUCCUGAGGAAGAUGAAUGGACUAUCCACACUCCAAAGAAAGGGUGGACUGCCACCUCUUUUACGAUCACCAGCCUGAAGGAAAACCAGGAAUAUAAAAUCAACAUUUGUGCCACUAACAGUGAAGGUGUAGGAGAACCCACAACUGUGCCUGGUACUGCCAAAUCCGAGGACAGGCUGCUUCCUCCAGAGAUUGAGCUUGGAGCAGAGCUCCGUAAGGUGGUCUGCAUCAGGGCCUGCAGCACCCUCAGGUUGUUUGUCCCCAUCAAGGGAAGACCAGCGCCUGAAGUUAAAUGGUCCAGAGAGCAUGGGGAAUCCCUGGAUAAGGCCAUCAUUGAAAUUACUCCUUCCUUCACCACUCUCCAAGUGGAGACAGUGGACAGGUUUGAUGGAGGUAAAUAUAUGGUUACUGUUGAGAACGCCUCAGGAAGCAGGACCGCCUAUGUGAACGUCAGAGUGUUGGAUACUCCUGGAGCACCUCAGAAUCUAGUGUUUAAAGAGGUCACCAGAGAUUCGGUCUCCCUUGUAUGGGAUGCUCCCCUUAUUGAUGGUGGCUCCAGAAUUCGCAACUACAUUGUUGAGAAGAGAGAGUCAAACAGGAAGGCCUACUCAACAGUCUGUGCAAGCUGUCACAAAUCCAGCUGGAAAGUUGGAGAUCUGGAGGAAGGAAAACUUUACUUCUUUAGAAUUUUGGCUGAAAAUGAGUAUGGCGUCGGUCUCCCAGUAGAGACUAUGGAACCAGUUAAAGCAUCAGAGAAGCCUCUGCCACCAGGAAAGGUAUCCCUCCUGGAUGUCACAGGCACAAGCGUCACUCUUUCAUGGGAGAAACCUGAGCAUGAUGGAGGCAGUAGGAUAACAGGUUACAUUGUUGAGAUGCAGGGUAAAGGCAGUGACAAAUGGACCCAAGUUAUGGUCUCCAAGUCCAAUCAGACAGUUGUAUCUGGCUUGACUCAAGGAGAAGAGUACAUGUUCCGUAUCUCGUCAACCAACGAGAAGGGAAUGAGUGAUCCUCGUGCCCUCAGUAUGCCGGUUCUGGCUAAAGAUCUUGUCAUUUCCCCAACCUUCAAGCUGAUUUUCACCACAUUCAGUGUAAUGGCAGGAGAUGAUCUGAAGUUAGAUCUACCAUAUGCUGCUUGUCCAAAGGCUGCGGUAACUUGGCUCAAGGAUGGCGUUGCUCUUAAGGAAACAACUAGAGUCAACGCUGAAGCUUCUGAGAAGAAUCUCCACAUGAUCAUCAGGGAGGCCUGCAGAGAAGAUGUAGGAACAUACACGAUUAAAUUGAGCAACACAGCAGGAGAGGCUACUACAGACAUAAGUGUUGUUGUUCUUGAUAAGCCUGGUCCACCCACUGGCCCUAUCAAACUGGAUGAGAUCACUGCUGACAGUCUGGUCUUGUCCUGGAACCCACCAGAAUAUGACGGAGGGUGCUCCAUUAACAACUACGUUGUUGAAAAGAGAGACACAUCAACCACUAACUGGCAGAUUGUGUCUGCUACAGUUGCACGAACCAUCAUUAAAGCAGCUCGUCUUAAGACUGGAUCUGAGUACCAGUUUAGGAUCGCCGCCGAGAAUCGAUAUGGCAAAUCUUCAGUUCUGCUUUCAGAGACCAUCGUUGCUCAAUAUCCAUUUGAGGUUCCCAGUCAGCCACGGUCUGCGGAAGUCCAGUCGGCCACCAAGGAAAAUAUGGUGAUUGUGUGGGAGAAACCUAGCAGUGAUGGUGGAAGCAAGAUUUUGGGCUACCAUGUGGAGCUCAAGGAGAGGAAUAGCAUUCUCUGGGCAAAACAGAACAAACAGAUUAUCCUUGAGACCAGGGUCAAGGCUGCUGGCCUUGAGGAGGGAAUCGAAUAUGAGUUUAGAGUUUAUGCUGAGAAUAUUGUAGGCCUUAGCAAGGCAAGCAAAGUGACUGCGAUGCAAGUCGCCAGAGACCCAUGUGACAGCCCAGGCAAGCCAGAAGCUGUUAUUGUCACCAGAAACCAGGUGACUCUGAAAUGGACCAAGCCUGAGUAUGAUGGCGGUAGCAAGGUCACCGGGUAUGUGGUGGAGAAGAAGGAGGGAGCAGAUGGCCGAUGGAUGAAGGCCAGCUUUGCCAAUGUCAUUGAGACUCAGUUUGUUAUCACAGGCCUGGUUGAGGACCAGCUCUAUGAGUUUCGGGUUAUUGCCAGGAAUGCAGCUGGUGUCCAUAGCAAGCCUUCUGACAGCACUGGAAGUAUAACUGCAAAGGAUGAGGUGGAUCCCCCCCAGAUUGACCUGGAUUCCAAGUACUCCCAGAAUGUAAUGGUAAAUGCUGGAGAGACAUUCAGACUCGCGGCCGGAUUCUCUGGUAAACCAGUUCCCUCUGUCCACUGGAUGAAAGGCAAACAAGAGAUAGCUGAAGCUGCUCGCUUAGAGAUUAAGAACACUGACUUUACAGCCUGUUUGAUUGUCAAGGAGGCAAUCCGUGUUGAUGGUGGCCAAUACACAUUGCUGGUGAAGAAUGUUGGAGGAGAGAAAUCUGUGAACAUAAAUGUUAAGGUUCUAGAUAGACCAGGCCCUCCAGCAGGCCCUAUUUCCAUCUAUGGAGUCAGCAGUGAGAAGUGCUCCAUUGCCUGGAAGUCCCCCAUCCAGGAUGGUGGCAGUGAUGUCUCCCAUUACAUCGUUGAGCGGAGAGAGACAAGCAGAUUGGUCUGGACUGUAGUUGACCCUAAAGUUCAGACCCUGAACCUCAAGAUCACCAAGCUUCUUCCUGGUAAUGAAUACAUAUUCAGAGUGAUUCCAGUCAAUAAAUACGGAAUCGGCGAGCCUCUGGAAUCUGAGCCAAUGAUUGCCAGAAACCCAUUUGUCACCCCCGACCCACCAACAGAGGUGGAAGUGUCUACCAUAACCAAAGACUCCAUGGUGGUGACCUGGGAGAGACCAACUAAUGAUGGAGGCAAUGCCAUCCAAGGAUACAUAGUUGAGAAACGUGACAAGGAAGGUGUGAGAUGGACAAGAUGUAACAAGCGCACCGUAUGCGAGCUUCGCUUCAGAGUCACAGGCCUUCUGGAAAACCGCAGCUAUGAGUUCCGAGUUUCAACUGAGAACGCUGCAGGCAUCGGCACACCUAGUCCUGCAACAGUCUACUACAAAGCUUUAGAUCCCAUCUUUAAACCAGGCCCACCAAACAACCCCAAGGUGGUGGACUCAUCCAGAACAACCGUCUCUCUGACAUGGGGAAAACCCAUCUAUGAUGGCGGUUGUGAGAUUCAAGCCUACAUUGUUGAGGCCUGUAAUGGCACCGAUGAGUGGUUUAUGUGCACUCCUCCCACCGGAAUAAUCAACACCAAGUUCACAGUCACCAAACUGCUUGAGAAACACGAGUACCAGUUCAGAGUGUGCGCCAUCAACAAAUUUGGUAUCGGAGAGCAUGCCAAUGCCCCUGGAAAAAUACUCCUGGAGCAGAAACUGGAGGCUCCAGACCUCGACCUGGACACUGACAUGAGAAAGAUGAUCAACAUCAGGUCUGCCAGCACACUCCGGCUGUUUGUUCCUGUGAGGGGACGUCCUGCUCCCGAGGUGAAAUGGGGCAAAGCAGAGGGGGAGAUCAAGGAGACUGCCCAGAUUGACAAUACAGGCAGCUAUGCUUCUCUUGUUAUUGAGAAUGUUGACCGAUUUGACACUGGCAAGUACACACUCACGGCAGAGAAUCCUAGUGGAGUAAAGUCUGUCUUUAUUAGUGUAAGAGUCUUGGAUUCACCAAGCCCUCCAAAUAAUUUCACAAUUAAAGAAAUCACCAAAAAUUCUGUCACAUUGACUUGGGAGCCGCCACUCUUAGAUGGUGGCUCUAAAAUUAAACACUACAUUGUGGAGAAGCGGGAGAGUACCAGAAAAGUCUAUUCGCCCAUCACCACAUGCAACAGGAUGUCUUGGAAGAUUGAACCUCUUCCAGAGGGUGGAAUUUUCUUCUUCAGGGUCCUGGCUGAGAAUGAAUAUGGUAUUGGCCUCCCUGCUAAAACCACAGAACCAGUGAAGAUUUCAGAGAAGCCCCAGCCCCCAGGUAAAGUCAGUGUUGUUGAUGUGACUCGAAAGAGCGUGACACUGUCCUGGGAAAAACCUGAACAUGAUGGAGGCAGCAGGAUCAGCUACUACGAUGUGGAGUUGGCACCAAAGGAUAGCUAUGCAUGGACUGUGUGUGCGAGUGUGAAGGCCCUUGAAACCAUGGUAACCAACCUGCAAAAGGGUGAAGAGUAUCAAUUCAGAGUUACUGCUGUUAACGAAAAGGGAAGAAGUGAUUCAAGACAACUGGCUCAAACAGUUGUAGCCAAAGACCUUGUGAUUGAGCCUUCUCUGAGGCCUGUGUUGAGUUCCUACAGUGUCCAGGUAGGCUAUGAUUUGAAGGUGGAGGUGCCAAUGUCCGGCCAUCCCAAGCCAACUAUCACUUGGACGAAGGAUGGAGUUGGCCUGAAACAGACCACAAGAGUAAAUGUCACCGACUCUGCUAAUCACACCACCCUAACCAUCAAGGACGCCACAAAAGAGGAUGGAGGCAUGUACAGCAUUAACAUUGCCAAUGCAUUGGGAUCAAAGGAUGCCACCAUUGAGGUGAUAACACUGGAUAAGCCGGGUCCAGCCACAGGCCCUGUCAAGUUAGAAGACAUCAGUGCUGAGAGCAUCACUCUCAGCUGGGAGCCACCAACAUACACUGGUGGCUGCCAGAUCUCCAACUAUGUUGUUGAGAAAAAGGAUACAACCACUGUCAACUGGUUGGUGGUGUCUGCCACUGUUGCCAGAACAACACUCAAAGUGUCAAAUCUGAAGACGGGUGCUGAGUACCAAUUCCGAAUCUAUGCUGAGAACAGGUAUGGAAAGAGUUUUGCCAUUGACUCAGAGCCAGUUCUGGCCCAAUAUCCUUUCCAGGAGCCUGGUCCACCAGGAACACCAUUCGUGUCGUCAUACACUAGGGAUUAUAUGGUUGUUGAGUGGCAUAAACCUCCAUCCGAUGGAGGCAGUGCUAUCCUGGGCUACCACAUGGAGCGAAAAGAAAAGAACAGUAUCCUCUGGACUAAAGUCAACAAAUCUGUCAUCCAGGACUGCAGGUACAAAUCCACACCCUUGGAGGAGGGAAUUGAGUAUGAGUACCGGAUCUAUGCUGAAAAUAUUGUUGGAAUCGGAAAAUGCAGCAAAGUUUCAGAAGUGUGUGUUGCCCGUGAUCCAUGUGAUCCUCCUGGCUGCCCAGAAGCUAUUAUUGUCACCAGACAUUCAGUGAAGCUGAGGUGGAGCUCUCCCCAGUAUGACGGUGGAUGCCUUGUUACCGGGUAUGUUGUGGAGAAACGUGACCUGCCUGAGGGACGCUGGAUGAAGGCUAGUUUUGCAAACAUAAUUGACCAUGAAUUCACAGUCCUUGGUCUGACUGAGGACUGUAAAUAUGACUUCAGAAUCAUUGCAAGGAAUGCAGCUGGAGCUGUCAGCAAGCCCUCUGAGUGUACAGGCUCCAUCACCGCCAAGGACGAGGUGGAGACACCUAAAUAUGAAACCGAUGCCAUGUUCAAUCAGACUAUUGUUGUCAAUGCUGGGGAAUGCUUCAGUUUGGAGGCCAGUGUAGAAGGAAAACCUAUCCCCACUGCCCAGUGGUUCAAGGGAAAUAUUGAAGUGGAGAACUCAGCGAGAGCUGAGAUCAAGAACACAGACUUUAAGGCUAUGCUUCUUGUGAAGGAGGCCAUUAGAGUGGAUGGUGGUCAGUACACUCUGGUCCUGUCCAAUGUAGCUGGAACCAAGACUGUUCCAUUCAGUGUGAAAGUUCUGGACCGGCCCGGCCCAUCUGAGGGACCGCUCAGAAUUGGGAAUGUCACAGAGGAGAAGUGCUCUCUGUCUUGGCUACCACCCAGGCAUGAUGGCGGAGCAAGCAUCUCCCAUUACAUUAUUCAGAAGAGGGAGACAAGUCGCCUGGCAUGGACAGUUGUCUCCAGCGACUGUGGAGCUACGAUGUUCAAAGUCACUAAACUACUCAAGGGCAAUGAGUACAUCUUCAGAGUCAUGGCUGUCAACAAAUAUGGUGUCGGUGAACCCCUAGAGUCUACACCCGUCAUCAUGAGGAAUCCAUUUGUUCCUCCUGGUGCACCUCAAGAGCUGGAGAUCACCAAUAUCACCAGGGACUCCAUGACUGUCUGUUGGAGCCGCCCUGAGGCCACUGGAGGAAGUGACAUUGCCGGCUAUAUCGUGGAAAAGAGAGACAGAGCCGGAGUGAGGUGGACUAAGUGUAACAAACGCAGAGUAACAGAUUUGCGUUUCAGAGUGACUGGCCUAACAGAAGACCAUGAGUAUGAGUUCAGGUUGUCUGCUGAGAAUGCGGCCGGAGUGGGUCAACCUAGCCCAGCUACCGACUACUUAAAGGCCUGUGAUCCUACAUUUGAACCAGGCUGCCCUACUAAUGUCCAGGUUCUUGACACCACCAAGAACACUGUUAGUUUGGCCUGGCACAGGCCCAUAUAUGAUGGUGGCUGUGAUAUCCAAGGCUAUGCUGUAGAAAUAAGCAAGGCGGAUGAGGAGGAAUGGACCAUCUGCACCCCUCCUUCUGGAGUCAUUGCUACCAAGUUCACUAUUACAAAACUCAUUGAGCAUCAGGAAUACAAGGUACGCAUUUGUGCUAUUAAUAAGCUUGGGGUGGGUGAACCUGUGGAGCUCCAAGGAGUUGUAAAACCCAUGGAUAAGAUGAAUCCUCCAGAGAUGAUUCUGGAUUCAGAGCUCAGAAAGGGGGUUGUUGUCCGUGCAGGGGGCUCCAUGAGAAUCCAUGUCCCAUUCAAUGGACGUCCUAUUCCAGACAUCAGCUGGGCUAAGGAGGAAGGAGACCUCCCAGUUAAGGUCCAGAUUGAGAAUGGUGCUGAUUACACACAGCUCUCAGUAGAUAUCUGUGACAGGAAUGAUGCCGGUAAGUAUAUUCUCAACCUAGAGAAUAGUGCAGGUACCAAGUCAGCCUUCGUCUCUGUCAAAGUACUGGAUACUCCUGGAUCUCCUCUGAACCUCAUGGUUAAAGACAUCAAGAGGGACUGUGUCACUCUAAUGUGGGAACCACCUCUUAUUGAUGGUGGUUCCAGAAUCAAUAACUAUUUGGUUGACAAGCGUGAAUCAACUAGAAAGGCCUAUUCUAAUGUUGACAACAAAUGUACGAAGACAAGCUACCGCAUCACCGGCCUCAGUGAAGGUGCUAUUUACUACUUUAGAGUCAUGGCGGAGAAUGAGUUUGGGGUAGGCGUGCCCAUCGAAACGCAAGACUCAGUAAAAACUUCUGAACCCCCACUGUCUGUGGGUAAGAUCACUCUCACUGAAGUGGCAAAGACCAGCGCCUCUCUCUCCUGGGAGAAACCUGACCACGAUGGAGGCAGCAGAAUCAUUGGAUAUUACAUUGAGAUGCAGCCCCAUGGCUCAGAAGAGUGGGUAGUGGCCACGACAACAAAGACUUGUGAUGGCACAGUCGCAGGCCUCAGCACUGGGAAGGAGUACCUCUUGAGAGUUUCAGCCUUCAAUGAGAAGGGCAAGAGUGAUCCACGAGCUCUAGCUGCACCAGUUACAGCUAACGACUUGACUAUUCAGCCAAGCUUCAGGAUGGCCUUUAACACAUUCAGUGUUCAGACUGGGGAGGAUCUGAAAAUUGAAAUUCAAGUGCUUGGACGGCCUGUUCCUAAAGUUGAAUGGAAGAAGGAUGGACAGGCCAUCAAGGAGACAACAAGACUGAAUGUGUUUAGUACAACAUCAUCUACCACUCUGCAUAUAAAGGAUGCCAACAAGGAGGACUGUGGUAAAUACACUCUGACAGCUACCAGUGCUGGAACAGUGACAGAGGAUAUUACAGUUGUGAUUCUGGAUAAGCCUGGCCCACCAACAGGACCGUUGAAGAUCGAAGAGGUCAGCUCAAACUAUGUCAAUCUUUCCUGGGAGCGCCCACAAUACACUGGAGGCUGCCAGAUCAACAACUACAUUGUGGAGAAGAGAGACACCACCACUACAACCUGGCAGAUUGUGUCCGCUACUAUUGCUAGAACCACAAUAAAAGUCAGCAACCUCAGGACUUGCAUUGAAUACCAGUUCAGAGUGUCUGCUGAGAACAGAUAUGGAAAGAGUUCCUCCAUCCUGUCAGCUGCCGUUGUUGCUCAGUAUCCAUUCAGCGAACCAGCUGCUCCAGGUGCACCUUUUAUCUCUGCUGCAACCAAGGACAACAUGAUUGUUGAAUGGAAGCCUUCCUCAAACAACGGAGGAAGCCCUGUCAUUGGCUAUCACCUGGAUAGGAAGGAAAAGAACAGCCUGCUAUGGAUCAGACUCAACAAGCUCCUCAUCCCUGAUGCCCGCUACAAGACCACAGAGCUGGAGGAAGGUAUUGAGUAUGAAUUCAGAGUCUAUGCUGAGAAUAUUGCUGGGCUCAGCCCCGCUAGCAAGGUCUCUCAGAGCACAGUAGCCAGAGAUCCCUGCGACCCACCGGGCCCCCCAGAGGCUAUCGUUAUCGCCAGGAACCAUGUGACCCUCCAGUGGACCAGGCCCCUGUAUGAUGGAGGCAGCGCCAUCACUGGCUACCUAGUGGAGAGAAAGAAGCAGCCAGACCCACGUUGGAUGAAGGCUAGCUUUACCAACAUCUUGGAAACUCAGUUCACAUAUCCCAACAUGACUGAGGACUGUAUCUAUGAGUUCAGAGUCAUUGCUAGGAAUGCUUCCGGUAUCUUGAGUGCUCCCUCUCAGAGCACAGGGGAAAUUACUGCAAAGGAUGAGAUUGAAGCUCCGGAUGCCAUCAUGGAUCCCAAAUUCAAGGAUCUUACCGUUGUUCAUGCCGGCGAGACAUUUGUUAUCGAUGCCGACUACACUGGCAAACCCUUCCUGAUAUCACCCUGGCUCAAGGAUGGAAAGGAAAUUGACAAUAUGACACGAAUGGAGGUCAUGAGCACUCUAACUCGCCAGUGUCUGACUGUAAAAUGCAUCCGAGUGGAUAGUGGCCAUUUUGUCCUCAAACUCAGCAACGUGGAGGAUCAAAUGCUUCCGGUUAACGUGAAGGUUCUAGAUAGGCCGGCUCCUGAUGGACCUCUUGGUAAGGGAGUCACGGCUGAGAAGUGCUACCUCCACUGGAGCCACCCAACACACGAUGGCGGAGCCAGCAUCUCCCACUAUGUCAUUGAGAAGAGGGAAACCAGCCGCUUGUCCUGGACCGUAGUGGAGCCCAAGAUCCAGGCCGUUAGCUACAAGAUCACUAAACUACUGCCUGGUAAUGAGUACAUCUUCAGAGUUACCGCUGUGAAUAAAUUUGGUGGUGGUGAGCCUUUGGAAUCGGAGCCUGUGAUUGCUCGUAAUCCCUUCACUACUCCAAGCGCUCCGUCCACACCUGAGGAAGGGUGCAUUACGAGGGACUCCAUUGUGCUGACCUGGGAAAGGCCUGACGAUAACGGGGGAGCAGAGAUUGAUGGAUAUGUGUUGGAGAAACGUGACAAGGAGGGUAUCAGAUGGACCAAGUGCAACAAGAAAAGGUUGACUGACAUGAGGUUCAGAUGCGCAGGCCUCAAUGAGGGACAUUCCUAUGAGUUUAGAGUCUCUGCUGAAAAUGCUGCUGGUGUAGGCAAGCCUAGUCAUCCCACUGAUUAUAUCAAGGCCUGCGAUGCCACGUACCCACCAGGUCCUCCCAACAACGCUAAGGUCACUGAUCACUCAAGCACCACAGUCUCUCUGUCCUGGUCCAGGCCCAUCUAUGAUGGCGGAGCACCUAUCAAGGGAUAUGUUGUGGAGAUGAAGGAGCUAACUGAUGAUGAAUGGAUUGUAUGCACACCACCCACCGGAGUCCAACCCACUCACUACACAGUCAAGAGACUGAAGGAAAAUGCAGAGUACAACUUCCGUGUAUGUGCUUUGAACAUCGAAGGAGUUGGAGAGCAUGUGGACCUGCCUGGGUCUGUGGUUGCUGCUGAGAAACUUGAGGCUCCUGAGAUUGAACUGGAUGCUGACCUGAGGAAGAUGGUCAACGUCAGAGCUAGCGCUACACUGCGUCUGUUUGUCCCAUCAAAGGAAAGCCUGAGCCCUGAGGUGAAAUGGUCUAAAGCUGACGGAACCCUAACGGAGCGUGCUCAGAUUGAAGUCACCACGUCCUACACAAUGCUGCUUAUUGACAAUGUGGACGAUUUUGAUACUGGCAAAUAUGUGCUGACCCUGGAAAACCUCAGUGGCUCCAAAUCGGCAUUCGUUAAUGUCAGAGUUCUUGACUCCCCAAGCACUCCUGUUAACCUGGAGGUGAAGGAUGUCAAGAGGGACUCGGUCUCCCUCUCCUGGGAACCUCCUCUCAUUGACGGUGGGGCCAAGAUCUCCCACUAUGUGGAGAAGAGAGAGCAGAAGAGAAUGGCUUUCACCAGUGUAAGCAACAACUGUGUCAGGAAACUCAUACAUGUUUCUGACCUUCAAGUUGGGGUGUACUAUUUCCGUGUGCUUGCCGUCAAUGAGCUAGGUGUGGGACUGCCUGCCUCCACAGAAGCUGUGAAGAUCUCUGAAAUACCACCCCCUGUGAAGAUCACAGUGGUUGAUGUGACACGUCACACUGUCAGUAUGUCCUGGGAGAAGCACAGACCAUGAUGGAUGGUAGCAAGAUCUCCACUACAUUGUGAGAUGCAGCCUACGGGAGAUGAUAAAUGGACUGUGUGUUGUGAGAUCAAAGCACUGGAAGCCACUAUCAAUGGUCUUACAACUCGGAGAAGAAUACUCCUUAGGGUUACUGCCGUGAAUGACAAGGCAAAAGUGAUGCCAAGCCACUUGCAAGCCCUGUUUCUGGUGAAGGAUAUCACUAUUGAGCCCAUCAUCACGAUGUUCAACAUCUACAGUGUGAGGUCUGGAGCUGAUCUGAAGAUUGAUGUGCCAUUCAGAGGCAGACCUGAUCCAGAGGUCUCCUGGAAGAAGGAUGGACACUCACUCAAGCAGACCACCAGGGUCAAUGUUCUCACAUCCAAAACUUUGUCUACGAUUGUGAUCAAGGACACAACUAAGGAGGAUGUCGGAAAGUAUGAGAUUGUCCUGACAAACACCAUCGGUACCAAAUCAGCUGAGAUUUCUGUAAUUAUCCUUGACAAACCGGGUCCUCCUAGCAACAUAAAGGUUGAUGACGUGAGUGCAGACUUUGUCUGUCUGUCAUGGAUGCCCCAGCUAGACGGUGGCUGCCAGAUCAACAACUAUGUGGUGGAAAAGAGAGACACCACCACAACUACAUGGCAGAUUGUCUCUGCCACAGUGGCCAGAACAUCGAUCAAAGUUCAGUCCGUCUUAAACCAGGGCACUGAGUACCAGUUCCGCAUUGCAGCAGAAAAUCGCUAUGGCAAGAGCCAUGCCAUUGACUCUGCUCUUGUUGCUCAGUAUCCUUUCGAGCUCCCGGCCCCACCUACCAAUAUCCAUAUUGCCCAAGCCUUCCAGGUAUGGCAUGCUGGUGUUGUGGGCAGGCCUGCCAGUGAUUGGUGGAAGCCCUGUGAUGGAUAUCACGUUGAAUGUAAAGUUCAGAGCAGCAUCCUCUGGACGAAGGCCAACAGAGGCCUGCUUGCAGAGAACAGUUUAAGAUGUCAGGAAUUGAAGAAGUCUUCUGUAUCAGUUAGAGUCUCUGCUGAGAAUAUUGCCUGCAUUGGUCUAUGCACCAAAGCAAGUGAGCCUGUCGCUGCCAGGGACCAUGUGAUCCCCCACGCAAUCUCCAGGGUUACCAACAUAACUAGAACCUCGGUCUCCCUCCUCUGGGAAAGACCUGACAACGAUGGUGGAGCCAAGGUUGUUGGCUACAUUGUGGAGCGAAGAGAGCUUCCUGAUGGACGCUGGCUGAAGUGCAACUUUGCCAAUCUGCUGGACACUAUUUCGAUGUCCACAGGUCUCACAGAAGAUUUGCAGUAUGACUUCCAUGUCAUCGCUAAGAAUUCGGCUGAGCUGUUGAGCGCUCCCUCUGAGGCGACAGGGCCUAUCACCGUCAAGGAUGAUGUAGAUCCACCCGCUAUUACCUUAAAGGAGAAGUUGCGACAGUUGGUUGUUGUCAGGGCAGGAGAGAUAAUCAAGAUUGAUGCUGACAUCACAGGCCGUCCCCUCCCUGUUGUCUCCUGGUCCAAGGAUGGGAAGGAGAUUGAAGCGAAAGAGUGUGAAAUAACCUCCACCAACUUCAAAACCACCCUCAUAGUGAGAGAGAUUAUCAGGAAAGACUCAGGACAGUAUGUUCUGACCCUGCAGAAUGUAGCAGGGACCAGGGCUGUGGCUAUCAACUGUAAGGUCCUCGACAGACACCGGGCCUUCUUCUGGACACUGGUGGUGUCCGGCUUGACUGGAAAAUGCAACCUGGUGUGGGGGCCUCCACAAGAGAACGGAGGUGCUGAGAUCAUACACUAUAUCGUGGAGAAACGGGAAACUAGCCGCCUUGCUUUGACUCUGGUCCAUGGAGACAUGAGCACUACAUGCAAAGUUACGAAGCUGCAAGGAAAUGAGUACAUCUUCAGAGUCAGAGGUGUCAACAAGUAUGGAGAUGGUGAGGCCCUGGAGAGUGAGCCUACCAAGGCUAUGGAUCCCUUCACCAUCCCGUCUGCUCCAACUAACGUUCAGGUCACUGCCGUCACCAGCGAAGCCAUGACUAUCUGCUGGGAGAGGCCGGCCUCUGAUGGUGGCAACAGCAUCUCUGGCUACGUCAUCGAAAAACGGGAGAAGACGUCUUCGUUGGUGCGCGUAAACAAGAAGCCUGUCUAUGACCUCAGAGUGAAGGCUUCCAAGCUGCGUGAUGUGGAAUAUGAGUACAGAGUUUUUGCAGAGAAUGCUGCUGGUCUCAGUGCUUCCAGCACCCCCUGCCCACUCACCAAAGCUGAAGAUACACAGUUCCUGCCUUCCCCAGCUAAGCCCAAAAUCAUUGACUCUUCCAAGACCACUGUUACCCUGUCCUGGAACAAACCAUUGUUUGAUGGCGGAGCACCUGUGACUGGCUACAUGAUAGAAUACAGGAAAGCAUUUGAUGAUGAAUGGAUUAUUGGCGUUCAGAGCACUAAAAACACAGAGUCACCGUGUGGGGCUAACUGCUGGAACUGAAUAUGUGUUGUUGUAAAGUCUAUCAACAAGGUUGGAGUCAGUGAGCCUAGUCCUGAGUCAGACACACAGGUAGCCAAAGAGAGAGAGGAAGAGCCAGUCUUUGACAUCAGCAAUGAGAUGAGAAAGACUCUGAUUGUUAAGGACGGGAGCUCCUUUACAAUGAAAGUGCCUUUCAGAGGCAGAACUGUUCCCAAUGUGAGGACCAAGGCAGAUGUGGACUUGAGGGUCCGUGCAGUCAUCGACACUACAGACACUUAUACCUCAAUCACCCUGGAAAAGGCAACCCGCGAAGACUCUGGCAAGUACACCAUCACCUUGUCUAAGUUGUAGGAAACAACCACUCUGACACUUCACCUCAGAGUCCUUGACUCCCCUGGACCUGCUACUAACGUGGAGGUCAAGGACGUGACCAGGACCUCUGCUACGGUGACCUGGGAUACGGAGAAUGAGGGAGGUGGACCAGUGAAGAACUAUACCCUUGUGGUUCGAGAAGCCAGUAAAAAGGGCUGGACCAUGACCGACACCUGCCACAGACUAACUUACAAGGUCUCAGACCUACGAGGAAUGGUGUAUUACUUCAAAGUUACAGGGGAGAACGAGUACGGAACUGGUGUUUCUGCAAGCACCAAGGAGGGAAUCAAGAUUACAGAAAAAACCGAGCCCUCCACAAAGCUGGGUGUGCUGAAUGUGUCCAAGGAAAGCGUGUCUCUGAUCUGGGCUAAACCAGAGCAGGACGGAGGCAGCAGGGUUACCAGCUACCUGGUGGAAGCUCUGGAGAAGGGCCAGGAGAAAUGGGAAUGUGGUGUGACCAAGUUCAUCCACUUCACUGUGUCUGGUCUCAGAGAGAAUGCGGAGUUCUUCAGAGUCAGAGCGGAGAACCAUGCUGGCUUCAGUGAUUCAAAGGACAUGAUGACACCUGUGAUGGUCAAAGACCAAUCUGAAUCUCCUGAGCUCAUUAUGAAUGACUUUCCCACACAAACACAGUGUAGUCAACGCUAGGUCUACCCUAAAGGUGAGACACUUACCGGCAGACCACUUCCAAAGGUCAGCCUGUCGAAGAACAAUGUAAUCCUCAAGUCUACCAUGAGGUUCAACUCUGAGGUCACUCCUGACAGCAUCAAAAUCACCCUGAGGGAGUAUAUCGGGGACUCUGGACGCUAUGACAUCACAGUCAACUCCAGUGGAACUACAAAGACUUUCCUGAACAUUGUAGUUCUGGACCGCCCCAGUGCUCCAAUUGGACCAGUGAUAGUCUCAGAUGUCACAGAGGACAGUGUGGCCUGCAGUGGUCCCCCCCAGCCCUAUGAUGGCGGCAGCCCUAUUACCAACUAUGUCAUCCUGAAGCGAGAAACAACUGCUGCCAACUGGAUAGAGGUCUCCUCUGCAGGCCGCUGCACAAUGAAGAUCAUGAAGCUAACCACCGGUCUGGAGUAUCAAUUCAGAAUCAGAGCUGAGAACAGAUAUGGAAUCAGCGAGCACCUGGACUCAACGCCCGUCUCUGUCAACCUUCCCUACACCGUCCCUGAUGCUCCAUCCACUCCAGAAAUCACGGGAGUCACUAGAGAGACCAUCACUGUGGCCUGGAAGGAGCCCAAGUCUGAUGGUGGCAGCCAUGUGUUUGGUUACCACCUCCAGAUGAAGGACAGGAACAGCAUUCUGUGGCAAAACCGUCAACAAGACAGUAAUGUCGUGCAACACACUGCAAGGUUACCCAACAUCAAUGCAGGGCUGAUCUAUGAGUUCAAGGUCGCUGCACAGAACGCCGCAGGAGUCGGCCCCCUCAGCAAGAUCUCUGAUGCUGUGCUGGCCAUCGACGCAUGUGAGCCUCCCAUCAACUUACGCAUCAGCGACAUCACAAAACAAUCCAUCAGCCUGGCCUGGAAGAAACCAAACUAUGAUGGUGGCUCCAAGAUCACCGGUUACAUGAUAGAGAAGCGAGAGGACACGAACAAACGAUGGACCAAGGCCAACCUGACUAACAUAUCAGAUACACGUUACACUGUGACUGGUUUGACCCAGGACAGAACCUAUGAGUUCAGAGUGAUGGCCAAGAACGCAGUGGGCUCCAUCAGUAAUCCAUCCUCCAUUGCUGGACCCGUCGCCUGCGUUGACACCUAUGGUGCUCCAGAGAUUGAAGUGUUACAAGAGUACCUGAGCGAGGUGAGGUACAGUGCCGAGUCUUCUGUGGAGCUCAAGUUCAACAUCACUGCUAAACCCACUCCCACUAUAGAGUGGUCAAAGGAUGGCAGAGAGCUGAAGCCUAGUGCCCAGCUCUCCUUCAAGCACACUGCUGAGUCCACAAGUCUGUUCCUGAGAGACACCACUCGUCUCAACUCUGGUUCUUACGAAGUCAAGGUCAAGAACUCGCUUGGGUCAGCCUAUGCCACUGUUAGGCUGCUUAUUCAAGAUAAGCCUGGUCCUCCUUCUGGAGAGAUCCAGUUGAAGAAGGUGACAGCCGACAACAUCACCAUCAUGUGGGCCCCGCCCUCUGACGAGGGAGGCGCCAUGGUGACUCACUACAUCGUGGAGAAGCGGGAGACCAGCAGGAUCAUGUGGUCCAUCAUCUCAGAGAAGCUGGUGGACUGCAUCGUCAACGUGCCAAGACUCAUCAAGGACAACGAGUACAUCUUCAGGGUCAGAGGAGUCAACAAGUAUGGAGUCGGAGAUCCGCUUGAGUCUGAACCGGUCGUCGCCAGGAAUGCUUUUGUUGCUCCCAGCGAGCCAUCCAAACCUAAGGUGACGAUGAUUACCAAAUCCACCAUGACUGUUAUUUGGGAGAGGCCAGCAAUAGAUGGAGGCAGCGACAUCGAUGGCUACUAUCUGGAGAAGAGAGAGAAGAAGAGCUUGCAGUGGUUCAAGGUGGUGAAGGGCACCAUCAGAGACACCAGGCAGAAGGUGGGCAGCCUGGUGGAGAACCAUGAGUACCAGUACAGAGUAUGUGCUGUCAACAAGGCUGGGGCAGGAAACUACUCAGAGGACUCUGACCUCUACAAGGCCUACGACCCUAUCGACCUCCCUGGGGAGCCUUCCAAACUGAGGGUGGUGGACUCCACUAAGACCUCCAUCACUCUGGGCUGGGAGAAGCCUGUGUACGAUGGAGGCAGUGAGAUUACACACUAUGUUGUGGACCUGAUGAACACUGAAGAAAGAGAAUGGGUGACCAUCAGCUCCCAAGGAGAGGUCAGGACCUGUGAAUACGUUGUGUCCCACCUCAAACCUGGAACAUACUACUUCUUCCGCGUCGCUGCCGUUAACUGCAAGGGCAAAGGAGAAGACAUCAAGAUGUACUCACCUAUACAGGCCAAAGAUAUCCUGGAGGAGGCCGACAUGGAUCUAGAUGUUCCCAUGACAACCCAGUACAUCGCAAAGGCGGGUCGUGACGUGGAGGUGUUCAUCCCCCUGAAGGGACGCCCAUCCCCUAAUGUCACCUGGCGCCGUGAUGACCGCAACAUGGCUAGUGAUAACCGCUACACCAUCAACAGCUCUGAACGUGCGACCAGCCUCCUCAUCCCCAAGGUGACGCGUGACGACUGUGGCAAGUACCUGCUGGAGAUUGAAAACGGUGUUGGAGAACCCAAGAUCAUCUCCAUCUCACUCAAGGUCCUGGACAGUCCGUCCACUUGCCAGAAACUGAUAAUCAAGAACGUGACAAGAGGACGACUGAGCCUCAGCUGGGAGGCUCCUCUGAUCGACGGAGGCUCUCCUGUUACCAAUUACAUCGUUGAGAAAAAGGCAUCCACAAUGAAGGCCUACCAGGUGGUGUCUGCCGAGUGUGCCAACACCUCCUACAAGGUGACUGAUCUGGAGGAGGAUUUGGCCUAUUUCUUCAGAGUAUCAGCUGAAAACGAACAUGGCAUUGGGGACACCUGUGAGACAUCUGAGCCCGUUAGAGCGACAGAGACCCCCGGCGCUGUCAAAGACCUGGUCAUGUUGGAUUCCACUAAGGCCUCUGUCACUCUGCAGUGGACCAGGCCUGAUCAUGAUGGAGGCAGCCACAUCUCAGACUACAUCAUUGAGAAAAGAACUAAGGAGGACCCAAACUGGACUCUUGGUGCAAGCUGCAAGCGCUGCAGCUGUGAGGUGACUGGACUAAAGGAGAAUGCCAUCAUGGACUUUAGGGUAUUUGCCAAGAAUGAGAAGGGCAACAGUGAUUUUUCCCAGAUUAGCUCCAUCACGGUCAUGGACUUCAUAAUCCCACCAGAAGCAAACCUUAUUGACUAUCCCAACGGAGACCUGGCGGUUCGUAUCGGCCAGAACAUCCACAUUGAGCUGCCCUUCAAAGGAAAACCUAGUCCUAUGAUCAGCUGGAUGAAGGACAAUGUGCCUCUGAAGGAGAGUGAGAACGUUCGCUUUAGGACCACAGACAACAAGACAUCUGUUACAGUCAGAGGAGCCAAAAAGGAGCACGCCGGCCAGUAUACACUGGUUCUAGAUAACAGAGCGCUGAAGAACUACUUUGACAUUAAUGUCAUCACUCUAGGAGCCCCCUCUGUGCCUCUUGGUCCCAUCCGUUUUGAUGAAAUCAAAGCCCAACACAUCAUCAUCUCCUGGGAUGAACCAAAGGAGAACGGGGGUGGUGAGAUCACCUGCUACAUUGUAGAAAAGCGAGAGACAUCCCAUGCCAACUGGAAGAUGGUAUGCUCCAGUGUGGUCAGGACAAGCUUCAAGAUCCCAAACCUGGUGAAGGGAACAGAGUACCAGUUAAGAGUCCGUGCUGAGAAUAAGUAUGGCGUCAGCGAGGCACUGAACUCCUCUAAUAUCAUUGCCCAACACCAGUACAAACCCCCGGGCGGUCCAGGUAAGCCUGUUGCCUACAAUGUCACCAGUGAUGGUAUGACCAUACAAUGGGAGGCCCCUGGCUUUGACGGAGGCUCUCCCAUCAUGGGCUACCAUGUUGAGAAGAAGGACAGGAACAGUCUUCUGUGGCAGAAGGUCAACUCCAGCAUCAUCUCCAACAGAGAAUACAGAAUCAUUGGCCUGAUUGAAGGUCUGGAGUACUCUUUCAGAAUUUAUGCUGAGAAUAACGCCGGCCUUAGCCCUGUUAGUGAACAGAGCAAGCACCGCCUGGCAAUCUCUCCUGUUGAUCCACCUGGAACUCCGAACUGCAUUGAUGUGACCAGAGACUCGGUGACACUGCAGUGGGACGUUCCCAAGAGAGAUGGAGGCAGUAAGAUCGUGGGCUACAGUAUAGAGCGACGUCAAGGCAGGGCCAAAUGGCUGCGCUGCAACUUCACUGACAUCAGUGAGACGCAGUUCACCGUCACCAGCCUUUCUGCUGGAGAUCGCUUUGAGUUCAGAGUGAUCGCCCGCAACGCUGUGGGCACAGUGAGCCCUCCUUCCAACUCCUCUGGAUACAUCAUGACCAAGGACGAGAGCAUCACUCCAGAAAUCGAGUGGUAUGCUCAUCAGGCUUCGACCCUGAGAGCCGGAGAGAACAUCAAACUGAGCUGCCGCAUCACCGGAAGGCCCAUUCCCCAGGUGACCUGGUACAAAGACGGCAAGGAGAUCGACAAGAGAACCAUGAUUGACAUGGAGAUCGCUACCAACAUUGGCUCCAGCAGUCUCUUUGUUCGUGACACAGACAGGAACCACCGUGGCAUCUACACUGUGGAGGCCAAGAACAGCUCAGGCGCCAAGAGAGCUGACGUGAAUGUCAGGGUUCAAGACACCCCAGGGCCCGUAGAGGGACCUAUUCGCUUCACCGGCAUAACUGCUGAGAAGUGCACAGUGUGGUGGAACCCACCAGAGAAUGACGGCUGUGCUGGCAUCACUCACUACGUGGUAGAGAAGAGGGAGACAUCCAGGAUCUCCUGGGCCACCGUAACAUCCAAGUGUGAGGCCUGCUCCUUCAACGCCGCCAACCUCAUCAAGGGCAAUGAGUACCAGUUCAGAAUCUCUGCUGUCAACAAGUAUGGUGUUGGCAAACCACUGGACUCUAAUCCAAUCGUUGCUCAAAUGCAAUACACCGUGCCUGAAGCUCCAGGUACCCCAGAUUCCACCCAUCUGACUGGAGACAGCAUCACGUUGUGCUGGACCAGGCCGAGGAGUGAUGGAGGAAAUGAGAUCAAACACUACACCCUGGAGAGAAGGGAGAAAAAGAGUCUGCGUUGGGUCAAGGUUUCCUCCAAGAGGCCCAUCACAGAGCUCAGACACAGAGUCACUAACCUUACCCAGGGCAACGAGUACGAGUUCCGUAUCAUGGCUGAGAAUGGAGCUGGGGUCGGGCCCACCAGCAGCACCUCCAGGCUCUUCAAAUGCAGAGAGCCGACCAGUGCUCCUAGUGCUCCAACUCUGGUCAAGGUGGUGGACUCCACCAAGUCCUCUGUCUCCCUCGAAUGGACCAAGCCAGUAUUUGAUGGUGGCUUGGAGAUCAUUGGGUACAACAUUGACAUGUGUAAGGCCAGUCUAGAAGAGUGGCACAGAGUCAACAACCAGAUCUGUAUCAACACCAGGUACACCACCAAGGGCUUGGUGGCUGGCGAACUCUACAAGUUCAGAGUUAGUGCUGUCAACGGAUCAGGACAGGGAGAGUCUGGGACCUCCAAUACCGUUCAGGCCCUGGAUCGACUCACUUCUCCUGAGAUCGACAUUGAUGCAAGCUUCAAGCAGACACACAUUGUGAAGAAUGGCCACUCUGUCACCCUUCACAUUGCUUUCCGGGGCAAACCAACUCCUCUGGCUACCUGGACUAAGGCGGGUGGAGAACUUCCUAUUAUGGCAGAUGUCAACACUACAGAGUCUUUCUCCACAAUGACCAUUGAAAGCUGUACCCGCUACGAAGCUGGCAAGUACACCCUGUCGCUGGAGAACAACGGUGGCUGCAAGUCGAUCACCUUCACUGUCAAGGUGCUUGACACCCCUGGGCCUCCAGGAGCUAUCACUUUCAAAGACGUUACCCGUGGAGCACUGACCAUGAUGUGGGAUGCCCCAAUCAAUGACGGAGGAGCCCGCGUCCAUCACUACAAGGUAGAGAAGCGUGAAGCCAGCCGUCUUGCUUGGCAGGAGGUUAGCUCUAAAAGCUCCCGCCAGAUGAUCCGAGUCACCGGAUUGGACAUUGGUUUACCAUAUCUCUUCAGAAUAAUCGCCGUAAACCAGUAUGGACAUGGAGAGCCUCACGAGAUGACAGAGCCCGUGGUGGCUACAGAGGAGCCAGCUCCACCCAAGAGGCUGGAUGUCGUUGACACCACCAGCUCCACAGCCUCCCUGGUGUGGCUGAAGCCUGAACACGACGGAGGCAGCCGCAUCAGAGGCUACAUAGUGGAGUUUAGAGUGAAAGGUAGCGACUGCUGGGUUCUAGCUGGUGAGACCAAAUCGCUUAAAAUGCUUGUGGAGGGUCUGACGGAGAACUCAGAGUAUGACUUUAGGGUCAAGGCCAAGAACAACACUGGAGUCAGCGAACCCCAGGGAACCUUUACCUCUGUGGUGAUCAAGGAACCUCGCAUUGAGCCCACGGCCGACCUCAGCAGCAUUACCAACCAACUCAUCACCUGCAAGACCUCCAACACCUUUACCCUCGACAUCCCCAUUAGUGGAAGGCCUGCUCCCAAGGUGACCUGGAAGCUGGAAGAAAUGAAGCUGAAGGAAACUGACAGAGUAUUCAUCAGAACAACCAAUGAAAGAACUACGCUGGUGGUCAAAGACAGCAAGAGGAGAGACAGUGGCAAGUACUACCUGAUCCUGGAGAAUGCUGCUGGAGUCAAGACCUUUACUGUGACCACAUUGGUGGUGGGCCGACCGAGUGCCCCCACUGGCCCAGUGGAGAUAUCUGGUGUGUCUUCAGAGUCCUGCAGCCUGUCCUGGUCCGAGCCUGCUGACGACGGUGGCACAGAGAUCACCAACUACAUCGUAGAGAAAAGGGAGUCAGGCCAUGCCUCUUGGCAGGUGGUAAACUCCAGUGUAAAGAGAACCACCAUUAAGGUGACUCACCUGACCAAGUACAUGGAGUACACCUUCAGGGUGUGUGCUGAAAACAAGUUUGGAGUCAGCAAAUCAAUUGAGUCUGCUGCAGUGGUAAUUGAACAUCCAUUCGUCUCUCCCAGUCCUCCUACUCGUCCAGACGUGGUAUCUGUAUCUGCUAGUGCCAUCAGCAUUAAAUGGGACCUGCCUUAUGCUGAUGGAGGCAGUGCUGUGACUGGCUACUGGAUUGAGAAGAAGGAGAGAAACACCAUUCUGUGGGUGAGAGAGAACAAGCUGCCUUGCCUGGAGUGCCAUUACAAGGUUUCCAACCUGAUCGAGGGCCUGGAAUACCAGUUCAGGGUGUAUGCCAUGAACAUUGCAGGACUCAGCAAAGCCAGCGAGGCAUCCAGACCUGUGAUUGCCCUCAACCCAGUUGAUCCUCCUGGUAAACCCGAAGUGACAGACAUUACCCGUUCCUCCGUCACCCUGGCCUGGACUGUGCCUUCCAACGAUGGAGGUAGUAAGAUUGUUGGCUACGUGGUGGAGAGGAAGGUCUACAGCACAGAUGAGUGGGACGACAACCGCUGGCUGAAAUGUAACUACACCACCAUCACCGAGACUUACUUCACCGUGGCCAGCCUUGGAGAAGGUGAGACCUUUGAGUACCGGGUCAUCGCCAAGAACGCUGCUGGAGUUCAUAGUGCUCCCUCCGAGACCACUGGACCCGUCACAUGCAAGGAUGAAUACUCUCCUCCCAAAGCUGAACUCGACAGCAAGCUGAUGGGCGAGACUGUCACUGUCCGAGCUGGAUCAGACCUUGUCCUAGACGGGGCUGUGGGAGGAAAGCCAGAACCUAAGGUGUUUUGGUCCAAGGGAGAGAAAGUUCUGGAGCUGGGAGAGAAAUACUCUCUAACCUACACCACCACUAGAGCCAUGGCUGUCAUCAAGAACUGUGACCGAUACGACACUGGCAGAUACAUCCUGACAGUCAAGAAUGCCAGUGGAAUCCGGACCGCUGCAGUUAACGUGAAAGUCCUCGACACCCCUGGAGCUCCAGCUGAUAAGAUAGUGAUCAGCCGUGUCACUGAGGAAAAGUGCUCGGUGUCCUGGAAGAUUCCUCUGGAGGACGGGGGAGACUUGGUAACACACUACAUUGUGGAGCGAAGAGAGACCAGCCGCCUCAACUGGGUCAUCAUGGAGACGGAGUGCAAGACACUGUCCUGCGUCAGCAGCAAACUCAUCAAGAACAACGAGUACGUCUUCAGAGUCAGAGGAGUCAAUAAGUAUGGAGCUGGAGUCCCUCAGGAGUCUGAGCCAGUCGUCGCCAGGAAUGCCUACACCAUCCCAACGCCACCAGGUACCCCUGAGACCACGGCGGUGGGCAAAGAGCAUGUCAUCAUUGAAUGGAUGAAGCCGGAGAGCGAUGGAGGCAGCGAGAUCAAGACCUACAUGGUGGACAAACGAGAGAAGAGCAGCACCAGAUGGACACGCGUCAAUAAGACCUUCACCAUCUAUGACACUCGCCUGAAGAUCACAGGCCUGUUGGAGGGUAGUGACUACCAGUUUAGAGUGACGGCGAUCAACACAGCCGGCAGCAGUCAGCCAAGCGACGCCUCUCCUUACAUCCUCUGCAAGGACCCCACUUAUACCCCGGCACCCCCCUCAGUUCCUCGCAUCACUGACACCACCAAGCACAGUGUUAGUCUGAUCUGGACGCGACCCAUGUACGACGGUGGCUCAGAUGUCACUGGCUACGUGGUGGAGAUCCUGGAGGAGGACUCUGAGCAGUGGUACCGUGCCACUGCCAAACCUAUCAAGACCAAUAAGUAUGUCGCUGCCGGUCUGGCAUCCAAUAAGAAAUACUGCUUCAGGGUUGCGGGCACCAACAGCAACGGCACUGGAGAGUUCAGUGAGCCCUGCGUGCCCAUAGAACCCGUGGAGAGAGUUGACAUGCCAGACCUGGAGCUGGCUGAAGACCUGAAGAAAACAGUUUGUUUGCGUGCCGGGGGAACCCUUCGCCUCUUUGUGGCAGUAAGCGGCCGGCCGACCCCCGUGGUGACAUGGAGGAAGACCGGGGUGGAGCUCCAAAGCAGAGGCUUCAUUGAGACCACUGACAGUCACACAUGUCUGGUUGUUGAGAAGGUUGACCGCUAUGAUUCAGGGAAAUAUGUUGUGGAAGCUGAAAACCCCUCUGGAAAGAAGACCACCACCAUUCUGGUUAAAAUCUACGAUACCCCUGGGCCUCCAGGUUGUGUGAAUGUGAAGGACUACACCAAGGAGUCUGUGGUCAUCACCUGGGAUCCCCCAAGCAUUGAUGGUGGAGCUCAUGUCAGCAACUACAUUGUGGAGAAGCGUGAAGCCAACAUGAAGUCCUACAAGACAGUCACCACUGAGUGCAGGAAGACAUUGUUCAGGAUCUCUGGCCUGGAGGAAGGAAUCCACUAUUUCCUGAGAGUCCUACCAGAGAACAUCUAUGGCAUCGGUGAACCCUGCGAGACCUCAGAGGCUGUGCUGGUAUGUGAAGUUCCUUCUGUACCGAUGGACCUCCAGAUUGUGGAUGUGACAAAGUCCACCAUCUCACUACGCUGGGAGAAGCCUCUCCAUGAAGGAGGCAGCAGGCUAACGGGCUACAUCAUCGAGGCCUGCAAGGUGGGAUCAGACAGAUGGAGCGCCGUUGCAACCGUUAAAUCUUCGGUUUCCCAGCACACGAUCCAGUCCCUGACCGAAAACGACCAGUACCUGUUCAGAAUAAGAGCCACCAACAGCAGAGGCAUGAGCGAGCCCAUGGACAUCAUCACCCCUGUCACCAUCCAGGAGAUCAAAGUAAUGCCCAUGAUCGACAUGACCAGCAUCCCUCAGAAGAUAGUCCAUGUGCACUGUGGAAAACCCAUCGACCUGAACAUGCCCAUCAAGGGACGUCCUCAGCCCAUCUGCACCUGGUUCUUUGGAGGCGUGAAGAUGAAGGAUAGCCUGGAACGCAUUAAAAUCGACAGCAACGGCAAAUACACUCGUCUUGUGGUGCGUGAGACAACAAUUAAUGAUACCGGAAACUACUCCCUGGAGGUGAAGAACAGCGUCGGAACAGUUAGAGAGGUCAUGAAGGUCAUCAUCCUUGACAAACCUGGUCUCCCAAUGGGUCCAGUUCGUAUUGAUGAGGUUGAUGGGUUGUCUGUGACGAUGAGCUGGGAUCCUCCAGAGAAAGAUGGUGGAGCUAAUGUCAGCGGUUAUGUGGUUGAGCAGCGUGAAGCCCACCGACCUGGCUGGAGCACGGUGUCAGAGUCUGUGACCAGACCCUGCUUUAAGUUCACCAGACUCACUGAAGGCACUGAAUACGUCUUCCGUGUCGCUGCCAUGAAUCGCUUUGGUUUUGGAGGCUUCCUUCAGUCAGAGGUGGUGGAGUGCAAGAGCGCCAAGACUAUCCCUGGACCCCCCAGCAGACCAGAGGUGGUUGAUGUGACCCGCGAGGGCAUGACUUUGACAUGGCAGGCACCAGAGGACAAUGGUGGCUCCACCAUUGCCGGCUACAUAAUUGAGCGUAAGCAGGCUGGUUCCGACAGAUGGAUGCCAAUAAGCAAGAACCCUGUCACCAUGACUCGGUUCCGCUCCUCUGGGCUGAUCGAGGGUCUCGAAUACGAACACAGAAUCACCGCCAUCAACUCGAGAGGAGCUGGCAAACACAGCGAGACCUCAGUCAUCACGGUGGCCAUGGAUCCAAUUGAGCCUCCAAGCGCUCCUCUCCAUCCCAGAGUCACAGACACUACCAGGACCUCUGUGUCUUUGGCCUGGCUUCGUCCUGAGGAGGAGGGUGGCUCUGUGGUGACCGGCUACUUGAUCGAGAUGCAGAAGGUAGACCAGGUGGAAUGGACAAAGUGCAACACCACUCCAAUAAAGAUGUGUGAAUACACCCUGACACACAUGCCCCAGGGAGCAGAGUACAAGUUCCGAGUCAUGGCCUGCAAUGCUGGCGGCCAUGGCGAACCGGCCGAGCUGCCAGGUGUGGUGAAGGUCCAGGAGAUGCUUGACUACCCGGACUAUGAGCUGGAUCCUAAAUAUGAGGAGGGAUAUGUGGUGAGGCAGGGCGGAGUGGUUUGCCUAUCUGUGCCCAUCAAGGGUAAACCUCUUCCUAUAUGCAAGUGGACCAAGGAUGGCCGUGACAUUUCCCACAGAGCCAUGAUCGCCACCCAUGAUGAUGUCACCGAACUAGUCAUCAAGGAUGCCCACAAAGAUGACACCGGAACCUAUGACUUGGUGCUGGAAAACAAAUGUGGCAAAAAGGCUGUCUACAUUAAGGUGAAGGUAAUUGGGCGCCCAGAUGUGCCAGAAGGUCCUCUGGAGUUUGAUGACAUCCAGGCACGCUCGGUCCGAGUCAGCUGGAGGCCUCCUUCAGACGAUGGGGGCUCGGACAUCCUGGGCUAUCUUGUGGAGAGAAGAGAGGUUCCAAAGGCUGCCUGGUGUACAGUAGAUUCCAGAGUUACCGAGACCUCGCUGGUGGUGAAAGGACUGAAGGAGAAUGUGGAGUAUCACUUCAAGAUCUCCGCUGAGAAUCAAUUUGGGGUUAGCAGAUCCCUCAAGUCUGAGGAUGCUGUCACGCCAAAAACACCUCUGUGCCCACCGGAACCCCCCAGCAACCCAGCAGAAAUCAUGGAUGUGACCAAGACCUCAGUCUCUCUGUCCUGGGCCCGUCCCAGGGAUGAUGGAGGCUCCAGGGUUACUGGCUAUUAUGUGGAGAGGAGGGAAGUGUCCACAGAGAAGUGGGUCCGCCACAACAGAACACACAUCACCACCACCAUGUACAAUGUGACCGGCCUCAUUCCUGAUGCAGAGUACAUGUUCAGAGUCAUAGCUCAGAAUGAGAUUGGCCAGGGUGAACCUGGACCUCCCUCAGAGUCUGUAAUCUGCAAAGAUCCAUUCGACAAACCUAGCCAGCCAGGAGAGAUUGACAUCAUCUCUGUCACCAAGGACUGCAUCACAAUCCACUGGUUGAGACCUGAAACUGAUGGUGGAAAGGAGAUUCUGGGCUACUGGAUCGACUUCAGACAGGCCGGAGAGAGUGCCUGGAAGAGGUGCACCAAGGAGCGCUCUAAGGACCGCCAGUUCACCAUGGGAGGUCUGAUUGAGGCCACUGAGUAUGAAUUCAGAGUGAUGGCUGAGAACGAGACUGGACUCAGCCGGCCCCGCAGAACACCAAUGGGCAUUAAGACCAAGCUGAGUGUUGGUGAGGCUCCAGCCCUGAAGGAGGAUGUCCAAGAUGUCACUACCAAGCUUGGAGAGUCUGGAACUCUAACCUGUGGCAUCAUUGGCAGACCACUGCCUGAGAUAAAAUGGUAUCGCUACGGCAAGGAGCUGAUUCAGAGCCGCAAGUACAAGGUGAGCUCUGAUGGUCGCAACCACUCCCUGAGCAUUAUGACGGACGAGCAGGAAGACGAAGGUGUGUACACCUGUAGGGCCGUCAACGACGCCGGAGAGGUUGAGACCAGCGGUAAACUACGACUCCAGGCAGCCCCUCAGUUCCACCCUGGUUUCCCCCUCAAAGAGAAGUACAAUGCUGGUUGUGGAACCAGCCUGAGGCUGCAUGUGGUCUACAUCGGCCGGCCAAUCCCCCAGAUCAUGUGGUUCUAUGGCAAGAAGCCCCUGAACGCUUCAGAGAAUGUGAUAAUUGAGAACACUGAAAGCUACACCCACCUGGUGGUGCGGAAUGUCCAGAGGAAGAGCAAUGCUGGCCGCUACAAGGUGCAGCUCAGCAAUAUCUAUGGAACUGUCGACACUUCACUGCGGGUUGAAAUCCAGGACAAGCCAUGCAUACCUGAAGGCCCCAUAGUUGUUGAUGCCUUGCUUAAGAGCUCAGUCAUCAUCAGCUGGAAAGCUCCCAAGGACGAUGGAGGCUCAAUGAUCACCAACUACAUUGUGGAGAAGCGAGAGGCCAAGGAAGGGGAGCAGUGGAACCUGGUGUCCUCGUCUGUCUCUGGUACCACCUGCCGUGUUCCCAACCUGGUUGAGAGCGCUGGAUACUACUUCAGAGUGUCUGCUCAGAACCAGUACGGAGUCAGCGAGGCUCUGGAGAUCCCAUCCGUCCUCAUCAUUAAGAGUCCAUUCGAGAAGCCUGGAAUCCCCCAGCAGCCUUUUAUUGUCAGCUCCGACAAGAACUCAUGUGUUGUCUGCUGGAAGGCUCCAAGCAGCGACGGAGGAGCUAAGGUCUCGAACUACUACCUUGAGAAACGUGAGAAAAAGCAGAACAAAUGGAUGUCCGUAACCUCCAAGAAAAUCCAGGAGGCCAACUAUGAGGUCAGAGGACUGAUCGAGGGCUUUGAGUACGAGUUCCGCGUCAAAUGUGAGAAUAUUGGUGGAGAGAGUGAGUGGAGCGAGAUCUCUGCACCAAUCACCCCCAAGUCAGACCAAGCACCCUGUGCACCAAUCUUCAGGGAGGAGAUAAGGGACAUGACCGUCAAGUAUCACGCCAAUGCCACCUUUGUCACUAAGGUGGUUGGGCAUCCCAAGCCUAUGGUUAAAUGGUACCGUGGUGGAAAAGAGCUUCUGGCAGAUGGAACGAAGAUGAAGGUCCAGGAAUUCAAGGGAGGAUACUACCAGCUCGUCAUUCACACCGCUGAUGAGAGCGACGCUACAAUUUACCAGUUCAGAGCCACCAACACUGAAGGAUCCAUCUCCACCACAGUCAAUCUAGAUGUAGAAGUUCCAGCAAAGAUCCAUCUGCCGAAAGAGCUGCAGGGCAUGGGAGCAGUUCAUGCUGUCCGUGGUGACAUCGUUACCAUCAAGAUUCCCAUCACAGGCAAGCCUGAGCCAGCCAUCAUCUGGCAGAAGGGCCAGGAGAUUCUCUCCAACUCUCCUUACCACCAAGUCAUCACCACCAGGUCCUUCACAUCAUUGGUCUUCCAGAAGGGAGUCCAGGCCAAGGAUAAUGGUUACUACAUUAUCACAGCCAAGAAUAGGUUUGGAAGUGACAAGCAGACCAUUGAGAUGGCUAUAGCUGAUGUUCCAGAGGCCCCAAAGUGCAUCAAGGUCAGCGACAUCUCUCGUGACUCAAUCACUCUGACAUGGGAGCCGCCUUACAAUGAUGGAGGAAGCCCCAUCACCAACUACAUUGUAGAGAAGUGCCCCACCACUGCUGACCGCUGGAUCCGUGCCGGACAUACCAGUGACAGUAGCUUCACUAUAAUCAAUGUGUUUGGAAAGACUAAGUACCAGUUCCGUGUAAUGGCUGAGAAUCAGUUCGGCCUGAGUCCUCCAUCUGAUCCAACCGAGCCAAUUACCACAAAAGAGGACAAGUCAGUGACCAGAAACUAUGAUGAGGAGGUAGAUGAAACCAGAGAGAUCAUUGCAGGUGAGGCUCCAUUCUACAAGGUUAAGGAGCUGUCCUCUAAAUAUAUCAUCUCUGAAGAGCUGGCUCGCUGUCAAUUUGGAAUUGUUCAUCGAUGUGUUGAGAUUGCCACAAAAAAGACCUUCAUGGCAAAAUUCAUUAAGGUCAAAGGAAUGGACCGUGAAUUAGUCCUUAGAGAGGUUGAAGCCCUUAACAUUGCCAGGCACCAGAACAUCAUAUACUUACAUGAAUAUUUCGAGAGCAUGGAGGAGAUCAUCUUGAUCUAUGAAUUCAUUUCCGGAGUUGACAUCUUUGAGCGCCUUGGCACAGGAAACUUUGAGCUCACUGAGCAGGAGAUUGUCCGCUACUUGAGACAAGUCUGCACUGCACUCAAGUUCUUGCACAGCCAAAACUUUGGCCACUUGGAUAUUCGCCCUGACAACAUUGUGUACACCACAAGGAGAAGCACUGAGCUGAAGAUCAUUGAGAUGGGUCAGGCCAGGCUGCUUGUUCCAGGAGAGAACAUCAGAAUUCCGUUCUCUGCCCCAGAAUAUUGUGCUCCUGAGGUUCACCGCCAUGACCUCAUCUCAACAGCAACAGACAUGUGGUCCGUAGGUGUGAUGGCCUACGUUCUGCUCAGUGGCCUCAAUCCCUUCGCUGCAGAGUCCACUACUCAGAUGAUUGAAAACAUUUCCAGCUGUGAGUAUGUAUUUGAUAGUGAAGCCUUCAAGGACACCAGCCUACCGGCGAUGGACUUUGUAGACAGGCUUCUGAUCAAGGACAGAAAGCUGCGUAUGACAGCCACUGAGGCACUAGAGCACCCAUGGCUAAAGAUGAAGCUUGAAAAUGUCAGCACCAAGAACAUUAAGACACUGAGACAUAGGAGGUACUAUCAGACUCUGGUAAGGAGAACUGAGACCAUUGUCUCUUCUGCCAGAGUGGCCUUUGGUGGUGCCUUUAAGAACCAGAGAGCAUUAGCUGUGGGCAAAGUGAAGAUCGGAACAGAGCUCCACGGUUUGCGCGCAGGUCAAGUCAUGCAUGGAUCAGCUGAAGAGGGUGGAUACGUCCAAUUCACCUGUACUAUAGCCCAAUUCGACAAGAGCACUCAGGUGACAUGGUACUUUGGUAACCGCCAACUUCACUCCAGCUCCAAAUAUGAGAUUACCUACAGCAAUGGCUUGGCCAGCAUUUACGUGAAAGACAUUGAAGAAAGCGAUGACGGUGUGUACAAGUGCAAGGUGGUAAGCGACGAUGGAGAAGACCAUGCCUAUGGAGAGCUCUUUGUUGAGACGGUUAGAAGCAUCAAGGAGCACUACAUCAGCCGCUCUGUGAAGAGGCUGAGGAGGAAGGUUGACAAGUCCAUGCUGAUGCAAAGGCCACCAGAGUUCACUCUGCCUCUCUACAACCGCUUUGCUUAUAUUGGCGAAGAUGUGCGAUUUGGGGUCACCAUCACCGUACACCCUGAGCCUCAUGUGGCAUGGCUGAAGAAUGGACAGAGAAUCAAACCAGGAGAAAACGAUAGCAAAUACACCUUCACCAGUGACAAGGGUCUGUACCAGCUGAUGAUACAUAGCUUAAACAUGGAUGAUGAUGCUGAAUACACUGUGAUGGCCAAGAACAGGUUUGGGGAGGACAGCUGCAAGGCCCGCCUCACAGUAAGUCCUCACCCCGUGGUCGAGGAUACCAUGAGACCAAUGUUCAAGCGCCUUCUGGCUAACGUUGAGUGUGUGGAAGGAGACAGUGUCCACUUCGACCUUCGGGUUUCAGGAAUCCCCACUCCUACACUGACAUGGAUGAAGGACGACAAGCCUCUACAUUUGGGCCCCAAGGUGGCAGUGGUCCAGGAAGACAUUGAUUACCAUGUCCUUCAUGUCAGAGAGACUCUGCUUGAGGAUUCUGGCAUUUACAAGGUCACUGCAUCCAAUUCUGCUGGCUCUGCAAGCUGCCAUGCCAUCCUGAAGGUGGAUCGCCUUACAUAUACCAGAAGAGAGUACAAGAGUGAGGAAGAGAGACACAGAUAUAUUCAGAAACAGAUAGAGAAAACUAACAAAAUGGCUCUACAGAUCGCCGCUACAGAGGAAAUGGUUCCUCUUAACCCUACUGCCCAGGAGGCUCUCAAAUUUGCUGCAGAAAUUUACAAGCCCGCCGUGAGCACAAAGAAUGUGGAGGGAGAGUUUGACAUCACAGUAGAGAAGUCAGAGACGAAGAAACUGGAGGAAGAGAGGAGGAUCUUCAUGCCAUAUGAAAUCCCUGAGCCUGUGGUUCAUGGCCCUACAGCUCUUGAUGAGGAUAAAACAAUCAAAUUGUUUGUGCCUCUGUCUGACAUGAAAUGGUACAGAAAGCUCCGAGACCAAUAUGAGGUUCCUGAGAAGAUGGAGAGGAUUGUACAGAAGAGACAAAGACGCAUUCGUUUGUCCAGAUGGGAGCAGUUUUAUGUCAUGCCGCUCCCCAGAAUCACAGACCAAUACAGGCCACGGUGGCGUAUUCCUAAACUCACUUUGGAUGACCUUGAGACAGUAAGACCAAGCCGCCUAUCACCCUCACCUGAGUCUGAGACCUCUUUCAGAUCCAGGAGAAGAUCUCUGGGAGACCUGAACGACGAGGAAAUGAUGAUGGACGACUAUUUAUUAUCAAGGAGGAGAACCGAAGAGGAAAAGAUGAUGUUGGAGGAUGAGUUGGAGCUUGGUUUCUCCGCCUCUCGAUCCGGCAGUCCACACCGCUGUGAGCGUUGCGAUCCCGAACUGGAAGAGAGGAGGCAUCAGGAGGUCAUCAAACAAGAGCUUUUCGAGGUCUCUGAGACAAAGAAGAAGCGAACCGUUUCUCAGUUCAUGAGGAGGAGAAGGUCCCUGUCUCCUACAUACAUUGAACUCAUGCGCCCUGUUUCUGAGCUGCUGAGAAAACCACACACUCAGCCUGCGCUAGAAUUGGAAGGCGAAGCCGUAGAAAGGAGAUCUCCUACACCUGAGAGGACACGUCCCCGCUCCCCCAGCCCCAUCAGGUCAGCAGAGAGAUCCUCUCGUUCCUCCUCCAGAUUUGAGAGAUCUGCCCGAUUUGAUAUCAUGUCCCGUUACGAGGCCCGUAAGGCAACUCUGAAGUCGGAGAGGACAUACCAGGUGGUGAGUCAAACUCCAUUCAGCUUAGAUCACGCUCCCCGUGUCACUGUCAGGAUGCGUUCUCACCGUGUGCCAACUGGCCAGGAUACCAAGUUCACCCUAAACGUCCAAGCCAAGCCCUUUGCUGAGGUGAAAUGGUUCCACAGUGGGAUUGAAAUCUCUGAGAGCAGUGCAAAGUACAUCUUCACCAACAUGAGUGGUGUUCUGUCCAUCGCCAUCCUUGACUGCCAAGCUGAGGACAGCGGCACAUACCGUUGCGUCUGCUCCAACUCCAAGGGAGAGGCCUCCGACUACGGCACCCUGGAUGUGUCAGGUGGUGGUUAUACCACCUAUUCAUCUCGUCGUAAAGAUGAGGAAGCUCCUAAGCCAUAUGUUCCUGAAAUGACCAAAGUAGAGCAUUACCACAGCUCUCAAUUCAAGGCUGGCUACUCUGCUGAGACCCACUAUGAAGUAUUGGAGAGCAAGGCCAAGAUGCCGCAGACCACAGAGGUGGUGACACGUGACAGAUACGCAGCCUCAUCUGAACAAUUCUCCUCUGCUGAGCGCUACGACUCCUCCAUCAAGUAUGCCUCCGCCGAGUACCUGUCUUCUACCUCCUAUUCCUCUGCUUCUUCUGAAAAAUUCUUAUCAUCUGAGGCUAGAAUAAAAUCCUCUUCUGACACUGCUGUCGAAGAUGUUUCUGUGAGCUGCAAGCUGAAGCCAACACUUCCAGCUAGGAUUCUCACCAAGCCCCAAUCUGUGAAUGUGGCUGAGGGAGAGACAGCCUCUUUCUCUUGCGACAUUGAUGGAGAGCCAGCACCCAGUGUGACAUGGAUGCAUGAAAGCAGAUCCAUUGUGACUUCUUCCCGCAUCCAGGUCACGACCACUCAGUACAAGUCUAGCAUGGAGAUUACAUCUGCUAUGGCUUCUGAUGAGGGCAACUACUUGGUAGUAGUGGAAAACUCAGGAGGCAGACAGGAAGCUAAUUUUACCCUGACUAUUCGCAGACCUGCUCCCAAAGAGGAGAUCACAGCUGUCAAAUCACCAGAGCCUUCCGUCCAGUCCCCUACUCGCAGCCUCAAGUCCCCUACUCCCAGUGUCAGAUCCCCUGAAUCUUCUGCCCAAUCACCUGCUCCUUCUGUAACUUCUCCAGUUCCCAGUGUAAAAUCUCCAGAGCCACCAUUGGUUCAAUCACCAGCUCCAAGUGUUACAUCUCCAGAGCCCAGCAUUAGAUCCCCUGUUCCUAGUGUCAAAAGCCCUGAACCAGAGGGAAUUAAAUUUCCCAAGGGCGUCAAAUCACCAACUGAGUCACGAGUUAAGUCUUCAGAGCCAUCUGUGACUUCCCCAGCUUCCGGUAUCAAAUCCCCAUCUCCUAGCAUCAAGUCCCCAGAGCCUGAGGGAAUCAAAUCUCCCAAGGGCCUUAAAUCUCCUGAACCAACUGCCUCUCCUAUACGAGUCAAGUCGCCCCCACCAAUCAAAUCUCCAGACAGGGUCAAGUCUCCUGAACCUGAGGGAGUUAAAUCCCCACGUGGUUUAAAAUCACCAGAACCAGCCGGGAUUAAAACGCCUAGGGGGCUGAAGUCUCCAGAACCAGCAGGGAUCAAAACCUUAAGGGGGCUGAAAUCCCCAGAACCAUCUGGUCUCAAGUCACCAAGGGCCUUAAAAUCCCCUGAGCCUGAGGGACUCAAGUCUCCUCCCCGGAUGAAGUCCCCUCCCCCCACUAUGUCCCCCAAGAGGGUCCUGUCACCCCCCACUGUUAAAUCCCCGAGCCCCAAACCUCCCAAGGUGCUGAGCCAGCUCUGUGCGGAGGCCUUUGAGGGUUCAGUCAAGAUGUCCUGUGUCUGUGAGAGCAGCGUGAGGGAGGUGGUGUGGUGUUUCAAUGGCAGGCGGCUGUCCAAGAGCAGCCACUUUGAGAUGCAGUAUUCUGAGGGCUCUUGCUGCCUGCUGAUCCACAACCUGGAGGACUGUGACCAGGGAGAGUACACCUGUGAGAUGACAGCAGAAGGAGGCAUCUCCAAAUCCUCCUUCUCCCUCACUGGCCAAGUGUUCCAGUCUAUCCGUUCGAAGGUCACUGCUUGUCAUGAGCAACAGAUGGUGCUUAAAGGAUCUUUGAUGACAAGCGUUAAGGAAUCUUCCUCCAUGUCGAUGAAGAAAGAGGUCCACAUGAUGGAGGAGACCUCCUCGUCCUUCUCCUCCCAACAAGCCAUGAUGUCAUCCAUGAUGGAGUCCAGCUCCUUCAGCAGCAUGGCUGCUGAGAUGAAGUGUGAAACCAUGUCAAUGUCCAGCAUGUCCUCCAUGGCUUCUGAAAGCUACGCUGUGAGCUCAAGCAGCCUGAUGGAGAUGUCGUCUCAGAUGGAGGGAGCCUCCUUCAGGGCCAUCAGUUGUGCUCCGAGGAUCGAGGCCCUGCCUGAGGACAUCAGCAUCCAGCCAGGCAAGGUCCUGACCGUGGCCUGCGCCUUCUCUGGCGACGCUAAAAAUAUAGAGUGGUCCCGUGGCGGAAAAAACAUUGAGGUGACGGCUGGUGGUCGCUUUCACAUCGAUACCACUGAGGACCUGACCACCCUUAUCAUCACUGGAGUGAAGGAGGAGGACGCCGGUACAUACACCCUCCACCUCUCCAACGAGCUGGGAUCCGACUCAGCCACCGUCCACAUUAGCAUUCGUUCAAUGUAAAGGAGAACCGACUUACGUCCUUCACCCUCCCCAUCUCCCUUCUUUCACACUAUAAAGUUAUUAAUUGAGGAAAAAAAUAUAUUCUUACUUGAUAAAGACCGGUAUUUCUAUUGUAAAUAUGAACUAUUUUUAUACCAAACUUGACAUUAAUUUAUGCCAAACUAGACUAAAGUCUAAAGUUGUUAUAAACUGUGCCAUACUGGAUAAUUAUAACUUAUGAUUUUUGAACUACUUUUCUGUGUACAUAAUGUAUAUAGCCGAAUUUAACGGUUAUGAAAGAUGUAUGAAUUGUUAUUUAUGACAAUAUUAACUGAAACAAAAGCAACAAAAUGUUUUCAAAGGAGAAAGUUUUGAAUGAAACGAAUACCCAUGGAAACAAAGAAAUUAAAACACUGUGCCUCAACAAUAAGUUGAAGUCUUAAGAUUGCCUCAACAGGUAGAGAGGCUCCCUGUUGACGUUAUGAACCAGAUUCAGAGACAAAACUAUAAAUAUGCACACGCCUCUGCGUGUGAUAUUGCAGUAUCUAUGAACUGUAACAUGAGCAUAAGGCCCUGAGUGCUGUUUGCAUAUUACCCUCAUGCAAGCAGCAUGAACUGGUCUUGUGCUCAGACUGACCGUGUCAUACCACCAUUUGAAUGACAUGCCCAGAGUGCGAGCGGCCUGCACUUUCUGGGCAUAGUUUUAUUGUGUGCUCUGUCUCUGGCAAACAACCUCCAGCGAGACCUCGGAAAUACCAUCAUCUGGCUUAACAGAGGCUCCAUGCUGGAGCUUGUUUGCAGAGUCAGAGCUGGCUCUUGGAGGUCAACAGUGUGUUUGUGUGUUAGCUUUAGAAACUUCCCAGUAAACAGGGUCCACGGACCCCCACAGCCUAUUCACUGGCUAUACCUCCCCACAAGGAGAAAGGGGGAAGGGAUCACCCUUUGGUUUGAUUAAAUUAGAAUUGUAGCAUUAACUAUGUUUGUGACCUCCUUGAGUGAUAUUCAUUAUUGAUUUAAUAAAGCAUGAUUAUCAGCACUA